CUCUCCGUGUGUCUCUUCUUCCUGUCAGCCUGCUCAGUCGCUCCCCUCCCCCGGCACUCUGUAUCAGUUCCCUAUCCCUCCCUGGCCCCCUCCAUCACCACACCCUACACUCAAGUUAUGAUGCAGUUCAUGGGUAGCAUACUUUUGCCCUACAUUGCCAUUGGGUCUCUGCUGCAGGGUUUGCUGUGCAGAGAGUUUACUGUGGACUGAUCAUCUGCUGAACGGUGAGUCUACCCUCUCUGCUUACUGAAAAAGCUGUUCUGUCAUGGCCCUGUCUUUGGUUACACUAGUUUUUGGACUAAUAACAUCUCUAGAGCAGGACAAAGUGGUUUUCUCUGUUUUGAAAUGUGAACACUUGAUUGCUACUUAUCAAAUUUCUCAUCCUGAGGUGCAUGUUCUCUGUUUUCAGUUUCUCAUUGUCCCUCACACAAGAAGUUACUCAACAGGUCCGGGUUGUUUUGGUAGAAGUGAUUGCGCAAUCGUGUGCUGGAGCAGUGCUGUGCUACUGUGUUUUGCAGUGCUGCAGUGGUGUUGGUAUGAGACUGUUUACUGAGAACUCAAUGUGAAAAAUGCACACGAAUUUAUUAACAUUUAAUUUACUUCAAUUUAAAGCAAAAUGCAUUUUAGAUUUUUGCAGCAGAGAUGCAGGUUUCCUGGAGAGUGACCUGUUUGGCACCAUUCUCUAUAAUUAGAGUUGUUGCUAACAGGAUAUCACAGAUUGACGCACUUUGUUGAGCCCCUGUGUUGGACAUUGCAUUGUUCUCUUCGGUGCAGGAGGAGAAAUGAUAGGGUGCAUUAAAUACUAUUGUGCAUGCAGCACAGGCUUAGUGCUUGGUGUGUGUGUGUGUGUGUGUGCGUGUGUGUCAUGCAAAGCUUUUGUUUGUGGUUCCUUGAGAAGGCCAAGAGGAGCUCUCCACAUGCCUUGCAGUCUAAUCAUCUGUGAAGAUUUUUACUUCCCUCUUUGUGACACUAAAGUUGCGGCCGUGUGUGCACAGCUACCCUCUUCAUGGCCCAUGAUGUCUGUGUCUGUUUGGCUUUCUGGAAAACACUCGAGAUCAAAACAAAUCAAACUUACAAAGUGGUUUUCAAGAAGCUUCCCGGGUAAAAAAAAAAAUCAGAGUUUGUUGUUUAAAAACUCACUCAAUAGCAAGAGUGAUUCAAAGCUCAAAAAAUACCAAACCCUCUGAAUCAACCUUUUCUUUGCAUUUCAAUAUCUUAUUUUUGAUUAAUUUAACCCUUAUUUGACCAGAAAUAAAAUCAUUUAGUCUUUUUUUAAGCCCUCCAUGACAGACAGAGGCAAAGUCAAAACAAGUUUCAUUAGAUGGUACAUGAACAUUUUCUUUUUCUCUUGGUAUUAAGUAAUGUUUUCUCUCCGUUAACCAUAUUUUCAUUUCCCAAUGGUUAUAAAGUACUUUGGUCAACUAUCUGCUUAAUGUUUUCUAAUGUUGAGAACAUUAUAUUCUAAAUGUUACCAGUAGGACAGCUAUCUUUAAAUGUGGACCCGAGGGUGUGGGCCCACAAUAGGCUGUUGGUGAAAAUUUGGUUUGCUUAAAUUUGUCCUUUUUAAAUGAUGACUUUUCAAUGUAAAAAAGGCAAAGUAAAAAAAAAAAACGUGCAACAAUUUGAUCACCUAGAGUCAAGAUAAGUAAGCUUGACACAGUUUGGCAUUGUAAGCUCGGCUUCCUUAGGAAUCUAGAGCACGAACCUAAACAAAGAAGAUGCUUUUCAAUUACCUUUAUAUGGUGUAAAGUGGUUAACCCUGAACAACUUUGCAGGGCAAGAGCAGCGCACAUUGUUGUUGUUGUCAAAGCUGGUUCUGGAUUUAAACCCCAGCAGGGGUCUCUCUUUGCAGAGCUACCAUAGUAUUUGAACUACCAAAAUAUAAGGGAGAUUCAACAAACUUUAACGAGUAAACCAUACCCAAUGAUAUUUCACUGUGGGAAUAUGCACAGAUGGGUCACAGUGGGUUGGUUCUUAAUUCUCAUCCUGGUAGGAUCCUACCACUAGGGGAUGGGGAAAGCUUUUGAAUCACCAUAGUCCUCCAGAAAGUAAAUCAGCCUCAAUCAACUCAGUAAAGGACAUAAACCUGAACCAGUGGGCACCGAAUAAGGGCAGAGAACCUUCCUGGUGUAGCUAAUAUGAGCUGGCUUUCUCCCUCUCUCCCACGUCCAUGACCAUGUUUUUGAAUCACCACAAUGUAAUGGCACCUCAGAUAGGAGGGAGGGGUAGUAUGAUGAACUGGAAGGGGGGAGUACACCUAGGUGGUCCAGGGUUCAAUCCGAGAUAGUAGCUUUACAUUGAAAGUUGGAGCAUUGAGGUUGGAGCAUUACUCAUACUGUAGUCAGAAUGGCAUAGAUAAAAAAGCUGUCGCCUUGGGGUUUUGUGGUCCUGGGUCCAAAAUCCUGACAGAGACCUUCAUGUAAGGGGGGAAUGAAAUGCAUUCCUUCCACUGAUGUUUGACUCCAGCUUUUGAAGAUCCAUAAUUUUUGGCUGAAAUGAAAAAAGACGCCCAGGCACUCAAAAUAAUGAGAAAAUUUCCACAAAGUUAAAGCCGCCUGCUCUGCCUUCUCGCUCAUGCACUCGUUGAAUUAGUGAUACAUGCACUCUCCUUCACCUGUAGACUAACCCUUUGGUGGUAUGUAAUUACCUAUAUGAUAAAGUAACUCUGUAAUGGAUUAUUAAAAUUGCAGCAAAAAAGUUGUCCAGAACCGUUGAAAAAUCACACUUAACUUUUUUCAAUGGCUUUUAAACAACCUAAAACUGCUAAACCAGAAUAACUAACAUGCGUUGUUUGAUUUUUUUUUUCUUUGAGUUUUAAUCUGUUUUAUUAAAAUUUUCUCCAUGCAUGAUUUUGAAUUCUGUUUCUGUUUUCUGUUGACUCUAAUUUCUUCUGUGCACCUUUGUCAGCUCUUAUUAUUUUAAAAAUGUUUAAAGAGUAAAUUCACUGGACUUCAAUCCGUCAAUCAAUCUUUAUUUAUAAAUUGCCAAUUCACAACAAGUGUUAUCCCAAGAUACUGAUAAAAAAAGCUGGUAUUGACCAGAUUCUGUUUACAAAGACCAAAUGUAAAGGCCACAAAAGUAUGAGCCUCAUUAAGGAUCAGACCCAAUCCCAUCCCAUCUUGAACCACAUGAUUGUAGCACUUUGCUGCAUCUAGCAUCUUCGAUAUAUCAAUCAAGUUCCUGCAAGUUCUGUAGCGACAGCACAGCCUGAUGUAACAUCAGUUUAAUGUCUGUAGUGAGUGUGAAUACAUGGAAACAGGAGCCAGAGGCCCAGACCUCAGGCACAGGAUGGAGGGAUUUAGCCUUGAAAGUGUGUGUGUGUGUGUGUGUGUGUGUGUGUGUGUGUGUGUGUGUGUGUGUGUGUGUGUGUGUGUGUGUGUGUGUCUGAGAGGCACACUGACAAGUCCACCAGAUGGUAGGCUGCAUACCUCCGUGUCAGAGUCCCCAUCUCACUGCUCACUGACAGAUUCCUGAGAGACUGUAGUGAGACACUCUGUGCCUGCGCUUGUAAGCACGUGUGUGAGUGUGUGUGGCUGAAAAAGUGAAAAAAACUUACCCUGCUCUUUUACCCACAUAUCCCUGUUCUUUGAUCAGCAGGGGAGGUGUACUUAUAAUCAAGUGUACUCUCAGAGAAGUGCUCCUGGAGUCUACAUUAAAACCAAUUAAAGUUCUCAUCAGGUCAUUUACAGGCCUGAUUGGGUUACCAGUAAUCUGCAGGAGCAGGAAAACACCGGCUGCUCAGCUAACAUGUAGGGAGCGCAUAGACAUGUUGGAAAAGUGUUAAGGGGUGCUGCUGCAUGAGUGUGUCCUUUGUUUUGGGUGUCAGGUUUGACCAGUGGAGUCUACUUCGGAGUGUGUGAUAAUAGUCUGAACGCUUGUCUCUUGUCUCAGCAGGACGCCUUCCUGUGAAUGAGAUGGGAGAGUGUGUGGCUGAAGGUGAACUACCUCUGAGGCGUGUUGGUGUGAAGGAGCAGGAAAAUGGAGAGCUGGCAGGUAACAUUAAAAGAUAUAAACAGACCAGCAGCUGAAACAAUACUCAGAGAUUCUUAAAUGUAAGUGUCCCAAAAGGACUUGGAAUUUAUGCAAAUGUUUUUUUUUUUGUUUUUUUUACACCAACAUUUAUCAUUCCUUCAAAACUUAUUACUUUCUUCAAGAGAUUUGAGUGUUAUACUGCCCUUGCUUUUACAGUGCUGGACAUUCAGUUCACAUUCAAAAGACAUCCAAUAAACACACAAGGCUUGACUUUUCCUGGACUUUACCUAAGUUUUUUUCUGUGUUGACUUUCAAUUCUCAGUAAAACUGCAAUUACAAGAAAAUGACUCAUAUCGUUGCAGAAUUAUCAUUAAAGACAUUUAAAAAGUAAGUACAACAAACUGUUUUAACCAAGUACUUCAUCAUGAAGCAAAUUCAAACUGUCACAACUAAUAGUAAAUAAAACAUGUCCUAAUUGCUACAACAGCUCUGAGCUUCAUUGAUAACAGAGCAAGAAAGUUAAUCACUGCUGAUUCUGUAAGCUAGCAGAGCACAUCAACCAAGUUUGGAUUUUUUUUUUUUUUUUUGAGUAUUUUUUUGGGCAGAUUUUUGCUUUUUAUUGAUAGUACAGUGUGAGAUGUGGGUGGGUGGGUGGGGGAGGGGGGUAUUCAGCACAUGUUUGGGGCGGGACUCAAAACCUCAACCAUUGAAGCAACCGUGGCCCUAAUAUGUGGGGGCGUGCUAACCCACACGGCCAUUUGUGUGCAACACCAAGUCUGGAAUUUGACAUGAAUAUUUUAAUUUCAGGUGUUUAUAAUUGACAUAUGUAACGUACAGACUGAUGGUCUCUAAGGCUGAAGCAUAUCAGAAAAACAUGAAGUAAAAACAUAAAUCCUGUACCGACCUCUUCACUGACUGUGCAUUACAGUAGCUUAAGACUUUACAGUGGCCACUAGAUGACACCACAAACAAAUGCAAAUUAUAGUAAUAAAAAAAUGUUCCUAUUCAACUGUAAUGUGAUGUAAUGUAUAUCUACAAAUGAUUUUUUAAUUCAGACUUAAAAGGCAGCACAAGCACAGUCCGAGCUUUAACAUCUGUCACUACUUCAGUCACUUUGGAACAACAUUUCAACCUGGAGUAUAUUAAAAAGUGUUUGACAUUUUCAGUAGAUUUUAGUAAGACAAGUAAACAUAUGGUACUUUUGAUCUUUCUCAGCUGACAGAAUUUCCUAGUUGUUGAAUAGUAAGUUUUUCAUUGUGCUGCAUAAAUGAGUAAAAAAUUAAAAAAUGUGUUUCAGAAACCUUGUUAUACAAUUUCCUUCAAACAGUAAUAUGUCCCUCACUUUUAAAUUUUUUUUUAAAUGUUUGUGUCUGUGAUGGGUUCAAAUAACACACAUUGGUCACAACCAAUUUUAUAUGGUUAAACAAACCAAAGAACAUACCGUACACAUGUCCUCUCACCACGAACAUGGAGAGCGUUCCAAAAUGCGACAUGGUUGGAAUAAACAAUAAGACCAAUAAGACUAGAAUGAGACUAAGAGGAGAAAAAGGGGAAAAAUAACAUUAAAGUAAAUUAACAGGAAAAAUAGGUAUAAAAAGCAUACACAGAAGUAGUCCAGCUUGCUUUCUGAAACAGUUUGUUGGAAGAAUUAACAAAAGACAGAACACAAAUAUCCUGAGUCUUGUUAAAAGUAACAGAAGAACCUGAAAUACUUUUUGAUUUUUUUUUUUUUUUUUUUGAAUAAAGGAACAAUGUGAGGCUUUCAGCCAUGAAUUAGCAGAUGGAGGUUUUCGAUCCUUCCAAUGAAGUGAAAUACGCCUGCGGGCCACAAGCGAAGUAAAAACAAUAAUAUUUCCCUCCCUGGCAGGAAGACAAGCAAAACCUCUAGGAACACCAAAAAUAGAGAUUAGGAGGGGCUGUAGGAGCCCCCGGCACACUGAGAGCUUUUGAUAACAUAUUGUAAAAAAAGGCGCAGAAUGAACCCAGCAUUGGAUAGGAGAAAACGUGUGUGAACAGCAGGUGAAACAGAGCAUCUGUCCAACACAUUACUUAUUGUCGACAGUUGGUUAAGUUUAACUUUGGAAAGAUGUGUCUAGCACUAGGUUGUACCAGCUGUAAGGAAGUUUAAAUCUAAAUUCAGAUUUUGGGUGUCAUCUACACUUCACUCAUAUUUUAUUUUCAUAUUUUUGAACCAAACAAAGGAACCAAAGUUUAAAAGUUUAAACAUAUGCUUUAAUGUGGAAUUCAGUCCCUAGCUUAUGACAGAACUUAUGCAGUCAGUUGCCCUCCAUGCAUGAGAGCAAGUGUUAACCUUACCAAGUUUACAUUUCUUGUGUAUUGGUCACCCAAUAAUAUGCCAAAAUAUGCUCCUCAUUUGAAUGUGUGUUUGCUUGAAAUCCUCAUGCUGUGCUGCUGUAGACCCUGAGCCAUCUGUGGAUGAGAGGAAACAGAGGAAACAGAGGGACCAAGAGGAGCGUGAAAGUCUGGUGCUGUGGAAGAAUCCUUUUCUCACACUGUACUACUUCACACUGGAGCUGCUGAUCACGCUCAAAGAGUGGAUGUGGAGGUGAGACAACAGCCUCUUCUCUUGUCUUCAUGUUAUGCCUUCUACUAUCCUGUUUCAACUCUCCUGUGAUUUAGUAAACAGCCACUAAUUCCUAAAAUAAAUUAUACAAAUAAAGGAGGAGAGGACAGAGGAAGCCUGAUAUAGAUGACAUGAACAGGUAUGCACCAGUGUGUCCUCUGCUGAUGCUUUGUUGGCAUUUAUGUCUUGUAUAAUAGCAGUGACACACAGUGCUCAUCCUUUCAGGGUUCUAAUUUGCAUGAUCACUACACAUGACCCAUAUAUAUAUAUAUAUAUAUAUAUAUAUAUAUAUAUAUAUAUAUAUAUAUAUAUAUAUAUAUAUAUAUAAGUAAUAAAUGAGUUUUGAAGAUGGAGGAAGGAGUCCUUAAUGGAAAUUGCAAAUGCAAAUUUGAGGUUCUCUGAGCAUAGGAAUAUACUUAUGCAGCUGUAGAAAAAAAAAGGAAAAAGUUCCAAAGUACUUUUUGUUUGAACCCUUUAAAUGCCUUUGUUUACAUGACAUGGUCAUAUAAAAUUUAGAAACAAUCAUCAUCAUCAUCAUCAUGUUUCAGCAGCAAACCUUCAACAUGACAUCAAAAUGAUGAAGUUUUGACUGUGCCUCAUAGCUACAAAUGUGUUUCACACGCUGAAUGUCAAUACACAGAGCAGACUUAUAAAACUAACCUCUAAGGACACGUAGUCCUAUAGAUUUAAGGCUCAAACCACUAAAUGUAGAUAUGCUGCAGUGUGAACACUAAACAGAAGAAUUAUCCCAACCCACGGUGUCCACUUUUAAUAAAAAAGCAUGUUCACAUGUUCGAGUGUCAGUCGAGAGUGCAACCAGGUCACCAUCAGUCCAGCAACACAGAAACACACACUCAGAGGGUACUGUUGUUACUGGCAUGCAGAGAUACUGGUGUGCACCUCUGCUGUGUGCAACACCUUCAGCCAGUGGGUAGAAAUUUGUCAAACAGAGGAUCAUAUUUAUCACAGGAGCUUCUGGUCCUUAGAGGCAACCGUGGUUUAAUCAAUGGGGGUUUAUUCUAGCAUCUGACUGCUAGGUAUAGAUAUAACUAAACAGUCACAUGUCAGGACACUGGCUCUUAAAAUGAGACAUGCAGGUCUUCAUACCAAGAUAGCCUAAUAGGCUAAAACACCCCUGUUGAGGCUAUGGUCCUCAUCGCAGCAGUAGCUAGUUCGAAAUCCUUUGCUGCAUGUCUUCCCCUGCUCUCUCCUCCCCGAAUUUCCUGUCUCUCUUCAGCUAUCUGUUCUCAAAAAGGUAAAAAUACCCACAUGUUGUCAUCUUUUAGUGCUGCUAGUACCAGAAUACAAGGAGUAAUAGUGAAACUUUAAUUUUCCUGCAUACCAGCCUGUUGAAAAACAGGACAGCUUUGAUCAAAGGGGAUGAGAGGACAGGGCUGGAAAUACUUCAUAUUUAGUAUAUUUACUUUAAAAUGGGAAGGUGAAAUCAUAACCCUCUUAUCCGAAAGGGGGGAUAAUUGGAUUUCUCUGUUUUAGGACAUGAGCUGAUGUUGGUUUUGCUAGCAAAACAAACUGGAGGAAACUGUUCAUUUGUUGUCCUCUGUUGUGCGACAUCAUGAUUACUGGCCCUCAGUUUGGCUAUAUGAUAUGCAUACAGCAAAGCUAAGAGUAAAUGUAACCUAUCUCACUUAUGGCAGUCAUAUUAAAUCAUCCUUCCACUGAGCGUACGGAUCAGCCAAUCUGCUCCUGUUAGUCAGUGUUUACUUAUUUAAAGCUCCUGUAAGAAUUUUCAGUUAGUGCCAUCUUUGGCGCCCCCCUGUGGAAAAAUCAGUCCUGUCAAAAACAAGCAACAGGCAAACCCUGGCUUACAUGUCUGAAGGGAUUUUUUGCCUUUAGCUAAGCCCCACCCACCAAAUACAUUAUACUGUUUACUCACAAUAAAAAGGUCUCUAUUGAAAGAGAAAGUAAUACUUUCCUUAUCAAGACUUUUUGAAAUACAACCCCUCCCCUUUUGUAUUCAAAUGGUUACCAUCAUUGUAUUCUGUUUAAAUAAAUACUUGCUUGCAUUUGUAGUCACAUAGUAUGUACAAAACCAUAAUAAGAUGUAUUAUACAAUAUCAAAUAUCAUAUAAUGAUAAUAUGUUGUAGUGAAAACAAGAGUAACAAUUAAAAGUGACAAUAAUCUGACAUAGUUGUAUUCAGCUUCCUGUCCUGAGUUUGUGGUCAGGGUGGACCUUUCACUGUGAGUAAAUUCUGCACUAUUCAUGUGUUGAUACCACUGCAGAACUGCAUCAGUUCAGCAAGGUUUUGUAGUGUUAUUUCAGGCUAAGAGACAGCAUGAUGGUAGUUUAUAUGUGUUACUGCUGUUAAAUUGAAACUGUGUUUUUAUAAAGUUAGUUUUAUUUUAAAAGGUACUGCUGCUGCUUUAAAAUCUCAGGCUAAAAGAGAACACGAUGGUAGUAAAAAAUAACCUCAUACACUCUGCAUACUUUCCCCCACAGCCACACUAAAGCAAAACACACAUAUAAAAGCAGACAGGAGGUGACCUUGAUUGUCUCUGUGUUAUCACCACAGCAGGCUUCUCCCUCAUAGUUUAGUCUCCACUCAGAGGUCUAAUGAAACCCAAAACGCAAAACAAAACAAGCAUUACAGAAAAGGCUUGCCUAUUUUUUUUCUCCUUUCGUUACUUCUUGUUCUUUCUUCUGAUAGACCUCACAAAAUGAACUCAAGUUACCUCCUCAGUCAGCAAAGUAGUCACACAGACGAGACUACGUCAAAGUUCCUAUGCUGAACAUCUUUUUUACACACCUGAUAAUCUUUGUUGACAUUCAGGACCCAAAACAAGGUCAGAGUGUACGCUCAGGGAGGCCUUUGUGGUUAAGUGUGUGAGGACAACGUGUUUAUUUUCUAAACUACAAGAGGAUGUGGUGAGCCACAAGCACCACGAGCAGCGUUCUGACUGAGAGGCUGCUGCUCACCAACACUGAAAAACACAUGGUGCUGUAACUGCUGCAGGGAAAUACAUGCAAAGAUGUUACAGUGUAGUCCACAAGCGUGCAGAGACGUUUAUCCUGACUGCUGAUAGAAGUGGUUGGUAAUUUGUAACACAUGUACAGGGAGUCCUCAGGCAAGUUGCUGCUCAGCGUUGUGGCUCUGCACUUGUUGGCCUCAAACAUUCAUGGGGGUAAUGACUGUGAACAAAAGGAAGAUGUUUGUUGGGUGAGAGAGACUUUAUUUCAUCAUCUUGACCAAUUUUGAAAAGAUUAUGGUCCAAUUAUUUCAAAUUUUGCAUUUCAAAACACAGAAGCUGCCACAGCUGAUGCUGCCAUUGAAAUACAAACAUGAGUCAAAAAUUAGACCAGUUAGAAGGGAUGUCAUUCCAAAGUGGGAAUCCUUAGAACCAGUUUCUGUGACAUAAUAACACAGACAGUCAAUAGGCAGAUGUGGUUUUAUACAUAUGAUAUUCUCCCCCUUCACAUAACUUAUUUCCUGUUGUUUUACCAAGAUUUGUUUUUUUUUUUUUUUUUACAUGAUAAUCAAGAUGAGGAUGCUGGUUGUCCCCUGAUGAUGCUUACAGUUAUCAAUCCACUGUUAUGGAUUAAUUCAUUCCUUCAUCUCAGGACCAUACCAUUUUAUUUCUUACGAUAUUGUGAUAAUUUUCUGGGGAUCUAGAAAGCAAUAGGCUGGUCUCUGUCAUAGCUCAGACCAUGACAUACCAUGUUGUCGCCUACAGUAAUAAACUUAGCCGAUGUCAAAGUUUGUUUUGUGACUUUGCAACUGUGGGGAGACAAGUUAUGAUCAUCCCACAGAAGGCGGAUAAAAAAGCAGUAAUCAUUAACAAGGUUAAAUAAGUUUAAAUAUAUCAAAAGGACAAAAAAAUGAUUUCCAGAAAGCCUGCAGAGAACUUUUGUGGAUUUGCAAUUGCCUGUAAAUAGAUUGUGGGUUGGGUGAUCUUUUUACAAACAACCAAAAAGUAAAAAAGGAGCAAAGCCCUGCAAUACGGAGAAAAAAAGGAUAAACACGUAAAUGGGAAACUGCAAAUGGCAUUUAUGUUAACAUUGGAUUUGAGUCAAAUCAACUACCGUGAACUAACUGUACUGACUAAUACUCACUGAACUACACAACAUCCUACAUUUAUAUUUUGUGUAACUGCAGAGUAAGGGAUGCAAUAGGCCUCUUAUGAGGAGCCAAACCAAUUUUCCAUACCUCGUUAUAAUUUUUUUACUUUUAUUGGAUUCAAAGUUUAAAGCAUUUGUAAUCCUUAAUUUCAGCAAGGUUCUGUCUGAAUGUAGACAACCCUUUUCCCUCAGCAUUGGGUUGAAAUAACACAGGAAUUAACUACCCCAGGUUAAUACGACGCUACCUGUAAGCCAACUGGCCUCUUACAACUGAUAUAACUGUUAGCCCCGGGACUGUGCGAACUGUGGAGUUGACUCGCCCCUCAAAUAUAUGUUGACUUAACAUUUCUCAAACACAGGUAAGCUGUUGAAUACAUCGACAGGGAGUUUUUCAAGCAACAAAACCGUAAAACAUAUUACUAUAGCCAUCUGAACUGACUGUACAGUAAUAUAACUAACAUUUAGCUGAUGCUUUCAACAUCCCUUAACAUGGUCUGUAUAUACUAUGGACAAUUUGGCUCCGCCUUCCAUCAUUAUAUGAAUUUGAAGCCGAAUUGCUCUCAGUAUUUCCAAGAUUCUCUCAACUUCCUAGAACCACCACUUGCACAGUAACGUUAUAAGCAUUUCCCCACUUGCACAGUAGCGUUGUACAAGAGUUGCUGUGAUGGCACUCUGCUCAAACAGCAUAUAUCCUGGGUGAGCUACACAGUCCUUAUACACCCAUAGGCUGUAUCAAGAGUCAUUCACAAAAAACAUGAACCCCCUAAUAACUUUUUAAAGUGGAGCUCCACAGAAAAAAGAGGACUUGAGCACAAACCAGUCUUACCGCAACUACAUGCUAACAUCACAAGCAAGGGGGGAAGACAAAUUUGUAUUCUGUGUAAUAAAUAUCUUAAGUUUGUCCACAGCUCCAUAGGGAUUGCUGGAGGAGGUGGGAUUUAUGACCUUUACUGCAGCCCGUCACUAGAGGGUGCUGGUCUCGUGGUGGCUUCACCCAGCAAGGAGGCAGAUGGCGUCCAUUCCAUAUACAGUCUAUGUCUGUUAACAGUUACUACCUAAUUUAGAAAGAAAUCCAGUAGUGGCUUGCUUACGUAACUGCAAACAACAUGUUCACAGCGUUGGUAUUAGCUUAACAACUGAUGUUUAGUAAGUGCUUUUAAAGCCUUUUUUCAGAUUUUAUUAUCUAAGAUUAGAUUGGGAUUAAAUUAGAUUGGGAUAGAAUUGGGAUUAAUAUAGGAACUACAAGGUUACAGUCGGAGAACUUGUUCGGCCAAAAGUGCCCUCUGACUUAAGUACAUAAAGACACUGUUUUAUCAUUGUUGUAAAAUAAGCCUUGUGGUAGAGUAACCAGCUCUAAGCACUUUCAAUGUACUCCUUGUUUAUGAAAUGACUUAUCAACAUUACCUUUAACAUAACAUUGAACACAACAUAAAACUGAAAUUGAGAAAAAGCCCUAAAGCCAUAGACUGUAUAAAGAACUGACAGAGUCUGCCUCCUCUCUGGGUGAAGCCACUCCGAGAACAGCACCCUCUGUUGAUGGGCUGCAGUAUAGGUCAUAAAUCCCGCCUCCACCAGCAAAGCUUAUGGGGCUGUGGACAAACUUUAUAAAUUUAUUACACAGAACAUACAUUUUUCUCCCCCCUGCUUGCGAUGUUGACAUGUAGUUAUUGUAAGACUGGUUUGUGCUCAAGUCCUCUUUUUUCUGUGAAGCUCAGUUUUUAAAAGUUAUUAGGGGGUUCAUAUUUUCUAUGAUUGACACCUGAUACAGCCUAUUGGUGUUCAGGGAUUGCGUAGCUCUCCUGGGGGAUACGCUGUUUGAGCCGAGCGUCAUCACAGCGACACUCGGCAACUGCGCGGCCGAAUGCACGCAUCGCUACUGCGCAGCGCUGGUUUCAGGAAAUAAAGAAAAAUCCUGAAAAUACAGAGAGCUUUUUGGCUUCAAAUCCGUAUACAGGCGGUAGGCGGAACCAAGUUGUCCAUAGUAUAUACAGUCUAUGCCUAAAACUGACAUUUUGGCAUAGUAAUAAUCUAUGUGUUAGUUGCGCCGACAAGGCGUUCCCAAGCACAAUUUGGUAUUUUGGUGAGCGGCGCAGCCCGGCGUAAGUAGCCCCCCUCCCUAACUCAACUCCUCCCAGCGGCAUAAGUCGUUGCAAGGGAGGAGAGAGGGCGUGGAGUGGGUUUAACACAGCCGAGACCUGUUUUCACCAAUCACAUCAGCUCCUCUCCUCGCCUUUAAAUCCGCCACCGGCGAGGCGUAUUACUAUUUUCGUGAAGUAGUCAGAGAGAUCAAGAGAUGUCUGAAGACAGUAACGCCACAAGAUGACGACAAAGGGCAGCUCCUCAACAAGUGUCACUGUAAGCGCUGCAUUGGGCGUCCUCCACACUCUCUCAUAUGAGCACAGAUGGAUUUGGUGUGUGUAAUGUUGGACCUAGUGGUAAGAAAAACACCCUUUUCCACUAAUUAAGACACUCACAUAAAGUUGCAUAUAUUCAAACCUCACGUGACAAAGGUGGGUUGUGUGCACAGAUCACAACAUAAACUCCAAAAAUGGAAUUAAAAUCGGAACCAUCUGUGCGUAAAUGACGCAUCGUGCUCCGUGGUCUGGCUCUUUCUUUCAUAGAUGUUGGCAUAUAAAAUAAAUUUGACUCACAAAACUGAAUAUUAUAAUAUUCGUAAGUAGGCUUAAAGUAAAUAACUCAUCUGAGCACUGAAACAAAUCAUCUGUUCCGCCGCUGCAGCAGGACGGAGAGAGGAAACGGAGACGUGUCCAGGUUGAGCUGCGCGAAAAAUAAGAGGAAGAGGAAGAAAGAAAAGUAGGGAGACAAAUUACAUAUCUUGUUAACUUCAUCAUGUGUGUCUAUUUACUAGAUAUUUAAUUUAAUUUAAUGCGGUUUCAGCUGUGUUGAUUCAGUCAGGUUGAGUGUCCAAACGCGUGCCAAACUCGCUCAUCAGAUCAGAUAUAGAUCAGAAUAUAUCUAUAUAGAUCUAAAUGUAUGUGCUGACCCAGAUUAAUAGUUGAUGAUGAUUAUUUAUUGCACUGAAAUGUGCCUGACACUGUGGAAACCUGCCGGUGAGGCAUCGGUGACGUACGCCAAUACGCCGCCGGUCUACCAAAAUACCACUAGACCAGCUGCGUUCCGCCUUGUGCUGAAAGCUGACCAGGUUUGAAUCGGCGAGCUUUCAGCGCACUUUACACGCCACUGGCGAGCACGAAAAUGUCACUGCACCUGCUGACACCUCCCCCUGUCACGCCACCACGCCCAGCUUGGCGGAUCUCGGUUCGCCUCCGUGCGCCUCAAUCCACGAAAAUACCAAACUGGCCGUACGCUGGGCUCCGCCGGACGAAAAUACAACUGCGCGGGGUCCGCCACCCUCCGUCGCCUCACCGGCGGACACGAAAAUAGAGCCCUUAGUGUAUUAAGUUAUUGGGUAUUUUUGACAUAACUAGUCAUCCUUAGUGAAAAUAUUUGUUCUGGCAGUCUAAAACAGUUGUGACCAUGUUCCUUUUCUUCUAUAUUUGAUAAUUUUACUGAGUGUAAAAUUCUGUCAACACGUGCCCAACGUGGUGUAAUUUAACUCAACUGUUCAAGAGAGUUGCAGAUGUACUCACUGUAUGACUCUCAACACUGUCAUCCUACUGGGAAAAUGCCAUUCCUGUUGCUAAACACCAUAAUUGCAGCGGUUUGAAUACUUUCCAGCAGAUGUCCCUCUCUCCCAAAGAUGAAAUAAAAAGAGCUGCUUCCUUUCCUGUCACUAAUACUGCCUCAUUCAUCCAGUGAUUCCUCAACUGUCUAAUCUGCCUUCACAUUGUGUCCUCCUAACCCAUGUUCUUUCUCCUGUCCAAUGCUACUAUCACAUAUUCUUCCGCACACUCUUGCAUCCAUCAUUUUCCAUCUUUAUCCUUUUUUUUCUCUCUUCUUCACUUAGGCUCUGGCAGCAAAGACAGACUGUGUUUGGACUGCUGAUUCUGCUUUUCCUCCUCUCCAUUGCCUACUGUAUUGAAGGGACGCACCAAAAGGUGACUGAAUGACACUUUUAUUGAAGCAAUGGCUAUUACAUAGUUUCAACCAACUUAACUCAGUUCCUCCACCGUAUUAGGGGUUUAUGACCACAGACGAGAUGACUUUGAUCCGGUUGUGGGUCUGCUUUGCCAUGCCUGAUGAUUUAGGACUUGACUAAUUAUUUUUUCUAAUGAUCCUCAACGUGACAAUUUUACUGCUCCUAUCUUAGUCCCCGACCUCGUAUUGUAAAUAUCAAAUGUUUCAUUUUUACAGUCCCCGGCUGACUGUCUCCAAUGGUAACACCUGCAGUAACAAAUGAGAAGAGCAGACUAAGAGGCAUCACCAAACAAAUGUUGAAUACGUAUGAUUUACCAACAUGGCAGCAAAUGCAAACAUGUAUGCUCCAAGCUUCUGUGAGAUCUUGUGUCUGUGAAAUUGCCACUGUGAAAUGUUCCCGACGAAUGUUGGUGUAUGGUCUAGCAGUGUUAAAGAAUCCUCUGCUGUGCGUUUAGAGAGUUGUAAUGUUUAAAAUUGAUCUGAACUGCCCUUAUCUGAACUGCCCUUAUAUGUGUGGUUUUCCUACAGUUUUAGGGAUCUAAAAAUCAUCUAGGGUGUGGCCUGCCUUGAAUGAAAAGAUAUGAAAUAAAAGAUAUUUUUUUUCUGUGAAGUUUUUACUUUAUUGCCAUCAAAAAUGGGGUUAAAGUUCAUACCUCCUUAAUUCAAACUUGUUUUAUUGAGUCUGCACAUCCCUGCGAAGUUCAACAGUGUUCUUAUUGGCUAUAAUAGAGCUGGCCAUUCAUAUCUUUCAGCAUGUGUUGAGUUUUCCUAAAACAUGGGAUUGUGUGACUCUUGAUUCCUCCCCAUCACAGUUACAAAGCAUUUAAUGUUAGUACUGUUUGCACAUUACAAGAACUCCUUGAAUACCCAAUCAACACUUGAAAGACCAAGAGCACAUUUACACAAAUUGACUUGAAUGUAUAGCUGGGUUGACAUGGGCUAAGAGUGGGAACCAUGUUUUGGAAGUUAGAGGGUUUCAUAGAUGGCAGCAGUUUGCUAUAUAGUGGAUUUGCAUAGGACUGUAUAAUAUAUUGUAUUUUUAUGAUCAUCAGGGUGUGAAUGUACACCAUAAAAAGAAUAUGAGUGAAGCCUUGGCUGAGAAGAAAGUUGCAACAUACGUGUUAACAUUUGCUGCCAUAUUUGUGAGCUAUGAAAGUGUGCAACAUCCUGUUUAUGACACUUUCUGGACUGCUCUUCUCUUUGGUUGUUGCAUGUUUUCCACAUAAAUCCAAUCAUAAAUAUCUUAAAUGUUUAAUAUCAAAGAUCCAAGGUAUUGAUAAGGCUGAGAGCAGCAAAAUAGUUGUACUGACACAACACACUUCAAGUUUAUUUUGAUGAGUGACUGGUUAGAAUCCGCCUUAAAUCAGGUUUGCGUCCCCUUCAAUCUUUUAAGUGAGGGUGCCCUUAAUCAGGACCAAAAUUGUCUUGUGUGUAGCCAGCCUCAGUCAAGCUUGUAGACAUAUUCAACCUAGUGCAGUUUAGGUUGGACUUACAUGUUAAGAUGCAUCUUUAAAGUACGGUUUUAGCUGGACUGACCUAAUAGAUAGGCAAACUUAAAGUCUGUUUAUUUGUAACUGAGAGAAAAGCCACCCCGAUGGCUGAGACAGGAGACAAGAGUGAAGGAGAUGUGGUUGAUAUUGGGGAGGUGGAACAAAGAAUAGCUCUUCUGCUUUUUAUAAUUAGCAUUCAGAUAAGAUAUGUAACCAAAGCAGUUUUUCUUUUGAAUGCAGAACAGCAGAAACAUGUCCCCCAAACAGUAUUAUAUAGUGAUAAGCACACUUUGAUGUUAGUUUCUGUAUCAAGUAUUAUACAAGUAUUAUAGCUUUUAACAAUAUUAAUCAACAAAAUAGGUUUUCCUCAUAUUGUGCAAUUCUUGUCCUGGUUAAAUCUGCGCCUCAGGAACUGAACAGUACUUAUUAAAGGAUACCUGUUUGAACAUCACCUCUGGCAAGUGUGUGCUUGUGUUAGUGUCUUUGACUUUGGUUAAAUUAUUAACUUCCUACAAAGCUGUGUUUGAGCUGCUAAUCUCUUAUGUCCACAGUGCAAACAAGCCGAGCUCUUAAUGUAUAUGAAAGCAACCUGUGCUGUGGUCUCACUAAGCCUUUCUCUUACUUUUUUCCCCUACCUUUGAGUUUUUUUUCCUACUUUUAACUGUAGUAUUUUGAACCCACUUCCAUAAGUUUUUUUUUUUUUUUGUAAAUGUUGAGACUUGGGAGUUGUGUAAUCACUUCUCAGUAACUUCACGUAACAAUUGCCCAUGGCUGGCACUGCGUUUCCCAGAAUUCUGUCAGCAAAGAGAGAGGCACUUUGUAGUGUUUUUGUUUUGCCGAGUUUCCUGGGAAAUGAAGUCUUCGGUUCCACACCUCCUUCCGAUCCCCUGUCCCAUCCCCUCUUCCCGUAAUCUACACACUCCACGCUUCCUCCUAAAAACAACCUGCCCUCGCUGGAGGGAGGAGGUGUAAACAGAGUGGUGGAUGAACAGGAGGAAGAGAAAGAGAGAUAAAGAGUUCUUGGCUUGCCUUACUUUACUAGUUGUGUAAGAGCUGGCUGCCACCAAUAAGAAUAAUAGUUCUGUUCUUCUGUCAGUGUGCUGAACACUCCUACCCUACGGCUCUGUCCUCUAAACUUAACAACAACCUCUGUCUCUGUAAAGGUCUCUCUCCCUCUCUUUCUCCACCACUCACUUGCCCUCUCCCACCCUUUAAAGUGCCCUCUGUUUUGCACACUUUCACUCUCGUACCUUCGCUCAGUCAGUCUCUCUCUCUCUUCCUCUGUAACCCCCAUCCUCCCACCCCCUUCUUGUUUUCCUCACACUCUGUGCAUGUGUCUCUGCCAUGUGGUUCACCGUCCCUCUCUCUGGCCUCUGCAGUAUGUACGCUACAUGGAGAAGAAGACGCUGUGGUGCGCAUACUGGGUCGGUCUGGGCAUCCUCUCUUCAGUGGGUCUUGGCACUGGCCUGCACACCUUCCUCCUCUACCUGGUAAGAAAAUCUUUUUCCUGUGGCUACGACAAGUUGCCAGCCACUUUCUGCACACUGCAGUUAUUCACUUGCCUAUGCAUGCUUGUGACGGAGCUGAAACUCAAACACAGUGAGUGGAUAGUGUUAGUGGUGGUGCUGUGACGCAGGUCCAAAAAGGCUGUUUUGAUGCUGUUAUUGGGCUGUUGCUAAGGCUGUAAUAAGAGUAUGAAAAGCUUUUGGAGGAACCUCAUACAUUUGCACAUGCAUACAUGAGUGCGUUGGUAUAGGGGUUGUGCGUGCGUACGUGCGUGCAUUUCAAAGAGGGGCGGAGAUGAAUAGGCGCUGUGGUAGCCGCACUGUUUUGACAGGCAGUCCAGGAACAAUCGCACUCACUGACCCCUCUGACUGAGUGCACAUGAGGAUAAAAACACUCUCCCUCCCACUCUCGGAGUUCUUUCUCUUUCCUUUCUCCGCGCUCUCCUGCUCCCUACUGUGAGGCUCCCUCCCCUCACUCGUUCUCCUUUUUAUGUCUCUUCUCUGCCUUUUCUCCCCCCUUUCCUUUUCCCCUCGUCUUUCAUUCUGUUUUCCACCGCAACUCUCCAUCCCCGGGUGUUUCUGCUCUGAUUUGAGCGUGAGGAGGUGUUGGGUCUCUUCUGCUGAUCAGAUCAGGGUCCCCAAACAUCUGCUUGUCUUCAGUGCUCUGAGUCCAUCUGUCAAUACCGUGUCCACUGUUGCACUCGUGUACCCUUGCCCAGUGGAGCUGAACUGGAAACUUUGAAGUGCGUGUCCUCCAUUCUGCUGUUUUUAAAAGCCAAACUCUGGCGCUCCCAAAUGUAAUUUGACUCCUCUUUCACGGCCCUGCUUGGUAGGAUAUCCCCAUCUAGUGCAGCGCACUUGCUACUGCAGGUUUUUGGUGUCAUUGGGUUCAUGUUAGACCUUGGUGCUCCCUGCUAGAGCUGUUGUGAUGCAUUUUCGUACAGCUUGACUGAUAUUGCUUUUGGGAAAGCUGAUGUAGUGCAAAUAUUUUUGGAUUGAACUACUGGUACAUGAUGCAGUUUUGUGGAUAUCCCAACAAGUAUUUUUUUGACAGUUUACCCGGUACACCUCCAUAUGAACAUUAUGUUUUCUUUUUGCUGUCAUGUACAGACAUACCUGAAAUUUGUCAUGGUGUUAUUUUUUGUCUCAUCAGAAUUAUUUCAGUGAUCAGGCAUAGAUUGAAAAACAUUUUGCAGUAAGUGAUGAUUACUUUGAUGAUGUAAGGCCUUAAUUGGCUGAUUUUCAAUACUAAUGAAAGUGUUGCAUAAUACUGCCCUGAGUUACCAGCCCAACCUCAUUUGUUUGUAAAGGAAACCCUGUGCUUCCUUUCUCUAACUGUGUACAAAAUGGAUGAUUAUUCACCUUCUUGUCUGUAAAAGACCUCUAUAAAGGAGCCUUGAAGGUGAUGUUUUUUCAAAUAUUAGGGUCCUGACACAGAGUAUCUGAUUUUUGUCACAAGAUAAGGUAGAACAUCCUUUAUGGUGACUGAACAGUGACUAUAACUUAAGUCAUGUUGUCCUGAUUUGAGGACUGGGUCAGUGUUUGUAAGUAGGUUGUAAUUUUAGAACAUUGGCAAAGAUGUCUGUGCUAGCCUUACCGUCCUUGAAAUGGCUUCUUUCCUGUCCACAAGAGUUAAAAUUACACUAGAAAUGAGAAAUCAAAUGGGCCUGGGAGUUCACUUUGCUUUGAGUUUGCAAACUUAUGCAAACUUAUUAAAGGAAUACGGAACUCUGUGAGUGAUCUACAUAUGCAACAUUAGAAAUGUAAACUUCCAUUUAAAGUUUGCAAGUUGAUGUGACUAUUAAAGUAGUGCUGUGAUGCUGAAUCUUGCAUAAUGUAUGACCAACAAUCAAUGAUCUGUAAAACAUUCUGUACAUACAUUAUUAGACCUUUUUUAUGGUUUUCUUUUGAUACUGCAAUGUAAAAACCAUUAGUGUAAAAGAUCACUUUUAAAUUCUUUCAUGUUUGUUAAUGUAUUGCAAUUUUUCUUUGUUUGAUAAGGCUUUUGCAAACACCAAGCCUUUUAAACGGCAUAUUUAAUGACAUGACACAACAUUAAAAGCAACAGUGAUGAUAAGGAGUUCAUCAUGUCAGUUUUUAAGAAAGAUUUGCCUCCAUUUUCUUGUGAAGUUUCUCUUCUGUGAUGGUGAAUCUUCUUGAAGUUUUUCAAAGACUUGUUUUAAGAACUGAAGACCUGUAAAGAUGUCAGCCUUGGGAUUUUGAAAGUGACAAAGUAGAUUCAAUAAACUUUUCUCUGUAUUUUUAAAAUGUGGUUGAGCUGCAGCCACGCUGUUAUCAUUAUUACCGGUAACCACUUAUUGUUUGAAACGGAAGAAAAAAAUCUUCUUGUACCCUCAUUUAAUAAAAUUCUUAACAAUUAUGUGCAAUCUGUAAAUUAAAACAUUUACUUUGAACAUAAACUUUUAUCUUUAUCCUUAUUCGUUAAAGUGGCACAUUGAAAUAAAUGCAUUCCUCAUUCAGUUGAGAUUAAUAAAGCCAUUUGUGUUUUUUGAUUUAAAAGUUAUUCAUCUUUCACAAGUUAAAUGUAUACGAAAUUGAUUCGUCAUUACUAAUAACAAACAGUAGAGGGCGCAAGUAGACUUUAGAAUUCUAGAGACUAGAAAAUAAGUACAGGUUUGUGUAGGCACUUUUAUUAACUUCAUGUAUGUCUAUUGUUAAAAAGUAUAAAUAUUUCUUUUCAAAUGAAACUUUAAUAUGAUGACUCAUUUAUUCUUUUUGAUUAAUUGAAAUCUGGAAACACUGGAGAGUUUUAAGAUUUGGACUUUAUGUCAAUUCAAAAAAAGGAGACUCCACAGUGCAUACAUUGUGGAGAAUAUAGGGUAACAUAAAACCAGGGAUGUAAUGAGUAUUAAAGUAUUCCACUCAAGCAAAAGUACCGGUACAUUUAACAGUAAAUUUAAGUAGAAGUGCAACCACCAGCCUCUGAAAAGACAAGUACAAGUGAAGAAUACUUUGUUUGAAACUAACAGUACUAAGCAGUCGGAGAGCGAAGUAAGACAUACCCCCCAUCUUUAUGUUAAGGCAUAUUUUACCAAACUAAUAUUGUUAUAUAACCAAUAGGGGGUCAUUAAUAAAUGAAAGGAUUUUUUCAGGGUAGAGCUUUUUAAUAGCUUCUCUCCAUCUUUGAUCAUCAGUCUUUGACACAAUGUAAAAAGUGUGUCUUCACUUAUAGGACAGCUUGUUUAUAAAAAUCAGGUUGUGAUUUGCUGUUUAUCUUAUUGUAGCUGUAGCAAGAUGUCAGAUUAGUAAAAGUAACCUGAGUAUCCACAUUAUUAACUUGACUGAAACCUUUCUUACAGUGAUUGUAGUGUGAGCAUGUGUUUUCUUCUUUAUAAUGUUGGUUCAAUUAAUAAUCAGGGAGUAGUAUCAGCCAAUUAGCUGGCGGUCGAAUAGUUAAAGUAAAGCUGGUUUUCUUUUUCCUUUACGUUAGUUAGUAACCGAUGCACAGUAAAAUGCUGUGAAAUAAAUACUAUCCACAAAAAAUGCGUUCAAGUAAAACUCUUUAUUUUGGAAACUACUUGAGGUCCAAGUGUACAGAAAAGUUACUCAGAGUAGCAUGAGUAGAUGUGGUUUCCAUGUAAAUCAUAUUUCAGACCUUCAAUAAGAUCGUCAUUACCUGAUUAUUGUUGCUGCAUUAUAUCUUUGAUUCUUUUGUAUGAGCAGGAUGAGGAGAAGCCAGUGUGCUGCUGGUUCUGUUAACCACCUUUUCACAUGACAGAACAUGUGACCCUGUGAUGUCACAUGACUUCUCCCACCUUCCAAACUGUCCGCAAUUUUCAGUCAUGUUUCUGACUCCUUUAAAUGACUUAACUUCUUUUGAAUGAAUUCUUUUAGAAAAUGUGACCACAGUAAGUGUGUGGUCACAUCUCUCAGGAUUUUGUAUUUGCAAAGGUCCUUGGAAACAUUAAGUAACCCUAUGGCCACCAGUUUUUACAUGUAGGUGGCCCCCAGAAGCCAACAAGUUUUGUCUGCAUUCCUUGAGAUGUAAAUAUUCUCAUGCGACUUUUUACUUUCUGAAAUAGAUCCGUUUAAUGAACUAGUAAAUUGCUUGAUUUACUCAUCCAGUUUCUAAAUAUUGGAAUUAAAAACAUUAUUGUACACUAUGUAAAACAGCAGGAAACUUAUAUGUGUAAGCCUGUAAGGCCACCCAAGUCGCACUCAAGUCUCAACUAAAGCUUUGAGUUCACCUUUUGGGAGUAGGAUGUUAACUUUUUAUGAAGUUGUUGCUUUAACUGUUGACAUUUUUGUCUGCUACCAUUGCAGUGUUGUUGGUUGUUUGUGUCACGUGCUAAAUUGCCUGAAAACGGCUCUUCUUCCUGAUUUCAUUAAACAUUUGUUGCCAGUGGCAGCCAGUACUUUUCCAGGGUGGAAAUAGAUUGACUUGUUAUGUAGACUACUUUGGUAGCGUCACAAAACCAUUUCCAGUCCCUUUUUUGUCUGGUGUACACAACAUUUAAUCAUUCCUUAUUGUAAUUAGUAUGGGUUUCAAUUUGAACUUCAUCUCACCAGGAGGGACUCACUUGGAUUAAAUUUUGCCCUUUAACAAUUAUUUACAUUUGUUACGAAUAACCUUUAACAACCUUUUCCUCAAGUUUAUCUGACUUUUGGAACAGACAGUGAGAACAGUUAGUACUUGUUUUCUUUUAUAAAAGGUAUUACUUAGUAAUUUACCAAAACUGUGAAGACAAUUUAAAUACUACAUUUCACUAAAACUUGUGCUGAUAACCUUAAAGAGACUUCAGUUAUGGUCUUUGGUUUUGAGAGGAAGAACAGAUAGUUGAUUCAGGGAUUUUUGUGUGUAUGCAAUUAUGAAGGUGUCGGUGUGUAUCUGGGCGUUGCAGUAUGAAAGGUGAUAUCGCUCACCUGCUCGCAUAUCACUGCCAAUGAUACAAGAGCAGGGUCAAGGUAGGAGCAGUUGAGACUAGGGCAUGACCCAGCAAGAUCCUCAGAAGGGGACAAAUCGCAGCGUCCAGCCAACUUCGAAUGUGUACACAUCAACCCCCACCCCCACCCCGUUGACCUGUUAUUGUAAAUAUGUGCUUUUCUCGAUGAGUAUCAUUGCUUUUUAUACAACUUGCUAUUUUUUUUGCUACUCCACCUCCUCCCGAAUAAGUUAUUCCGGGUUCCUCUGUAGUUCUGAUCAUAUUGAAGGUGAUUGUUACUGGAAAUAAAACAGUUUUAGCCCCACUAAUGUUAACAGACUCAGUCAAAGAGUAAAUGUGAAGCCUGUCUGAGUUCUGUUGCCACUGUCUUUGUGUUUUGGUUUUUAGAAGUAAACAAGUUAAUAGUUUUAUUAUGUCCCAUUUACUUGCUCCCACCUGCGCUACAGUUCAGCUAGAUUGGCGGGCAUUGUCGUGCAAAGUAUGUUUACAACAGUUAUAGUAAUAAUAGUAGUUUUCCGUUCAAAAUUUAACAAAAAUAUAUUUUUAAAUUUUAUUAAAAUAUCUCAGUUAAAGGAGGCUCAGCCAAUUUAAUUCCCUUUCCUGAAUUUUCUUUAGGUUUGUCUACCACUGACUUUUGGGUUACCAAAUUGAAACCUGCCCAUCAGUUUAGGAGAUUGGUUGCCAUUUUGACCAGUAUUAGAAAGUCUGGUGUCUAUCCUAGAGGCAUUUUGUAAUUAAUGAAUGAACACAGACUUUGACCGAACAACUUUCAUUUUUGACAAAGAGUCAGCAAUUUAUAUGAGUGUACUAUAAAGCCACCAGUAGAGGGGGAUACACAGCCAGUUACAUGUAAACCAUCCCAGUCAAUGAAACCAGAGCAGAAGUGGCAGCUCUCCUGUUCCCUGACAUGGGCAAUUGGUGCCCUGUGUCUCCCCUCUGUGUUUGCAUCCCGCUGAGACUGCGGGAGAUCAUUGUACCCGGACAGGACUGGUUAUUAGAGGAAGACAAAACCUCGCAACUCAAGCGUACAGGAGGAAAAAAAGCACACUUCUUGGCACACCAUCAAGUGUAUUUUAUCCAGCUGCUCUGAGAGAGAAGGUAGUGGGUGGGUGCUCAUAAUACAGGCCAUGAAAACAAUAAAAUCAGACAGGAACACUGUAGAGAUCUCAUUUCGGCAGAGGCUGUGGAGGCGAGGAUCAGUAUACACAUAUGCAUACUGAAAGUCCUGCACCUGCACAUGUAUUCGCCAUAAUUGUUAAGAGGAUCACAAUUAUGAGUGGGAUUCGCUUUCAUCCCCCACUUAUGUUUUAAGUGUUUGUUUUCUAGUGACAAGUAGUGUCACUGCCCUCCAUAAAUCCUCUUUAGCUGAGAAAGGGGAUAGCGAUGACUCUCAAAAGCUUGGGAAUGCUGUAAAUAUUUUAGAAGAGAGCUCAUCUGAGUCAUUCACCAUUAAAUUACUUUCAGUAAUGGCUGUUGCCAUUAAGUCAUUAUGGGCAGCAUGAAAAUUGUUGUGCUCGACGUUAAAUCAACAGCAACAAAGAAUUAAAGUCAUUAUAAUUGAAGCUGUGCAUGUUGCUGUUUACAUAAUAGCAACGAGGGAAGUCUUUUUCUCUUGGCUUUGAGAUGUUUCAUGACUGAAAGAGGUGAGCAUGUUUUGUCUUCCUAGGAGCAUGAAUGUCAGCAACACUCGGGAGAAACACAAUACCAAUCAUACUACAUUUGUUAGUUGCAUCUUAUGACUCAUGAUCUACAGACCUUGUCUUCAAAAAUAAACCAGGGGCUCACCUAAAUAAAGACAAAUUCUUUAGCUUUCUAUAUUCAGUGUCUUUUAGGACCACUAAAUUAUAUGUUGCAGAGGAGGUUUGUGUAGAAUAUACAGAGUUUCCCCAGCAAACCCCCUCAAAUUAAGUUUUGGCUGUUGGCAAUUACCAGGAGUACAGCCUUAAUUAGCGCCAGCUAUUGCUGUAAGUGCCGAGCAGGUCUGAGAGUGUGGCUUCUACACACCGACUGUCUCUGCAGUGUUGUUGCUAUCACACACACACACACUGCUGCUUGAAUUUUUUUUAAAAGUGUGUAUUGUGCUCAUUUUCAAGCUGUGUAUUGCCUUUCUGAUAGCUUUGUAGUCGUUCUAUGGAACAAAAAUUCUUCAUCAUGGAGUACUGUCUUUGAAAACCCUCAUCCCAGCCUCUGUUCAAAACGCUUUGUUUGAGCUGCUGCCUCCUUAGGGCACUUCAAAGCAACCCAACAUUUCUGAACCCAGCACUUGGGCAACCUCCUCCACUGUUGCCAUGUGACAAAGUCAUUAUCACUUACUUAACUGGUGUUUCUCUAUUUGAAAUGACACAUUCCUCAGCCACAUCUCUAUAGGUAAGUGUCACGCUUAAUUUGCCCUUUUAAGGAGAUUCAUCAAGUGGCGAUGCCUUGGGUUUAAGUAAACCUUGUGUGGAUCUUGUGUGACCUUUUGGACGAGUCAUUGAGAGCAGCCUGCAGGCUCAUCCUGGGAUUACUCCAACACAUGUCUACCUCACAAUCUAAGACUUUGCCCAAGUUUAGUAUUGACAUCCAUCAUUUAACUUCAUUUUUGUUUGUGAACAUGACUCCAGCUCUUGAGAGUUUCCCAUUCAUACGCCUUUAUACAGUUAAGUGCAGUCUACCCACGGUCUGACAAGCUAAUGUGGGUGAGGGAAACUCGGUCACAGCAUGCCAGGGCAUUAGACAAAGGAGUGAGUGUGUGUGUGUGUGUUUCUUUGUGUGUGUCUUUUCUCUGUGUGUACUUCUCUACCCCUUACUCACCUUGACCAUUGCCUGGCAGUACAGUGAUGAGCUUGGCUUCGUCCUGGAACCAAACAAUAGGGCACCUUCGUGUUCUCGUAGACAGAAACCUGGCUGUGUUGUGUGAGCUGUGACUCACACACUCCUGCUUGUCUCUCUGACCGGACUGAGUUUUCCACCAGUCUUUGGCUCUUUUUCCUGUUUCAUCAGGUGACAAAUUGUUUCAAUUGAAUUUUUUUUCUCUGAAUAGAGCUGAUAAGAGGGUGGGUUUGCAGUUCAAGAACAAAGAAUGAUUGUAUCUGGCAGACUCUGUGAUGGUGCACACAUUGGGAUGCAAUGACAUGAUUAAGACUUCGGUUGUCUGUGGGUAUGCAUUAAUACAUCUGUUUGCGUCACUACAAUUCAGAAUAAUACAUUGAUCCUUUACUUUAUGGUUUUCAUAGUUCACUGAUAUUUUAUCAAUUUUACUACUUGCGUUUGUCUCUCACCUACGACAAACAUUUUUUUCAUUUACUAAAAGUGGAGAAUUUAAACACAGAUCCUUUGAGAGGAUUUAUUUGAAGAAAUAUUUUGACAUUUUAAAAAUACUAAAAUCAUAUUGUCACAGAAUAAUAAACCUGAGCUGCUCAUUAAUAGAAAAAGUGUGGUAGUAUGUCAGCUGGUCAUUUUCACUUAUUUCACACAGAUUAUCUGUUCUUGAAUAGAUGUAGUGGACAAGUUUAGAUCCGUAAUCAGCUUAGUUUCUACCUCAGUGUAUUAAGCAUGUCAACUGGGCUACAAAAAAAGGAGGACAUAUAUUAUGUAUACUAUCAGCUGACAGAAAGAAUACUGGAAAAUAAAUGAAUGCAAAAUUCUCAACAACCACUGAAUGGAAAAAGAAAAUUGUCCGGUAAACUUAAAAUAUGGAAGAACUGACCAAAAAUUGUGAAAAAUAUUGGAAGAAUCUGCAGUGAUGCACAUAUAUUUCAUAUUUCUUUCAGAUGACAAGCUUAGUUUCUUUCUCUAAAAAAAAAAAAAAAGUUGAUAAGGAUUUUAUUCAACAUUAUUCAAAAAAUUUAAAGCACAUAUUUACUUGAAAAUAGGACAAAAACAACUAGUCUGUAGUUUUUUUAAAAUAAAUAUUUGUCAUAAGACAACAAAAAUAAUGAAGAAUUAAAAAAACUUAAGGAAUUUAUGAUCACAUUUUUAGUGACUUUACUUUGACUUUUUAAUAAUACGUUACAUUAGAAUUAAUGGCUCUAUGAUAUCGCAGUAUGGCACAAGAACAGUGUUUGAUUAAAAGUGUGUCAUGGCAGCUCUUCAAAAAUCUUGGAUUACUCCCAUGGACUUAUUUUUCAUAGGAAAAAAUUCAAGCUGUCAGUUCAGAGCUUUCUUGCCAUCUCUGCGCAUACUUUCUGUGUCAAACAUGACUGGACAUAACAUUAGCGUCCUUCUCUUUAACAAAGUGACAAUUGAUACCUCGCAUGCACGUUACCCGUACCAUGGGUGACACAUCGGGAUCAAGUUCAGUGGCUCUUUGAAAAGGUGGAAAGCUACUCUUGACUCACCGACGGCUGGCAGUAACAGAUCUCUCGCUUUACUCCAACUCCUCUUAAAUUUAAUUUUAAGCCAUCAAUUUUUAACUACAGCUAGAUAGUGUGUCAGAACUUAAUCGCACGGAUUUGAUCCCCACACUACAGAAAAAGCAGGAUUACUUUCAUCCUAUAAAGAUACAUUGGUUGGGAAUUUUACACGGGUAAGUUAUGGAUAUGCAGCUGCUCCCCGGGAGAAUUUUCUGACUUUGGGUUUAAAUUUGAUUUUCAUUAAAAGGGCUCUGGAAAGAAAGAAUAAGAAAACCUCAAAAAAACUGUUUUCUUUGCAGUUCAAGGGCAUAAAUUUUAUUCCUCAUAAGGUCGGAGACGUGGAUCUAUCCAUCCUUAGUCUUACUCAUCUUCACCUCCUCCUUGAGAGAUGAAUACCAGAAAGAUGCGUUCACACCAGUUUAACAGUAUCUCAAUCUUAACUGUCACACUCCAGCCAUUCAAGGCAUGCGUCUGCCUGUCUGUGUCUUGGAGGCCCAGGGAGUCUUGCUAAUACCAAGUACAAUAACUGUUCGACGACACAUCCACACACAGAGUCUCACACACACACACACAGUCUCACACACAGUGCCCACAGGAAGCACAUCUUAGGCCAGAGUGGGCUUAGUGUGUAGCCAUUCUGGAAUGAAACCAACAACGCUGCCAGAGCAAGCCAAACCGGACCAGACCAAACCAGAGCCCUGCUGGCACACUGCAGGUAUUUAGGAUAUUUGAAGUUUUGUUUCCAAAUUUUCCAUAAAGGUUAAAUCACUCACCCUCAGGUGUGUGUGUGUGUGUAUGUGUGUGUGUGUGUGUGUGUGUGUGUGUGUGUGUGUGUGUGUGUGUGUGUGUGUGUGUGUGUGUGUGUGUGUGUGUGUGUGUGCGUGUGUGUGUGUGUCGGUCCGGUCACUGCAUCAGCCUUCAGUUAGCCUGGUGGAAUGACUGUGGGGUCAGACCUUUUGUUUCCCUGCAGUGGUUUGGGAGAUGAAAAUUACUCAAGGCAUGGAUGCACAGCUAAUGCAGUUCGAUGUAUUUCAUCUAGUCCAAAAUUUUUUAGGUCUUGUUUUCAAAUUCGUAGUCUGAUACAUGCCGAACCAUUUUUCUUAUUUCAAUUGGCACCAACUAUUUUUUUUGUCUGAUGAGCAUAGAAUUACUUGUUUAACUGUAAAACCAAGGAUUCUCAGUUUACAAUAAAUUCAAGCUAAAAGCAGUUAACUCUAACUAGAGAAUCUGGUAUUGGAAAAUAACUGUCAUUUUAACAAUUCAUCAAAUAUAUGACGAAUAAAAUCUAAACUUAAAAAGGUAGGUAGGUCAGGAGAAAAGUUUUUUUAAUUUUUUUUAUUAUUUAUUUAUUUAUGGGGGGGGUUAAAUUGCCAUUUUGACGGGUUUUUCAUCUAAAUUUAGUGAGUGAAAAAAUGAAAAAUUGUAUUAUAUUGUAUGAUGUUUAGACUACAUAAGAUUAAGUAAAUAUCAAUACUUUAAUUAAUCCAAUGUGUACCAGCUCCAUCUUUUCGCUGUUUAAAUAACAUUUAUUUAACCUUGUAUCACUCUACUGUACCAUAUAUACUGGAGAGUCAGCAUAUAACACCAUGAUACAGGGUUAUAUACUGGUGUGGCUGCCACAUCUUAUACUCUGUUUCUACUUUGAAGCUGAAAAAAAGCUGAUUUCUUUUCCGCCCACAAAUUUAAACUGAUAUUUCCCUAGUAAAAAUAUGCACAGUGGUUAAAUUAUUAUUUUUCUCAGGACUGAAACAAAUUUAACCGUUUGCAAAAGUAGUCAAUGUGUUUAGCUUGAAUUUACUCUCAGUUUCCCUCAGAGUGUGUACAGUGUGAGGUAGUUUUCUAAAAGUCAAAGUAGAGUUUGUUUCAGAUGGAAAUGAAAGUGUCUUCUUGUAGAUGUAUAAUCACUAGGUGGGGGGUCACAGUGUCUGUCUGCUAGUCAGGGAGAAGUCUCUGAACAUGAAGUCAUUUGGUAAAACCACAUGGAUAAAUCACUAGGACCAGCCCCUAAAAACCUCCACCAUCUCUCAGUCAGCAUGUGUGUAUCUGUGUGUAUGUCUGUGUGUUUGUGUGUGUGUGUGUAUGUGUGUUUACCAUCCACUUCUAAACAGCCCCUGCCCCUCCUCUCCAUCUCUGCUCCAUUGCUGGCCUCAGUCCAGCACUCUCUCACCUCCCUCAGAGAUCCUGACCAGAGCUUCUUCAUAACAGACUAACCUCCAAUGUUUGUCCUGCUUUGCCUGCAGCAGUCUCCCACUGUAAGAAGCGGUUAACAGGUUAUGCUAGCCUGACCGUGUCUAAUGCGCUUAAAUGGCCCUUGACAACCACAGCGACCUGUUAAUGACUGGAGCGUCCUGUGGUCGUGGUCCCUGAGAACUGGUCAGUUUAUGGUCACCCAUUAAUGUCUGGUUUUGGGCUGCAUUUGCCACCACGAGCUAACAAGAGGAGUCCACACCAUGAGUGGUGGAAGGGAUGAUGAAGGGCUGCAUCUGGCAAAGACUUCUGAUCCAAAACAGUAAAUAACAGGUCUUUAAUCUCCCCACAUGAUUUGAACAUGCUAAACAUUUAGAUUAAGAGGACACGCAAGACAAUCUUGUGUUUAUUUUACACACAUUCACAGCUUACAAACAGCUGCCACUUAGUCUAAUGGUUAUGUGGUGCUUUUUCUGAAUAUGAAUGUGCUAGUUUUUAAACUGUGUGAGAUUUUAAGACAGAGUUUGUCGUACCCUCUUUAGCUGCAGAAUCAAUCGCAAUUUUAUAAUAGCAACAUUAGCAUCACACAUUACAAAAGGCUGAAUUAAUCAGAGUUAACAAGAAAAAAAAUUACUGUUGACAAGGAAUGCUUUUCAUUCAGCACUUGAACAUAUUAUCAUUUGGACAGAAAACAAUCACAAUAUUUUUAUGCAUUCAGAUGAAGCAUAAACGUCCUUUCAGCUCUCCUUGGAUUAAUUGAUUAAUUGAUUAAUUGGAAAAUGGUUUGGGGACAUAUUUGAGAUUUUGGAGGGGUGUGUUUCAAAACAACUAAUCGGUAAAAAAAAAAAAAGUGGUUUCACCUCACAAUUAUUGCAGCCAAAAAAUUACACUGAUAAUAUUAUCAUCAGUGACAUUUAUGGAAAUCUUAAUAAAAAAAAAGAAAAAAAAAAGCUUUAAGUCAAAUAAAGUCAAAUUAAGUCAAAUUUAAAUCAAAUAGAGGAAGGGUAAGACAAGGCUGGAGCAGCAAAUAAUCCCAUAAUUUUUCUAAAUUACAUUGUUCCAGUUCUUUUGUAUAAUGAAGCAUAUUUUUGAAUAGUUUUGUAUAUUGUUUAUUAUUUUUUAUGUUUGUCUGUUUUUCCUUUUUAAUGCUGGCCAUGUCAUUGUUUUGUUUGUAAUUGUUUAAAGCACUCCAAACUUCUCAAUAUCUGAGCGGUGCUUUGUAAAUAGAUUUGCCUUGCCUAAACACAAUCAACCUCCUUACAUGUCUUCACCCAUUUGUAAUGAUAUUACAUGUAAUGUUUCAUCCACAUCAUCAGCCCAGAGACAGAAACUUUUCUUCCUCUGCAUGUGACUCUGUGUUACAUGUUGUCCUAAAAUACCCCGUUUUAAUAAAUCUAAAAGAACUGUAAAACUGGUGUGAGCACUUUCUUUUUUUAGCAGGUGAGCAGAGUACCUUGACUGCCACUAUUAACCCAAUUAAUCUCGCAAUACCAAUAUUAUUAUUUUUUUUUUAUCAGUUUAAAAAAAGAAAAUCAAAAAUUACAAGGGGGGGCAGAAAUUGACCUAGAAAUUAGGAAAUUAAACUGGUUCGACAUAAUUGGUUGUAGAUUUCUCAUUGUGCACAAUAGUCUUUAUCUCAAUAUUGAACAAUAUGAUCACAAAUCUCUCAUUUUUGUUGUAUUGCAUGGGCCUUAUACACAUCUCUGCAGCUGUUUCUGUGUAUACCAGUACCCGAAACUAAUCAGUUAGUCGUAGUUUUUACAUGUUAAUCAUUUAAUUGUAGGAAGUCCCCUUCUUUCAUAAACUACUUUAUGCUUAAAGUCACGACACCCACACUGGCACAUCAUGAGCCAGACAAACACGUUAAAGAUUGUCACUUUCACCCAAAGGAACGAUUUUAAUUUCUCAUCAAGUGACUUUUUGAUUUAAUUUUUUAAUUUAUUUGGGAUGUUUUUAGAUAUAAUUUUUAUAGGACAGCUUGAGGAAGCUUUAGGGUGAUGACACAAGUACAAUAGUAUCUGUACAUGGGGCGCCUGGUCCACUAAGUGAGUUCAACUAGAUCAAAUGUGAAUUUGUCACCACUGAUUUAUCACUAUUGCUGCUGAUUUUGCGGGUCAUGUUAUGGACCAGAGAGGGUCAUUAACGGUCAAGAGCAUGUCAGCUGCUCAUCUCAACAGCUAUUUGCCAACCAGCUUUCACAUCCUCCUUCAGUGGACACUCUUUGUUUUUUGUGACUGAGAGGAAGCUCCUUUCCGUUCAUGUGAUUUUACCAACUGCUGCACUCAAAGCCAGUCAUUCCUUGUAACUGUGUAUGUCAUAACCUGAGAGUUUUGAGGUUGAACAACUUUCUGUUAGGUUGCCUUGGUUUGCAGAAUUAGAAAAAGUGAGUGAUAUUUUGCAUAUGGCCUACUAAUAGAGCUGCAGUAUCAGUCAUUUUCCUGAGCAGGGUGAUGACUUCUAAUUCAAAACUGAUAGGCCUCAUCCAGCAGUGUAGAGAGGAGCAGCUGAACUGCACAAAAAACUAGUAAUGGGAGAACAGACUUGCAAAGAUAAAAAACUUUAGAUGAUUAUUUGUCACCAGAAUAAUGAGCAAAAUAAAUAUUGUUGUGUUAGGGAUGAAAACAUUUCUGAAUACACCCCAGACUAGAUUAAAAUGAUUGGAGUACACAAGUUCAAGAAGCAGACUACCUCCAGAGAAAUGUAGAUGAUAUGGGACUUCAGACAACAGAUUGACAAAAGUUUGAUUUUAGUGACUGUUCCUUUUGAAAGCUCAAAUUAUGGCACAUAGCAUAUUCAAACUUUGUGUGUCUCUUUUAAGUCUUUGUGGAUGUACUCAUACCCAGAAGUGGGAUUUCCACUUGUUUUGGAGACCAAGCGUUGGUUUCUGCCGGUUGCCACAGGAAUGCCAGAAAUUUUGUCUCCAUUGUGAAUCCCGUGGGGUCAAAGACAGCAUUUUAGUGCCUCUGUCACUGUUGAUAUAUAUUUUAGUGGCUGUAAGCAACAUCGCACAUAUUUAAAGGUAGACCCAGCUAGGAGGUUGAACUGUAAUUUCAACACACACACACAAGUAUCCCCUUACCACUGCUUUAUUUGAAAUAAACACAGUGCAUAUAAAGCAGAACAAAGGCUUCUCUCAGAAAGGAAAAAAUACUUCCUUUGUGUUUUAUUUUGUAUUUUCUUUUCUAAAAUUAAUCUACAACACAUUCUCACAAGGGCAGCAAGUUUCUGUUAACAACUCUAUUUUUUUUAAGUGGUCAGGGACAGUAGAAACUAACCUCCUCAAAAAGAAAUGGUUAAAGAAAUGGAAACAAGUUCUAUCAAGGACCCACAUUUUCCAAAACCCCAAAAAUGAGUCAAGUGUGUGCCCAUCCAUUCUGCUAUCAAAUCCUAUGGUUUCUCUCACACAGUGCUAUAAGUUGAGUUCAUCUUUGUCUUUUAUAACACUUAACUCUUUGGCAUGGCCCAGUGUCUAAAUCCAUUUCAUAAAAUUUAUGAAAAUCCACCUGAAAUAUGUCCCUGGCUAUAUGUAACUGGCUUAACUGAGUAUAUUACUGCACUGUAUGUUUGUAAUAAGAGCAAAUCCAUCCCAUAAUUUAACUAACCUAAAUUAAAGUCGCCAUUACCUUGGCCACACGCAGACACACAUUAGAUGUGUUCACAAACGGGUUGUAAAAUCUAAUUUGAACGUGCUUCACUUAUACAACAUCAAUAUAUUUCGAAAUCACUAAUGCAAAAUAUUUUAUCAAUUGUAUCAUAUUGAAGAGAAAAACAUGUAUGUGAGAAGCUAUUUUGACAAUUUAUUGAAAUAUGGGCUGUCUAUGGUUAAUUUCGUUUCCUUUUCUCUAUGUGAUAUGUAUAUUUUCCCACAGCACUUAAUAUUGUGUUGCUCUCUCAAGCAUGUGAGAGUAUGAGAGAGGGAGGGACGGGGGGAUUAAUAUUGUAUUGUAUUGUGUAUAUUGUAAUAUAAAUUGCAAUAUUGUAUCAUAUCAUUCUGAAAAUUUCAUAUUGUGACAUCCCUACUGUCGAGGAUGGUUGGAACAUAUGAGGAGGUCUAAGGUUUUGGUUUGAUGCAGUGCCUUUGACUGUUUUCCGGUUGAAAAUCUCUGUUGCUAAGUGCUGCUGAUGUUACAAGUGGUGGUGAAGAAUCAUCAACCUUUUCCUCUCAAUGCAGCUGUGGUAUCACACUUAAACUAUGUAAGAAAAAAUCUAACUACAUUUGAAAAUCGAACACAAUAAUUCAUUGUUGAUAUCUCCGUUAAAAAAGGCUUGAUAGAGGCUAGUUAGCUAAACAAGGGGACAUUAGGUUACAUUAUAAAAUGCUAUAAAAUGCUAUACAAAGUAUGGAAUAAAGACCUGUCUAACUUCCUAACAUGAGUGCGCAAAAGCUGAAAUGACAUUUUUAAAACUACCUGUGUCAUGAAAUGAUAAAGUAAACAUUCAAAUGUAAUGAAAUAAUGUAAACAUGUUUUUCCACCUCCACGUUAAUAAAAAGUGAUUCAUAUGUAAUUACUUCGAUUAAUCACAACCUGACUAUGUACCAUUGUGCAACUUACUGCGAUUUUAAAAAUGUUUGUUUGACAUAGUUUGACAGCCUGAAAUCCUGUGAUAAAACAUGAUUGUGUUUUAGUGUGUGUCUGUAUGUGUGUGUGGCGCUUAAGAAGCAGAGUCAGGCCAACAGCCGCUACCUGGAAGUAGGUUGUGGGCAGGGCUGCAGAUGACGGAUGAGUCACCUGGACAACAUGAGAUGACUGUGCUUUUGUGUAAGGUGAGAGGCAGUGACACAGCACUAGACAGAGAGAGAACAUGCACUCAGAGUCACGCAACGCUCUCGGUUGGCAGGCUGACUGUGUGUGUUUGGUAAACACACAUUACCUGAGAUAGAGCUGGGAGGAAUACAAUCUUACUCGACCACACAAACUUUCUGCUUUAGGAGACUGAGCUUGAAGAGUGUGUGUGUGUGUGUGUGUGUGUGUGUGUGUGUGUGUGUGUGUGUGUGUGUGUGUGUGGAUUGAUGUCAGGACAGUGUGAUCUCACUAAGGAGUCAGUAGGGAGUAUAUGAGUCUGGGGAGUAUCCAGUCUGACUGGGUCAGUGCUGGGAGUUUUUUGACUUCUCCCUCUGGUUCACACAAGAUUUUCCCAUUUGUCUUCUGCUUUUGUGAGAAAAAAUGAGUGUGUGCGUUCUGGCGUUUUCUCUUCAUGUCUGGGGAGUGUUGUCCUACAUUAUUAUGCAAAUGUGACUGCGCCUACUUGAUAAUGCUGUGUAUAGAGACUAAUCUGUGUCAUACAAAGGGAGUGCACUGUUCCUAGAGAAGACUUGGCCGUUUCCUGUUGCCUCACACGCUACUGUCCUGCCCUCCCAUGUCCCAUCCCGUCCUGCCUUGUCCCGUGCAAUUCCGGAAGUUUAAGCACCAGCCCAGAUUUGCCAGAUCACUAUUGCGCUACAUUGCGUAAUGCCAAACUGCCCCCGUGCGUCACAGGGAGCACCCUUCCUACACACACAUAUGCACAAGUGUAAACACAGGGAACAGGCAGAGUACACAGGGCCACUCUCUCCUUGGACCUGCCUUUAUUUGCAGGGAGCACACUUGUGUUCCUGACUUGUUUGAUCACCACUGUUAUUUCAGAUCCAUCUAGGUCUUUGUUCAGCGUGUGUUCCUACAGAGGAAAUGCAAAUGCUACCUGACCUUUCCCUUCCUGAUUGCAUCCGGUUCAGUGAAAACAUAUUCAAAUAUUGUAUUUGCAGAAAUGAUCAAGAGCCUUAUUGUGGCGAUGAGUCAUUGCAGAAGGACCAACAGCCAUUUUCAGGUAGCAACUAGCAAACUUUGAUACAGUAAGCAGUGCCUCACUGAAACACGCUGUUCCUGGUUAUAAGUGGUUUUGCAUGAUGAUGCCGUGCUUGCUUUGGUGAGUCUUGUGACCAUCACUACCAAGAUGUUUAUCUUUUACUCAAGAAAGCACUGUGUCCUGUGUGAAAGCAAAUGACUGUCUGUGAUCAUUUUUAUAGCCUGUAUAAAAAUGAUGUACGAAAACAGCCUCUUGAGUGAGAACAUUUCUCUGAUUGCACUGUGUAUCAUCACAUCUGAAUCUCAAUGUGAAAAAAAAAUACAUAUAUGUAUAUAUAUAUAUAUAUAUAUAUAUAUAUAUAUAUAUAUAUAUAUAUAUAUAUAUAUAUAUAUGUAUGUAUAUAUAUACACUUCAGGCCAAAAGUUUGGAAGCAAGAUCAGAUUUGUACAAAAAGGAUCAUAGUUUCAUAUAUAUAAUUGGCAACACAAUAAACAUGACUAUUGUGUAAAGAGUAACUUAUCAGAAGACAUUUCGACCAUAAUUAUUCGGUAUUUGAGUUAUUGUUGCUUAGACUUUGCUUUCUUUAAAGUAACCUUCUCUCUGGCUUUAACAACAGCUUGGCAUAUACCAGGCAUUCGUUCCACAAGUCUUUUAAGGUAUUUUCCAGGGAUUGCAUUCCAAGCUUUCUUAAGUUCAUUAAAAAGAGACUGAUGAUAUGUGGGACAAAUUUUUCUAACUGAUAGGUUCAAUUCAUCCUGCACAAGCUCAAUUGGACAAAAGUCUGGAGACUGAGGGGGCCAAACCAUCUUUUGAAGAACCCCUUCCUCUUCUUUUUUGUCAAGGUAACCCUGACAGAGCUUGGCAGAGUGCUUAGGGUCAUUGUCUUGCUGCAAAACAAACUUAUGAGCCACAAGUCUGAGUCCAGAUGGAACAGCAUGGUACUGGAGGAUGGAGUGGUACUGUUCCUGCUUCAUUACCCUUUACUUCAAACAAAUCUCCUACUCCAUCACCUGCAAAACAUCCCCAUACCAUGGAACUACCACCUCCAUGCUGAAUUGUGGGUGUAACACAUGGUGCUUUCAGACGUUCACCAGUUUGUCUGCGGACAUAGACUCUGCGUUAGUCAUCAUAAGUCCAAUUUUUGUGAGCUUUUGCCCACUCAUGUCUCUUUUUCUUAUUCUGUGGAUGAAGUAGUGUUUUUUUUUGCAGAUACACAACCCUUCAGACCGGCCUUUCUCAAACGUCAUUUCACGGUUGUCAGAGAUAUGGGUUUCGACCUUGUCAUGUUGAUUUCCUCCCUGAUUUGUGGAGCUGUCUUUCGCCGAUCUCUCUUACUGGUGACAAUGCUAUGUGUAUCCUCUGCUUUUGUAGUAACUCUCUUUCGUCCAGGUCUUUUUCUAUCAUCAUGACUUCCAGGUUCCUCUAGUCUCUUCAGAGUGUAGUGGACUCCUUUGUUAAACACCUUAAGGCGUUUUGCAAUUUCUCUUUCUGUGUAUCCUUCUUUCCUCAAUGUACAAAUCUGUACUUUUGUUUCUUUACUCAGUUGUUUCUUUCUAGUUAUUUUUGCGGUAGUUUAAACGCUGUUGAGAUGUAUUAGGAUUUUUGUAUGCAUGCAUAUAUAUAUAUAUAUAUAUAUACAUAUAUAUAUAUCAGUAUAUCAGUGUAAAUUUAUAAUUAUCAUUGAAGAGUCACUUUUUUUAUUAUUAAUUUGUUAAUACUUUAUUGUGUCAAUUAGUAGUGUUAGUUACACAGUCAUACAUCUUAUUAUAGUCCAUUUCAAGACUAAAUGCUCAGCAGAUUAACAGAAUUUUAAAUCUAAACCUGUUUUAUUAAUACAAUAAACAUUACAUUAUAUAUGUCCAUGCUUCAUACAUUUUCUUGCACUUGAGGUAAUUAAUAGAGAAGAAACAAAAAAAUAUUUCAAAUAUUACGUAACUUGGUUACAUUUUCCUCCUUUGAUUUUAACAGGGCCCAUCUUUUUUUAAACAACCAUUUUUUUCAUUUUCAUUUGUAAGUUAAUUUUUUCUAUGCUGUAUGUAUUCUAGCCACUUUCUCCAUGUCUAGGUUCUGUUUUCUUUUAGUUCCUGUUAAUGCCCUUUAAUGCUGUUGUUCUCAGAAUCCCCCCCAAAAAUAAUUUAUUUCUGAGAGCUUUGGGACUUUAACCCAGCAUACACUGAACUACAUACAUUGAAAUCCCCAGGAAUUUGUAUUUUGCACACUUAAUACAAAAAAGACUCUUAUCCUCAGAGUGAAAUCCCAGGAGGAUAUUUGAGUCGAAUGACAGAUGUCAACAAAUUACAGGGUGCAUUUUUGGAUGAACCCUACUAAAGCGUUCUGUUCAGUCUUCUCCAUGGUAAGUUGGUAUAUUGCAGACAUGCUGAUGAUUAAAAUUAUCAAAGGAUGUUCUGCAUGCCACAGGCUAUAGCUGUUUAGUUGGAGGGUUUCUUAUAGCAAUUGGCAAAAACUUCAAAUCCUGUCAGGGCCCAUGGACUAUAUUUGAUCCUGUACAAAAUUCACAGGUAAGUUAAGUGUCAGGGGCUGGUUACACAGGUGUGUAAACACAUGGCUAUUACCCUAGUGCCCCCUCUUGUCAACAGGAAAUGAAUUGUUUCCUCCUUAGUUGUAGCUCUCUUCCUCUGGUGUACAUAUGCUCUCUCAGUGUGGUCAGGAAGAGUCUUAACGUCUUCACGAAGCAUUAUUGAUCAGACUGUGAGUUUUUUGUUAAAAGGGUGCUUGAUUAGAUUUUGUUAGAUUUUGAUGUCCUGCCAUGUAACAGGACGUUAUUGCUACUUCUUCAUGCAAAGUCAUGUUUGCUCUGAAUUUUAUGUUCAUGACCAAGGUCCACCUCUCAACAAUAAGCUGUUUCUAACUACAGUCAUAAUACUACCCUGUAAAAACAUGUGAAAUGUGGACCAUGCUUAGACUGCCAAGGCCACUUUGGGGCUGAUUGAGGAGUACACAAGCAGUAGAAGACCAGUCCUUACUCAUACUAUCUAGCUAGGUAUGUUAGUUAGGCUAAGCAUGCUUUCAGUCAGAAAAACAUAUUUACAUGUUUGCUAAAAGUCCAGGUUUAGGCCAUGUCCACAUGAAGACAAUUUCAUGUGUAUCCACAAUUUUUUUAUAUCUUGUGGAUGUUUCGUCCACAGGAAACAGCGUUGCCGGAGCCUGAAUAUACAAUUUUGUUUUUCGGUUCUAUUUUUACAACCUGUAUGCAUCUUUUCUGAACCCAUAACACCAUACCGUACACUGUAUAUAGAAUGGACGCCGUCUGCCUCCCUGCUGGGUAAAGCCACUGCGAAAACAUCACCCUCUGGUGACAGGCUGCAGUAUAGGUCAUAAAUCCCGCCUCCUCCACCACUUUGGACUUGUGCUCAAGUCCUCUUUUUUCUGUACAGCUCCGUUUUUAAAAGUUAUUAGGGGGUCCAUGUUUUCUGUGAUCGACACUUGAUACAGAGCGUAACACAGGGGGGUUGAGCAGAGAAGUCCUACUUUUUUGCUGGUCACCUUUGUUCUUGCCGUAUACUGAAUGACUGCCUUUCCCAUGUAAGUGCUUCUUUUUUUCUUUAAAAGCAGUACAUCUUACCAUAGAGCAGUAGUCUAUCCAUUGACGCUUCUACAGCCAAUGCGUCGGGCAAGGUAUUGUUUUCCCUACUUAGCCUCUCAGCGACUAAGUUGUUCAGGAUAGUGGCCUACAAGUACCUCCGCUGAAGAUGUAAGGCAUCACCUUGCAGAGCUGAGAGAAAUAUUCAUUGCAAUUGUUGUAGUAUUUUCCUGCAGUGCUCUGUUUAACUGUUAUAUUUUUAGUCUGACCCUAAUAAAACAUUCAAUUAUUCUGUUAUUAUACAAAAUUAUCCUUAAUACAUAGAGCUUGAAAGAAAGUCAACCAUAAAAAAAUGACUUAUUAUUUUGCUAAGUGCAAUGUAACGUUACAUUGCUAAUGAUUUAUUAGUGGGCGUGUAGUUAGAGAAAGAUGUUUCAUGUGAUCAAAUGACCCAUGCUGGUACUUUUGCCUCAUAAUGCCUGAAAUGUGUUGAAAUGGAGAUUUUUCCUCACAAUGGGUUCAUUUGGGUGUUUCUGUGUUAUUAACUUUAAUUUCGUUGAACGUGUGUGGCCUCUGAAGGUUUUUACUCAGCAUCGUUGUGGAUAUUGUGAUAACUUGUUUUAGGGUCUGCCAAGUCAAAAACACAAAGCUGGCAGCUCAAUGAACUUUCAACACACCCGAAAUCCAACCUGCUUCUCCCUCACGUCCUUUGAUUUCUCUGCUUUCUCACUGGAAGUCUCAUUGAAACGAGUAAAUAAACAGUGCCUGAAAUGUAAACCAACAGCGGUCCUUAUCAAAGACAGCGGGUUCUUGAGUAUGCUAAUGUGUCGGUCAAACAUCAAUAAACUCUGUCUGAAGUCAGCCCAUAUUUAGGACAGGCCUUUAUCCUUUUUGCUGUAUUCUUUAUUAUCACUCUUUAAUAUCUCUGUCUUGUGAGCACAAGUGAAGCAUGCAGCUACACCCAAGUGUGUGUGUGUUUGUGUGCAUGUACGUGCAUGUACCCCCUGUCACUUUGCCCAUCCCGUGCUUUGAAGCAAGAGUAAAAAAAAAAAAUUACAACAGGAAUUUUUGUAUGAAUAUGAUGAUGAACUUCACUGCUGCUCCACUUGGAUUUAGUUUGAGAACAUUUUAAAGACUGUUUUUUUGGGGGGAGAAAUGAAUUGCACAGGGAGCAACAGUUUUCUUGCCUUGUCUUUAUGUAGUGAAUUUGAAUUUUCUUAAAAUUUAUUGCAACUUCUCUCAAAGGAGUCAACCAAAAUUUAUUGCUCAAUAAAUUAAGAUUUACUGAAAGAAAAGGAAAGAAAACAAAACAAAAGAAAUAUUAUUUGUUUUCUAAUAUUUCUGUGCAUGCCGUAUGAGAGGCUUGCGACUGCAACUUAAUACUCAAGGUCGUUACUCACUGGUGAAUUAGCGUAGCGACGCGAAAAAGCCUUUUCCCAUACACACCUGGUGUGACGCAAAUAUAUUUGCAUAUCCACAUAAAAUAACGCCACAGGAGAACAGAGGAGAAGAGAGAAGAGGGAGAAACAAUGGCGACUACAUCCUCAAGUGAUGGUGACCUGGUCAUGGUUGUAACUCUAUUAAAUAACAAAAGAAAAAGAGGAAUCCAAGUGUCUGGGUACAUCCAAUACUGACCUUGUGACAAGAGAUGGGGGAGCUCCACACAACGAUCCAGAAGCUCAAAUUGUGUCCCGAAAAAUUCUAACAAUACUUCAGAAUGUCCUAUUGACAAUUUCAAGAACAGCUCCAUCAGCUGACUGCACAUUUGUAGAAGGAGAGGACAAAUUACAGAGAACUAAAUUACAGAGAGAAACGGCUUGCCACAUGUCUGAGGUAAGAUUUAUAUUAGGCUAGUUCGCUUGUGAAUGUUCACAAAAUUUGCGACAGGGGCGAAAAAAUUUCCUGUCAGUUUUUUGCUCUACAUAAGCUCGAAUCUGGUGUGGAAGCUUGUACUGACUUUAUGAGGUUUUAAAAAAGCGAAUUAUUCACUUCACAGAUCCGCUUCGCGAAUUUGCCAGUGUGUUACGACCUUAACCCUCAGGCCCAAAUAGAAUGAAUUUGAUGAACCAAACCAUGUAAGUUAGUAAACAAGCACUAUUUUUUGCUGAACAUUUUCUUCAAAGUACUGUUAUUUGUUUUCUUUUUUUCCUAAUGGUCUAUUAAAUUCAGGAGGGAACUUUCACUCCUACAGCAAACAGGUCAAAGCAGGUGUAGGAACCAGAGGAGACAUAAAGCUGUCUGUCUAUCACUCAGUAUUUGACUCACUACUGUCACUGUCUCCCUGUUCUUCAAACAAAGGGGUCUUCCCUUGACUCAGAACUACUUCCAAAGGGCAGACGUACUCCCACUCCAUUUCUCACUUCUUUUUCUUCCCUCUUUAUCUACCUCUUUCCUCUCGGCCUUUCUCUGUUUCUCAGGGACCACACAUAGCAUCAGUGACCUUGGCGGCCUAUGAAUGUGGCUCUGUGGAUUUCCCCGAGCCACCCUAUCCGGACCAAAUAGUCUGUCCCCAGCAGGAAGCACCCGCGCCAGGCUCUGAUGCUGGGAGUGUGGGCGUGGAGGCAGCGGGGGCGGACGGGGUUGUGGGGUCAGCAGCUGUCCAGGGAAGCAUCUCCCUCUGGACCAUCAUCUCAAAAGUCCGACUGGAGGCUUGCAUGUGGGUGAGUGCUUCUGAAACACUGUGUAAAAAACACUGUGGGCUUUGAAUACCUGUUAUUUUCAGGUGAAGGAGACAAGAAGACAAGAUAAUAGAUCUGUUAUGUAAUGUAUUAAAUACUGACAAAUGUAUCCAGUGGGUACUAAAAGACGUCAGCAGGGGUGAAACAGACAUGUUAGUCAUCACCAGUAAAGGGGCAGGGUCAAACCAUGAACUCCCAAGAGCCAAGCAUCUGCCUAAUGGGUCUACAGAGCUCAUUGGAAACUAUUUUUUGGUGAUUGAAAAAAGAUUUUGCACAACUGUGCAGUCUGCCCCAACUGUGACAGUUUCACAAAUUAAAGGUUAUUUCAAAGAAUGUUAAAAAAUGUUCAUUUUCAGAAGCAUAUUUAUUUUGAUGUCAUGUAAAUUACAAUAUAAAGUGAGAACCCGUAUUCACUUAUUGAUAUGGCAAAAAAAGGUUUGCUUAUUGUCAAUGUAUACCUUUUUUGCACAUAAUGCAUCUACUCUCUGCACUUCAAAAAUGAUGGGACGAUAUAUCAAUGUGCCAAUAUUAUUAUUGUAGUUCUUACUGCAACAAGAACUACAAUAAUACAGUGUUUUUGUGAAUUAUUUGACCAACACAAGAUUAUUUGCAUGACUUCGUGGUUCCUGCACCCUGACUAGAGAGUCACUGUCACACACGGCUACAAAGAGUUUGCUCAUAUACAUUUUUUCACUUCUUCCCUUAAGGCUUAAACUUGCAUUCAAAGUGGGUGUAAAUGUAUUCAUUAAUAACUCAUUUGCUUGGAAAACCCCAGUCUACCCAAAAUUUCCCUCAUGCAGUGGUGGUGGUUUCACACCUCUAACCAGCUUUGUGGCUGCUGAGAAAGAUGAACAGUUUGCAGCCUGCAGGAGCUCAGGUGGUUUACCAAUGACUAAAAUGUGUCAUGGGUUACUAUAAAACCACUGACAAGGGCUCAUGCUACCGUCAAACACACAUAGAGGACACAUAUGAAUACUAGAUAUUAUGUGUCACAUUGAUGUCAAUCUCCACCAGAGACUUCUUUGUAACUGCAGCAUCUUUUCUAUCAGUUUCCUCCUCUGACGUCAGAAAGGCAGAACUGUCAAGCAUCCAGAAAAGAGAACUUGGUCACUGUCACUUGAUCUGAGUUUUAACACUCUUUGUUAUCUGUUUCCCUGUUCUGCAAAUUGUGGAACAUUAUGAGGUGAGGGGAAAACACAUAUCCUCAGCUACUGGGAACUUAACAGAAAGUGGAAAGGUUGACUAUAAAAGCUGAGACUGGCCUCAAGGUGCCCCGGUUCUUUGUACCAUGAUAGUUUUAAAUACAAGUACACUUACCACUGCAAAACUCCUAUAGAAGGAGACAAAUUCAUGUAUAAAACACAUAUGUUGAUUUAUCAGAAAGAUUCCUUCAAAAACAUACUAUAUUGACUUGAAUAUAAGAAAGGAUUUUUUCCUCAUGGUACUUAUGUAAAAAAUAAAGUGGGAUCAUCUUAAAUUCUGGGUUUGAUAACUGAUAAAGUCAACUCUGUGGUGUGCAGCAUGUUAUGUUUACCAUCUUACUGUAUUGUACAAUGAAGGGAAAUAUUCUCAAAUCAACGGUAGCUUUCUGUUUCUGAAGGUUGAGUUUCAAAAAGUCUUUUCCUUCAAAUUCUUCUUCAUUAGAUGAAAAUCGUGUUUUUCUUGUCUACAUGUUCAUAUGGCAUUUUUCUGAUGCUACAGGACAAAUUAUGAGAAAAAUAAGUGCGACAUUGCAUUUCUAGGUGUUUCUGUCUUUAAAUCGUAAAUCUCUGGCAGACCCAAACGACACGCUCAGACACAGUGAGAUUUACUAUGUAGCAAAUCCAAGCUCCGCCCUUGAUGCCCUGCUAUGCAGGACACAAAAGUAGAGAGGACAAUCGCAGACCAAGCGUGCACGUGUUAGCGGAUUGCAAUGCUUGUAAGAAAGCCAAUUAUGAUAUUAACUUUCAUCCUGUCCCCAAAGAUGUAAGUGCCCGAUAGCUGAAUAGCUCCUAUGUUACCUGCUACUUGUACUACACCGGCAAUGUUAGGCUACAAGCUAGCGUGAAGAGGAGUGGGACUCCACCCAUAACUCAGAGGCCAAAUGCUAAUGAUCUACUGGAGCUCUGCAGAAGAAAAGCCCUUUAAAAUGACACAGGUAAAGUGAUUUUAGCGUAAAACUUUAUAAUCACACUUAAAAGACCACUGAGAAAACUUUAAGUAAACAAAAAAUUAUCGGAGUUGGACUGUAAAAGAUAUGCAUGGGGGUGUUUGUGUAGGUGCGUGGGGGGUCUUUUAAUUAAGGUCAAACCAUUGUCUUUUUUAACAAACCAAAGAAUUUGCACUCCAUUUACUGACUAGUCGGUGUUCAUGCAUUAACCGUGAAGCAGAUCAUAUAUCUAGGUGUUUUUUCUUUUUUUAAACGUCCCUCCCUCCCCUGCUAUGAUUGAAAAUAACACCACCUCUUUGCGAUUAAAUGGCACAUCUCAUCUCAAAAACAACUCCUAAACAGCUCAGUUUAAGGUUUGAGUAAAAAUAUCUAGCCUGGUCGGGCCAGAAUCACUUGAUGGUGAAGUGAUCAAGUGAUUCACGCAACAGGAUGGCCCGGCCAGGCUAAAAAAUAUUCCCAAAGUACUGUUUGAGCUACCACCUACGAGCUAAGCAUGCAGAAACAGCUGAUCAGACAUUGUUCUUCUUGCCCACUUUCUUCUGCUUUUAGUUCAACUCCAGAGGAACAUAUGCGCGUAUACAUAUUGUUGUGACUGGCCAGGGGAAGCCAGAACACGAUGUACAAGUGACCCUCUCCUUCUUCACUCCAGAGGACAACCAAGCAGACAAGUAUCUGCAGUCUGAAAUCUUCAAUUAAUUCCUUUAACUUAUUCCUUUAACUUCACGCAAACAUUGAGGGGGAUAAAAUACUAACAUAAAAAGACAGCAUAUCUCUUUAACAACCAACUAUCUAACUUUAGUAAUACAAAGACAAGAAAUGACAAAAUUCUUAUCUGAUUUCCUAACUGAAUAAUAAAAAAAAAGAAAAUGGUUGUACAAAUUACAAGGCUACCCUCCCCACCACUGCUGGGACCAAUUUUAGUUUUCCACAAAUUCAAACUAUUUGCAAAGUUUAAGGGCUAAAAAACUGGCUGCCAUCACUUGGUCUCCAACACCCUCCAUUGGAAAUUAAAGAGGAAGGCGGGACCAAGAAUUUCUCUCUGUUCCACCACACAAAACAACACCUCAUUUGGCCAGGAAGGACCAGAUCAAUUCCACAUCUAUCAUAAUCACAAACGUAACCACAGUUGUAUGUUUAUAAUGAGGCUAUAACAGAACAAAAGUUGUGCCUUUAGGAAACACUUUUCAUACAAUAUCGAAACAAAAAAACUUUCUUUAAACAGACAGAAACCAUGAGCAGAACAUAAAGUAGGUGGACGGCCCUCUGCCUCAAGUCUGGAGACAAAGACAAGUAGUCCUAAUAGUUCUGUGUAUUGUAUAUUUUAGUUUCCUAAUUAUUUUUCAACAAUUAGAAAAUCAAAACAUCAAUGCCAAGAUUUGAAUUCAUUUCAUUUCAAGUCAAGUCAGUUCAGUUGAGAGAGAGAAAGAGAAUUAGACUGACAGAUGGGCAGACAAACAGACAGAUGGACAGUGAAGCACAACAUCAGCAUUAGCAAUAACAAGUGUGAGGAUUAGAAUUUACCCAUAACAUCAAUCCAACUGUAACACGACUUAAACAAAACAAUACUCGAAGUAUUAACAAUAUACACACAAUGCUUUUUGAUACAGUUGUGAUACAGUAUUAAUUUCAACUAAUACAAUAUAAACAGCAGUAAGUGUCAGUACUUCAAAAGAACCAGCUUGAUUCUUGAAAAAAAAAAAAGUGAGAGAGUUGGUGUCAUGCAGUAAGAUAAACAUAAAUAAAUAAAUAUACCAUAUACUGUAUAUAUUAAAUGUAUCUUGUCCCACAGAAGCUGAAACCCAUAACAGCAUAACUAGAGGUGGAUCCUAGGCAGACAUGGAUACUGUUGUAGCUGGCUUUAUGAUACUGAGAUCCUUAUGAUAGCCUGAUGUUGUUAUUUAGAACCCACCCUAUCUUGGUAUAUCUACAUCCUCCUGUUGGAGUGUCUGAUUGAAAAAGUCAGCCUGUUUGAUUUAUUGGCGAUGCAUUAUAGCUUUUCUGGCUUCAAACUGGAGUCAAAUUUUCUCUGAGCUGCCGCCAAGCAACAGAUCCCCUGGUGUGAUAUAGUAGUCCAUGUUUGUGGGUGUGUGCGCCACCCAAUCUCCUUGGAUUCACCACCACCCAGUCACUGCCACACCCCCCUGUAACCCCAGCCUGGCAUGACCUCGGCCCUGGCUUGUCAGCUUUACAGUUGGAGACACCUGUUGUGCCCACAGUUACAAAGCACCCACGCCAAGUUCUCCCCUCCUCUCGCUAGAACUCCUCUCAUCUGGAUUUACUGACGAUGAGACAUGAGACACUCCCUCCCCUCUACCAAUACCUCGCCUCGUCUCGUCCUCCUUUCUCUUUUCUCCUUUCUUUUUUUUUAACCUCUUGAGGCCUCUCUGUCCUCCACUGCAGCGCCCUUAAGUGCUGCACUUCAAACACCACCACUGUGCAGGUGGACGUAUUUCACUGCCCCCUUGACAAACACACACUAACACGUACUCACACACACACACAGGCAGAGGCACAUGCACACUUACAAACAGAGGCAGAGCUGCUGAAUGGAGCAGCUGCCAGGGAGAUUAGGGCACGUCUCUAUUAUGAGAGAAAACUGGCAGAUUUCAUCAAAGGCUGCAGUGUUAACAAGAGAACAGGGUGUCCAGAUUAAAGAUGCAGUCUGCCAGCUUUUUUGGAGUAGCACCACCUCUCGACUAUGAUUGUUUGGGCUUGUUGUCGCUGCCAUGGUUCCUAACUACCCACUAAUCAUCUUCUGGCUCUGCAAUGUAGCUCCAUACGAGUAAUGUGGUGGUGAUUAGUUAGUUAUGUUGUUCUUGUAGACCGAUUGAAGCUCAGAUUGAGACUGAAUGUGUGUGUGCGCCAACUAAGCAGUCAAAUUUCGCUCCUUUUCCCCCCUGCUGUUCAUCCUAAGAUGUCAGGGAUGUGUUUGGGCUUGAAAUCGUCUGUAAUUGUAACUUGUGCUGACUGUAUCCUCAGCAUCUUCUCUCAUCCUGCCUUGCAGCCGUCUUUCCCCUCCUGUGCCUGGAAACAUUAAAGUAAUGAGCUGUGAGUUACUCCAAAAACACUGCAUUUCUUGGCGGCUGUUUUCAUUGUGUUAAUUAAGACUGUAACCUUCAUGCCCUCACUCCAUACUCCCCACCUCGUCCUCACGUUUUGGCGGUAUGAACUUGGUGAACCGACCGAGAGCCGAGGAUUUAUUUCCCUCAAAUCACUUCCGCUUUCUUCCUGUUAAGCCCCAGAGCUUUAUGGCUACAAGCUCUCUUGGCUGUCAGAUAUCAAUAUCAUGGUUUCCUGCAGACCCCCACCCCCUACCCCCGAGAUUGUUAGCACUUCUUAAAUUUUCCAGAAACUCUGCAUUCCACAAGUCCACAGUACGGUGCAACAAGGCAGUCGGUGGUGCAGUGUGUUGAUAUGCUGUUUAGAGGUGGCAUCUGGUUUUUCACCUCACCAGGACCUGUGUUUUUAUGUGCUCAUGAUCGUUUAAUAAUCUGCGGGAUUUUGGUUCUCAUAAAUCCUUUCCGUUUUAUUUCUGUUAAGUGCUCUGAUCGCACAAUCCCAGACGUCAAGCUGUGCAAGCUUCUUUGGGUAGUGGAUACUGAUAUUUUUGCUACGUUAACCCUCCAGGAACCACAGUAACAUGCUUAUUGUUAUAAUUAGCCUGUUAGAAAGACAAAAGGAGUGGUUUUACAAUGAAACUGCAGAAGACAUAAUCAAAGAAACAUGGUAUAAAGUUGUAAAAUCAGCUACAGCAUAUAAAUACAAGCAAAAAAAAAAAAAGAGAAAAGAAUAAUGUCAGCUAAGUAAUUCAACUUUUUAUCAAUUACCAUACUUAAUGCAUUCAUUGUUAUUUACACCAGAACCCUUUAAACAUUCAGAGAAACCAAAUAAAAUCCUCUCUGAUACAAACUUCUUGUCUUUUUUGCGGCUUGUGUGAAGUAGAGUUAAGGCAGGUAAGAGACAAGGGUUUUAAAACUUGUGUUACUGUACUGGGAGACUGAUAAUUUCGUAGAUGUUGAUCCUUCUUAAAGUUUUUAUUUUUACAACUAAAAAGCAUGACCCUAAGAAGAAAAAAAUAGAAAGACACUAGAUCAAAAAAAAAAUACGGGGGUGGGGUGGGGGUGGGGGGCGAUACGAUACUGAUAUCGGAUAUUGAUCUGAUAUAAGCAAAAAUUCGAAUAUCACAUUAUAUCAGCCUGCAUCUAAAAUCUCAGAUAUCAGCACUCUGAUACAAGCAGUCCAUUCCAGACUCCACUCCAGCACCUCUAUCGAGCAGCACCCAUAUCCACCAUGUAGAGUCCACAUGAUCACAACAACAGUGUGUACAAAGGUACUAACAAAGUACCAAGGAGAAGGAGUGAUGUCAUGCACAAGUUUGUGCUAAUUUGGGAUCAAUAUCGGUAUCGGCCAAUAUUGAAGACUACAAUAUUGGUAUCGUAUCGAAGGUAAAAAAGUUGUAUCGGGACACCCCUAGUUUUACUCUUGUACUUAUAAACAGACUUGAGCAAGCUGCCGAAAAUUAGCAGUCAGUUACAGAACUUGUUACUGUUACAGAAAGUAACUAAAUGACUAAAUUCUGAAGCGUAUUAUUUACCUGUAAAAGUCAUUGGUGUAUCCCAUCUUUUGCUUCACUACUUUUGUAAUGUAAUGGACUCUGCUUCUCUAACAGCAGCAGACUCAUCAGGUGAUAAAUGGAGCAUGCCUUACAACAGUGUGCAAAAUACACAGUAGCGCUCAGGGGGUUCCCUCCAUCGAGUGUUCUAGUGAGAUACUUCAGGUUUACCUAGAUUCACUUGGCAAUUUACAAGUCUGUAUGGUCUCCAUCUUUCUGAGCAAAGACCUCAUCCUCAACCUGACCUGAAUUUGGGGCGUGGCUGGGCAGAAGUAGAGCCAUCAACUCAUCUGAAGAUGAGCCAAUAGCAGCCGCUCUGGGUUUUGCUCGGCUGUCUCCACCCUACAUUUUUCAGCCUUUGUGACAUGAACUUUGGUUUCCCUUUAACACAUUUUUCUGCACUGAGUCCACUGUGUCUAUACAGCCGAAAAAUAAGAGUUCUCUGCUUCCACGCUGUACGGCGGGGUUACUUAAGGUCGUGACACUCUUUUUCUCCCAGGAAGCUUCUGUGCUGACGAAGGCGGAUCCUCUCUGCUGAGUCGGAUGUUUAAUCUGAUGUGGUGGUCGCUAUUUGACCAAGACUCACAUGCAAUAAGUCCUUCAAGAUUUUUGUAAUGAUAACAGGUUAUGAAAUCUAAAAAGUAACCAGAUACACUUUGAGUAGUAGUCUCCAACAGCUUUGGAUUCAUUCACAAAAUGUUUUGGUUUAACAGCUUUUCUGUUUUAUGUUAAAGAUGUUUGGUUGUCAGACUGUUUGGAUGUAAAUUAAAAAAGUGAAAGUUUGGGGUGCUUCUGACAGCAGUGAAAUGCUGUAACAGACUGUGUUUGUCUAUCUCUGUGUGUGUGUGUGUGUGUGUGUGUGUGUGUGUGUGUGUGUGUGUGUGUGUGUGUGUGUGUGUGUGUGUGUGUGUGUGUGUGUGUGUGUGUGUGUGUGUGUGUGUGUGUAUGAGCAGGGCGCAGGUACAGCCAUAGGUGAACUUCCUCCAUACUUCAUGGCUCGGGCUGCGCGGCUGUCCGGUGUUGAUCCAGAUGACGAGGACUACCAGAGGUUUGAGGAGAUGCUGGAUGAUGAGACCCAAUCUGCUCAGGUGACUCCCCACAGCUCCUCUUCAUCAUCUGCGUCACACUUUUUUACUUGUUUUCUCCCUCCCCGAUCCCUCUCAUCCCUAUAACACUUAUCUAGAUAAAGUUAAACUUUGGCCUGCUCGUUUUCACUCUCACCUCUUUGCUCUGUUCUACCUUCAUGUUCACUCUGUUUCCAUUUUAUUAUUUUCAUUUGGAUUUCUUUGUUUUUGUCCAAGAGUUUUUCUUUUUUCUCAGUUGUAGUAUUUUUCCAUACCAGUCCAUCAUAAACUCCCUGCAGUGAACUCUGUUAUGCGGCAUUUAUUGUGUUGUUCCCUGUGUGCGUGUGUGUCUGCGUGUGUGUGUGUGACUAGGCCCCACCCCUGUGUCUCAACGGUACAACAGGAAUCAAGAGCUUUCACAAUGAUAUGACUAAUGUAACAGCAAUGAUGCACUGGAGUAAAAUGUUCCCGCCAUUUCCGGCCCUUCUUCGUUUGAACCUUUCCCGUUAAAAAAACAUUUUUAUAUCAAAUCUCCCCGUGAAUUUUUCAACAAUGCCAAACUGCUCCCUGUAAAUAUUUAUUUUUCCAGCCUCUGCUGAUUAUGAAUGGAGGAGGAGGAGGAGGAGGAAUGAGGGGAAACUUGUGUGUGGUUUUGUAACGGCUUUCGUCAGACCCGUUUGUCCUGACACAGUCUUUAUCCUCAGGAAUGUUUCUUUCCCUCCAACAUUUGGGUCAAACAGUCAGACAGGUCAAGUGCAGUAAAACGGCUGAAUCCAUAAAUGGUUUUCAGCUUUACUACAGACACACACUCACUCUUUCACUAUCAAACAAACCGUAGCAGAGAGGAGCAAACGAUAAACAGAUUGAUCAUUUUUAAAUGAGGAUUACAGAGAUAUCAGCACAGUGAUGUUCCCAUCAUACAGACAAGCCUCACUUUUGUAAUGCUAAGAUUUGAAAGCAGAAAGAUGCUAUAAGAGAGGGAUAUGUAACAACAUUCAAAAACAUCAACAGCAUUAACAAGACAGCCUGUUUAGAGUUAAUAGUUACAGUGCCGAUAACCGUAACUGCAAAUUCAAUCAUAAUAGCCUGAUCUCAAGAUUUAAAAUAGUUAGAGACAGCAGGUUUAAAAGUAGCAUUUAUAAUAGAAUUGAUAAUGGGGGAGGUAAUUAAACUGUCAGUUAAAACAGUUGGAGUCAAACUAUUCUUCAACAAACAUGUGGAUUAUUACAGUGAUAAUAAUGGUGUAGCUGAUUUUAUUAGUUGUAGCAGCUGGAAUCAGGCAGGUCCACCGCAGCAGGAUGUCUGCAGAUCAACACAGGUGACAAGGAAUCUCAGGGAAUCCCAGGAAAAUCUGUGGUUAGUGACUGAGAGAUCUAAAGUUGGAGAAGAAAAGAAAGCUGUUCCAAGCCUUUAUGAGCCUAAUCAAAAAAGGAAAGUUUUAAGAUCACUGUAAAGGCACAGAGGGACCUGAUAACCUAACGCUUUACCUCCCAGACCACAUUUUACCUUAUACUGUUUAUUUUUAUGAAGGCAUGCUAAGUAUUUAUUCUGUUAUUGAGUUAGUUUACUCAUAAAUUGUUCUUUCAUCUCCACUGAUUUUAGUUAGUUUUUACUAAUUGCUUCGAUUUGCUUAAUUUACCUUCUUUCAGUUCUGUUAUCCCCUCUCAUAAACAGCACCAACAACUAUCUCUGUUCUUACACAAAGCAGCAUGUCUCCAGCUUCUGCUGUUUCUUUUUUAUUAAUCUCUAGAUGAUAUUCAUCAGUCGCUGUCAGUAGUAGAACAAGAAGGUUCAUAUUUGGGGUCCAGGUAUGUUUCACUUCAGUCUCUGCAUUUGCUGGAGAGACCUACUGAAGGAGCUCUCUCUCACUUUCUCUCACUUUCCGUCUGAUCACCUGUAGAGCAUGUAAGUAACAAGACCAUUUAGUUCAUAAAUUGGGAUUCAUACAAAUAAAUUAAUAAAAAGGGGGAAAAUUGUGAGCACAAAUUUGACCUUUAAUUUAUCUUUCACAAGUUAAUUGAAACAUCAGAUGUUUAAAUUUAAUACAAAAAUUGUCACACAGGUCAAGUGUCCCCUGCAGGACAACAGCUCAUAUCAGGUGGGGUGACAGAAAUGAACAGAACAUUUUAUUACCUCAUUUACUUCUAUAGGAUUUUGAUUUUAAAAUGAUUUUUUUGAUUAAAUGCACUGCCAGGAGAUUCUGGGGACCCCCCUCAGAAAUUUUGCUCACCAAAUAUUUAUUUUCUCACAUUCUUCUUAUUUUCAGGUGAAAGUUUGUGUUUUUUCUGCAACCUUUUAUUGUCAUAAUGAAAUCUUAUGUCCUCAUUAGUGUUUCUUCAAAAUCUCUCCUGGUGGACGUCUAUCACUUUUUACGACUAUAAUAUAUGCGUUCUUUUAAUUACAUAAAUAAUCAGUAUCUUCUCAUCAGCACUGCGGACUGUUGAGCGAGGCUGCGUGGGGUUCGUAUGGACAACACUAGAUUUCCUUUAUUUUGUUUGGAUGCAUAUGGCACACACAUUUAAGUGUAAAGGUCAGGACAAAGUUUUAAUGACAGAGUGUGCACAUCACCUCGUUUGCCCCAGCACUUGUGUAAAGUUCAUGAGAAGAGAGAGAGAGACAGAGAGGGCUGCACACUGAGAUCACACAGAAAUAAUUAUAACCUGAAAUUGAAUACACUAUUGAUUCCUCUGUAACAACAGAAAAACCACGUAAAGGGAGCCUGGGCCUUGUUGUUAUGAAUAAUGUAACAAGAAAGAGUACAGUUUACAUGGUCCGAAUUAACCUAUAUAUCAUAUAUCCUAUAAUAUAAAACACGUGCAUUUGAGGAUUCCUAUUUAGCAUGAGAUGUCACAAUAUAAUCUGCCUUUAGGGCAAAACAUCUCAAUUAGUGUCUUUUUCUCAUUAUCUACGUAUAUGAUCAGGAAAGAUGCUACCUGUGCAUACAUGAGGAGUGCAGAGCCACACUGAUGGCUCACUAGUAUGCAGGUCUUGUAUUCUAAUAGUACAUAUGAGUAGAUAUGUGAAAAUGAUAUAGUCCUUGACAGUUGUAAAAAUAUCUGGGUGGCCUGCUGGGUUAUCUCCUUUUGUGGGUGACAUUAUAAUGCUACUUUACUAGCCUCAGUAUGUUUCUUCCCAUUUAUCCCACAGCUGCCUAUAGAGGAAGUCCAGGACAAAUUCAGUUAAAGAGAGUACGCCACGUGUGAUCAACCACAUUUGCUUAUAUCAACACAAAUCCUUGGUUCAAUAUUGGUAUGUCGUACUUCUGACCGCAGCUCUUAUGAAGUCAAGGCAGGUACUUCCCCUUUGGAUCGCCUUCAAAGUUUUUAUACCUUAAAGCAGCAGCAGGUAAUCUGUUGUCGGGCAGCCUGUGUUUCAUUGGUUUUUCCUUUAACAACAUGAUGGUUAUUCCUCUAUUUGAUUUUAAAAAGUAUAGAUAAAGAUCUUUAGGUCACAUUUAGACACAAAGCAGUGCUGUAAAUGUGCUAAUGUUCUUCUUAAAAAAAUGCAUCAAACACUUUUGUUUUCACUUUAAGCACCACGAAACAAACCAAAGAGAGGUCUAAAGACACUAAUAUUGAAACAGAUACAAGGAAGUAAAAAAAAAAUGGUACAAUGGAAGAAUAGGUGCCGCUGCUGAGCUGCUGCACCUUCUGUAAAGUCCACUCACAGUGAUGCUGUGGACAGCUGGAUAGGUUGGCACUAACAUCAGACCACAUGUGUGUGAGUGGAGCUCUGACAUCACUCACUGAUAAAGUGCUGCUUCCCACCCAAACGGUGAGAAAAGCACAGAGACAGUGGACGAGACAAACAGGCGACGUGGAGAAGAGGAGAUUUUGUCUAACUCAUCGACACCGCGUUGAAGAGCUUCUGCGUGGCUUUUCGCAAACAAACUAAAAGUGCGUCGCAAGAGGAGCAUCGCCUGUUUGCCUCGCAUCCACCAUACGAAGGCAGACGAGAAGUGACGCUGCAGCUGUUGCGCUCUUUCUCUCUCUCUUUCAUAUUGUUUCUUUCUCUGUCCCUCUCUUUCUCUGCUCUUAUUCUUUCUCACGCACUGUUCAACUCCCGCUGUGCAUUGCUCCCUCUCCCCUCUCUCUCUCUCUCUCUUUCUCUCUCUCCCUCUCUCUCUCUCUCUCUGAUGAUAUGUGGCAGCUGUGUGUAUGUAUAUAAUGUGUUCGUGUCAUCUGACAGCAUCUAGAGGCAGGUUGCAUGCGCCAGCACGGACCUGCUACAUACGGAAACAUUUUUCCUCUCACCAGGGCUUUCACCGCCACUCGGAUGUUCCCAGGGUUCCCUCUUUUACUAGAGGAGAUUCCACAGCACAUCUUUGCUUUUUUCACUCUUCAGCUUUGCACCUUUUUCACACCUUCUAAAGGUGGAUGCAGAAGAGUUCAUCACUUCUGGAUUCGUGUCAGCUUUUGAUUGCAAUUUGCUAACCAGUGACUGUAGGCCAAAGUGGAAACAGACUCCACUGAAGUUGGAUUUGUGGCGCUUUGGUAUCAUUUGAUCUUUGUGUAUCAGUCAGGCAGCAGUUAAAUUUUGUCCUCAAAGACGUGACGACGCUGCUCACACACACACACGCAUGCUUAGAUCUUUCCCACACACACACACACACACCCUGUGGCAGCAGCUGGAUUAAGGUGCUGACUUUGUCCCCUGCGCUCCAGUCACAGAGGACUGUCGGUGCCAGCAGCUUGACUUAAACCCAGAGGUAUUUCUCCAAACCAGCACGUGCCAACUUCCUGCCACAAGUGCACGUGAUGCACGGCGGCACUCUGGGAUUUUUUUUUUUUUUUUCUCAUUCAUUCAACAGAGCUAUUCAAGAAUAAUGAAGUCAUGCUUUUUCUAACGGCUCCAGACGCUGAUGUCAUGAACAUCAGCUUCUUUUUUUUCCCCUCUUAAAUCUUUAGCUCAUAGCGCUCGUGGGGAGGAAAGUGGGGAGGAAUCCUUAGACCGCCUCGGAGGAUCCUGCCUGCAUGGAUCCGGUUCAUGACUGCUUGUAACCUGAUAAUGAAGUUAUUUCCUGCCCUGUGUGUAUUUUUUUUUCAUCCGGCACAGAAGGGGUUAACAGGCUGUGAAUUCUUGAUUGCCAACUCCCAGGAUCGUAUCUCCUGUAACUCAAAUCAGGGCCAUCUGCGCUGGGCGUAUGCCUGCUUCCCCCCUGGCCCACUGCACUCAAAGACUCUCUGUGCUGUGGUUUGCCCGGCCCCGUCACGUGACUUCUCUGAAAGUGCCCCCUCCCUCCUCCUCCCGCUUUAUUUCCAGUAAACUGUUUGAAAGGAGGGGGGUGAGUCAGAGUAAAACCAGCUUCCCUUUAACCACAGCUUGUUAAAGAAUUUGUCAACGUGGACUCAGGGGUGCAUUUUUCAUGUGUGUGUCCCUCUGUGUGUGUGAGCGAGUGCGUGUGUCCAUAUAGAUUUCAAUGUACAGCUCGUCUCUUUAUUUCCUCUUUAGGGGGACUGCAGUUUUCUAUUGCGUCAGAACUCUUUAAUCACUCCUCUUCCUGUGCCUGAGCGAGCAGGCGCAGACUUGUUGGAGUUAAUGAGAUGAACUUUAGCCGUCAUCGUGUUGGGGGCUCGCGGCCGCUUCGGAGAUGUGUGUCUUCUGUGUGAAAGACUUUCAUUGAGAAAAAAAAAGAAAACAGAGAGAGAGAGAGAGAGCAGGAGGGAGGGAGGGAGAAGGAGAGAAAAAAAUGUGCGUGGGUGUUGACUUGUGUAUAGGCUAUGCAUAGAUUUUUCCUUGUCUGACACUUUGAUUUUCCACAUUGAGCAGGGUGCCUUGUCGCUGCCUGCUUUUUGUCUGUAUUUGAAAUCUGUUCCCCAUCAGAACGAGCAAAGAGUGCUGCUCUGAAAACUUUGUGAAGGGUAAACCUCGUUUUUUUUAGCGGGGGAUCUCCUCACUUACUUUCAAUAAAAGACAUCUCAACAUGCACCGAUGCUUUUCACGUAAUUAACAGGCAAAAAAACUUCCCUUUAGAAAUUAUUCCAAGAGCUGACAAGCUGAAAACAUCCUGCUCAUAUUUCUAGAAAAAUAUAUUUCCCAGAGAAAAAGAAAGAAAACAAACUCUGUAUGUGUAAAACCACAUCUAUUCAAACUAUGUGGUCAACAACAGAAUCUACUCUGAUCCCCCCCUCAAAAAAAUGGAAUCAGGUCUUGAGUCAUGUUUCCUCCAAAAGCAUGACUUAAAUUGUUUUUUAAUAAAAUUGUUCCAAUGAUAUAACUCUGUCAGUUCUCAUCUUGCAGCAGACAUCCUGCUAUUCCUCAUUAAUUACUGUAUUUUUACCAUGAAAACAUCCUAUGGUGCUACUAGCUCUCUGUUUUCCAUAAACUAUCUGUAUUUCAUGUUAAACUCAGUUCCACUUUAUUUAUAUAGCAGGUUAAUACCUAUAAGCCUGCUACCCAAAGUGCUUCACAACAGAAAGAAGAUAAAAUGCCAAACUGAGAGCAAAAGGUAGAAGAAUAGUUAAAAAGUUAAAACAAAGUAAAGCUUCAUGUCAAACAUGUCAAAAACAUGCUGUAAAAAGAAGUAGGACAGAACUCUGUACACUGUGGUUUUUCUGAGGAGCUCUUAUGAUGCUCCUCUUGUAACCUAUAAACAGCGGAUCAGAUGGGAUCAUUGUUCCCUGUGGAGUUCGGCUCCAUGUGGGGUGAUGGUGCAGACUGCUGAGUAAAGCAUCUGUGCCGAGCACCCAAACCUGGAACCGAAAAAAAAAACUUCCAUGGUUUUAAUGACGCUGCACCCUUCACAAGAUCUUACCAAAUGUAAUUGCUGCUAAGCCCAGCCCUGCGGGCCGGCGUGACGGGGGCGGAAAGGGGGGGGUGGGGGGGACCGGCAGGCAGCCCUUGGCAAGCUGCCUGGCAAAGAUGGUGAUUUUCCAUAAGCCGCCAACAACAGAGUCUGGAUGUCUGAACCCCAGCCAUCCAAGAUAGACGCUUCCUGGGUCCAGAAAUGCAGAACACAGAGAGAGUCCAAGUACAGAGUUUAACUAUAGUAAAUCACAGUGUCACAAGUUCACACACACACACACGAACACACCCUCCUACACCCUCCUCUCACCUCCUCGGGGACCCUUUGUUCAAUGCUACGGUAAUAUUUCCACGCUCACUCACACUGCGUGAGCCAAAGGCUCAACUACAGCACCUCUAAUGUAAACAAUGCACGUGUCAUGAUGUCAUGAAAUGAAUGGGAUUCACAGGCUGUCUCCACGGCAACGAUUGGUUCUGCAGGGUUCUGUCUACACUACAGCACCCACAGUCGUCAGGUGUCUCUGGUCCAAAGUCAGUCCUCAGCGGUUCAGCUGUAAACCAACCAUACACAUUCCUGCUCUGCCUGUCUCCCACCAGCUGAGCAGCGAAUAAACACACAUACACACACACAUGGGGACAGGCUGGAAUUAAAACUACAGGCUAGUCCGAGGAGAAACCUUCUCCGAUUGGACGUCAGCGGAGGCAGAAAUUCAAAUCGUGGACCAAUCAGAUUGCAUGUCCCUUCGCUCCCCCCACCAGCACCUUAUUAGGCGACCUCCCAUGUCUCUCAAAUUUCCUGACCGCUAAGUUGCACCCUGUAGAGAAUGUCAUCAGCACUGUACUGGUUCUGUUGACCAUAUUAGGUAUGAUCAUGAUCUGCCAGCCCCCACCACAGCCUCAGAAUUUUGGAUUUACACGAUGCUGCAGAAAACAGAGGCCUAAGUUUCAGCACAAAACAAUUCCUUAUUUUAUCUUCAGAAAAAGGUGUUCCCUCUCUCGUUUCUAAUGAUUUAUUUGAUUUAGUUAUUUAAAAAAUUAAUACGUUAUUUCAGUAUUGAAGUCAUCUUUCUAAACAAGACAAAUUUCUUAAACAGGUUUUGUGCUAAAAAGAUGAACUCAAAACAUGAACCACUUACAUUUUCAGGGUCUUACUUUUGCAUUUAUUAGAAAUCUUUUGGGGAUCAAUUUGCUGCUUAAAAACAUCCACAAAUGUCAGAAAACAAACAGGAAAAAUAACCUGUUCAAAAACAAAUUUAGGUGAAUGACAGUAAAAAUGUGACAGUAUCUAAAUCCCUGAGAAACUGAUUUUUCUGUAAAUGGAGACAUGUAACUUUGUAACUUAAGUUUUUACUAAAAUUUUAUCAAGAACAAAUAAGAAAUGAUUCUUAUUUCAAAUUUAUCAGGGAAUCAAAGGAGGAAGCUUUUCAUGAGAUAUGUCUUUAUUACUUCAGAACACUUGUACAAUAUCAUGCUUAUAUUUGUAACAAUAAUAAUAGAUUUAAAAUAAAAAAAGUCAAAGCAUAAUUUAUUGAUUUAAAAAUGAUCAUCUCAAAGCAUGUUUUAAUGUGCAGAUAAACUAAGGAUGCUCAACAAAGUUUCCAUUGUACAAUAAAAGCCCCAAUACAAACUAUUUUCAUUAAAAAUGUGCAAAAUAAAUAAAUGUUUCAUCCUGUAAGACCCUAAAUUUACAGAGGUUUAAACAUGAAAAACUUUGACUCGUUUAAAAAGAGGCAAUUCUGCCGUUUUUAUUACAUAAAAAAGAGAACGUUAUCAGUGAAAGCUGAGAUAAGUUCAGAAACAUUUAGAAAAAUUACAGAAGUAAAACCAGAGUGUAUAUUUCAGUCAGAUUAAAAUCCUCUGUUAACAGAUUUUAAUGAGAGCAGAGUGAGGCCUGAGAAUAAUAAAUCUGACUUGAAAAACUCAGGUCAUGAAAUGUUCUCUUUCUAUUUAAUCUUAAUUUUUGUAAUGUUAAGAUUCUUUUCUGAUCAGUUAUUUCAUUAGAAAAAUUAUGACUUUAGAUUCUGCAAUGAUCCAGCCAUCCAAAAAUAAUCCUUUUCUUAUUACCUGACAUUAAAGAUGUCCAAAAAAAGUAAAAGGUCCAAGAUCAGGGCUCUCCUGGGCUUCCCCCACUGUGUUCCCAGAACUAGUUUAGGUUAAAAUCCACACAGAUUAAGGCUCCUCUUCCCAGAAAAGGUAUAUUAGGGAAAAAUGUGUGUCAGUGCAUUGAAAAGAGGCUUUUGUUGAGCUGUCAGGAGGAAUAGGCCAAGAGGGGCAGAAAAAGUAAGAAUAUGUGAGUCACUGGAAUGACCAAGAUCUGUUGUCUUCUUCUCACAUUCCCAUGACAAAGGAGUCAAAACGGGGCUCAGGAGUUGAAUUUAAGACGUGCUCAAACCAGAUUAUGAAGGAGAAAUUUGUGAAAUAAAGAGUUUUGUAAUCUUUUUAACAUAUGUGGCAGGUGAAUCUGUGAAUUCAUCAAGUGAACAUGAAGAUGUUUAUCUCAGCAUGGUUGUCAGGGGUGUGUAGCUCUGAGUUUGGGCUGCUGGUUAAACCUUCUCUUUAAAUUCAAACUUUUUAUUAAUAUAUAUAUGUUCCCGUUAAAAAUGCUUUUUAUUGGAUGAAUUAAUUUUUUUGAUGUUAAAAAUUGACAAUGAAAAACUUUUUACCUCCAAUACUUCUUGAUCCCCUUUACUUUCUAUGGUAAACUUUUAACAUCAAAACAAAAAUACAAUUAAAACCGUAAUUAUGUUUUGAAAUUAAAAUGUCAGUGUAUUAAAUUGUAAAAAUGUUUUCAUCAUUAAAAACUAAUCGCUGAAAGUAAGGACGGUUUGGAAGAAUAAAUUUAGUGUUAGGACGGGAAAACCACUUUAGAUGCAGAGUUGAUCAAAAUAGGUGAAAGUUAAAACCACGUAGAGUUUGCACCAUAGUUGAUCUGAUUUCUGAGGAAUUUAUCAUCCUGUUUAUCAGCUCAUAUUUUACUCAGAAAUUGAUUCAAGUCUCUGACUAAGGAAGACUUCAAAAAAAGAAGGGAAUGAACUCCUGCUGCAGCUGCCGCUUCUUUGCACUCACUUAAAAACCACCACAGCUUUAAAAAAUGAGGUCAUUUGCAUAUUUUUCGUUUCAUUUGAACACAAAGAUUUUUUUGGAUAUGUGAUUAAAAAAUUUGAAUAUGAUUCAAGACACAGGAAAUUGUGAUGAAGUGGGAACAGCAGCUCACAGCAGCUCACAGCAGAACACAGCAGAGAUGAGAAAGGCUGAUCUUGAAUUGUACAAUUUUUCCCAAACUAAAAUUUGAUCUAAAAUUCUGAAUUCACUUUAACUUUACAUUUAAAAAGGUGUUCAAUCCUUCAUUGUAAAUCACAUAGACAAAUAUCAGUGCAGCUGGUUGUACACUCUUACAGACACACCUUGAUGAUUGUCCCUCUGACAUACAGAAAAAAACUAUUUCUAUAAGAUGAUAGACCAGGUGUACCCAGUCCUGGUUUAUUCAUUUCAAUCUGUAGAAAAUGUAUUGGUCUAAAAUGAACCUAGACUUAACUGUCAAUAAAACAGAAGGAGUAAUUAUAUUUAAGAAACAUCAUGAUGGCUGCAGAAUCCUCCAAAUGUGUGAUGUUUAGAAAGACAGCCUCAUAAUCAGUUGAUUAAGACUCUUGAAUGAUUUUGAAGGAACAAAUCAUCUGUUGCUGUUAAAUAUGUUGUGUAAAAGAUAUCUUCUUUGAACAGAGGGAGGUCUGUGUUAUUCAUACUGUAUGCAUCAGCUCAGCAUCAUCAGGUCCCACGGCAAAAUUAAAUCUCAUAUUUUUUUACCCUCUCCCCUGUUUUUUUAGGACUUUCCCAGCCGGGCAAAAGUGGCCGUGCAAAAACUCAUCCAGAGGGUGGGCUUCUUUGGGAUUUUAGCCUGUGCUUCUGUGAGUCCAAUCACACAUUAAUCUCUAAAUUAUACAUGAACAUUAUCAGCCUCACUGUGGGGUGUAUCUGCUGACUUUUUUUCACAUCCUUGUUUAAUUCAAAAUGAGAAGGGAAAGACUGAUUUGUGCCCUUCAGUGUAUAAAUACGGAGGGGAAAUUCAGAAAUGCAGAUUUUGUAUUUGUGAGAUAAUUUGAUGGAAGUGUCAACGACACUCCGCAGGUGAACCUGUUGAUCACAGAUGUCUUAGCUUUGAUGAAUCAGUGUAUUUCAAUAGUGUGUUAUGUUCUAAACAGUCUUUAGAGUUUAUUUAGGCUAAACUCAAACCUGCUCUAAAGAAAGUCUCCUCAUUUCUGCUCUUUCUCCAGAUUCCAAACCCCUUGUUUGACCUGGCAGGGAUUACAUGUGGACACUUUUUGGUUCCCUUUUGGACUUUUUUUGGUGCAACACUCAUUGGAAAAGCAGUCAUCAAAAUGCACAUUCAGGUGAGCAUGACUGUGAGAAUCCUCAUUCAUAAUAGAUGAGGGUUUUUUUUUUUCAGGAGUGCAGAAUUUGUUUGCUGUGUGUGCAGAGUUUAUCUUUUCUAUCUUUUACUGCAGACAAACUGCUUUAGGACUAAAGUUUAAGAUUUGCAUAAAACUGUAUUCAGGGGGAGACGUGUGUUAGAUAGUGGAUCCAAUAAAGCCCAGCAUCUACAGCUGCAGUGCACUCAGCUGCUUGUGAGGAGGCCAUUUUGUGCAGCCAAAGCAGGGGGAGUCAACCAUUUUGUGAUUGCAGCUGCAGCACCCCCAGUAGCUUCUCUGUAUAGUAGACCAGCCAGACUGCAGCAGAUUGAGAAUUUAUAGGAAAAGUACGUCCUCGACCCCGAGGAGGAAAAUGCUGUUCAGAGACUUGGCUUUGCUAAUGUUUGUUCUAAUCCUGGAAAAUCCUCAAUUUGCGUCCAGGAAUUUGCAGUAUGUGUGUGAUUACCGCCAGGAGCUCGACUUUCUGUUCUCUGAGCAAACGCAGGAAUUUUCUCAUUGUGACUCAAAGACAAAGGGUUAAAAGCAAACAUUUUUCCUCUGUGCUUCAGUUCUUAUCAUACGCAGAAAGCUUUGUCCUGUAGAAAAAGAAGUGGUGGUCCUGGGUGUGUGUGUGUUGGGGGGGGCUAGUGAGUGCGAGGGAAAGCAGAUAAACAUUGUCUGUGGGAGGUGAUGGAGAAAGAGAAGAGGGAAAAGUGAGAGGGACGGGUGGGGGUUGCAUGCAUGGCAGGCACAAUCACACACACAGUACCAGAUUACACCCAGGGGUCCCAGGGGCCCCCACUGACAGAGGUGUGUCCCUCUCUGUCUUACAGAAAGAAAGACUUCACUGGGCUCUCUGGCAUGUUUGGGGGGCCCCGAUCCCCCUCCUUUAGCUGCUUGGUUUCAUUUUCCUCAAGCUUUAAAUGCAAAUCAUUCAGGACUUAUUCAGUGUGUGGGCAGAAAACUACAUGUUUUGAAGAGCAGGUGACAUUCUCUCUCUGGGGCCGAGAGGGAACAAAAGGGGAUUUCAGUUCUUGUGUUUUGUGUGUGUGUGUGUGUUUCAAAGCUGGUUUUUGAUCUGAGUGUGUACCUGUGCUUCAGGUGCAUUCUCAGCAGCAACAGCAGUCUCCAAGGAGAGGCAUCUUUUUCCUGCUCCUUUAGUGUCACGCUUUAAUGUACGCCGCUGAAUAGUGAAUGUCAGGACCUUUGCAUCGCAGCGGGUCACUGACAGUGAGGGUUUAUGUCACGCAGACACACGUGAGAAAGAUUGUUUUGAGCUUAGCUGAGGCAGAGGAUGAGCAAAGUUUCACUGAAGGAUGUCCUUACUCCCAUAUGACCCCCACACACACCUCCCCCUUCAGAUUCUUGUGAAUUUUCUUUAAGACCUGAUGUCAUGCUAUCUUCUUGGUAAAUGUGUAUUUUUUGCUCUUAUCGGCAUUAUUGUUUGUCUGUAAUCAGCGAGUCACUAUCACGUCACUGUCAGUUUCCCAGAAGAGACACUUAACCUUUCUUAGUCAGCUUUCCUGACUCGGCCAUCCUGCUGUCCCUUCCUUCUUUUCAUGCUGGAUGACAGAUCUUUUGUCAGCGUUUGUUUAGGAGAUGUGGGUUCACAAAAUCCAUGUUCAAGUGCAUCCCUCCAAAACUUGUUCCUCUAGUUGCAGUUUAAAUGUAGCUUUGGGGGGAUUUACUUACCGUACCGCCUUGUGUUUAUUUUCUGAGAGGCACAGAAAUAGUAGGACUGCAAAUGUCAAACGUAUUUUUUUUUUUUUUUUUUUUUUAUGGUCGCACAUGUCAAUUAUAAGUUCAGUUAUUUUUGUGACAACACUGUGACUGCGUGUUUUUCUCUUCAUUGUGUCGAGCCUUCAGUGCAGCUCAGAGGCUCAAGAAGCAGUGUGGAGAAGUGAUCACUGGAAGACAACCAGAUGAUAAUGCAUGUAUGACCUAGAUGACAUCUUACAAUGAGCACUGUCACAUGACAUCAAGAUUGUGUGGAGCGUCUUGAUGAUGGGUUAUCUUCAGUGUGGUCAUUUAAAGGUGUGCUGAUAUGGUUGUCUCGGUAACUUUGAUUAUUUAUAGCAUUCUCAUUUUCACUUUCAGUGUUUCCUUUUUAUAGAUUGACAUUGGAGGUGUUUUUAUAUGGUGCUGGAAGUAUUUGGUGGUCCUGUGUGAUACAUUUCUGCAUUUUAACCUCCAACCAAAAUACUCACCUUAACCAGUAGCCCAUCAAGGUCCUGUAUGUUCAACUGGAUUAACUUAAUUUAUCCAAAGGAUCCUUUGUUAUUUUACUGUAUGCUGGUGUGGACUUUUUUAAAUCUAUUCAAAGAACAAAUUUGGACCUGUAGGGAGAUUAUAAGGGAGCAUCUAGCUGACUUGCAGAUAGUCUGUGUGCAUCCCUCCCACCCUCAGCAGAGUUUCAAACACCCCUGGUUGAAGGUAUAGAUCCGCUAAGAUCAGAGCAUAUUCCCCCUGACAGUAACUCAGUUAGACAGGACACAGCAGCUAAAAGGAGUCAGAGAAAUAUGUGGACUAAGGGGUGAGGAAUUUAUGAUACAAGAGGAUGUGCAGUAGUCUUAAUUUAUUUAUCUGUACCACAGUUGAUGGUGUACAUCUCAAAUAAUGUCUGAACUUUUUAAGGAAUAUUGAUCAGCUGCCACGGAAAACUUGGGACAUUUGUUCUCGUUUGUCUGUUUCUGAUGUGCAGGGUUUUUUAUGUAUUCAUAUUUUUAGGAACAUUAAAGUGUUUGAUGGCCAAAUCUACAGGUAUACAGACAUUUUUAGAAAACAGUUCUUUGGUCCAUUAUCCCCUCAUAAGCAGGCUAGCGCAGUAUAAUGUGAAAUCCGUCUGUUCCAUCAAACAGCACAGAAGAACAUUGUGCAUUCAGUGACUUUUAUAGUGAUCUUCUAAGGUAAACAGUGUUUUUUAAAGCUCCUGUGAGGAGUUUUGGUUAGUUAUAAAAUAAGACUGAAAAGAACACUGAUGUGCCUCAAUGAUGUUUAAAAGUAAAUGAGACCAUUGAAUGACACGAUGGACAAUAUCUGUGUUAUAAUUAUUAAUGCCUGUAAAGAAACAACCUUAGAUUCUUUACUCGGGGAAAUAUUUAUAACGAGAGAAACAUUUCGCUACAAAUAAAAAACGAUGGGGGGAGAAUUUUGUCAAUUAACACCAUUUUUACAAAAUUAGCUGUGAUUCAAUGGUUACCACUUUUUCCACAGGGGGCGCCAAAACCAGCACAGACAAACAAGUCCUCACAGGAGCUUUAAACUGUGUGCCAAGUGGUAAAUUUAAAACUAUUAAGUGUGUUGUAUGUUUAUUGGAUCCAUGCUGCAAUUUAAUGGAGUAAAGUGACGUUUUUCUUGUGAAAAUGCGUUUUAAUCUACAGUACCGUGCAGAUGUAAGAUGAGGCAGUUCACAGUUUUUCACACAGAAAAAAAAGUUUUAAUGUAGAUUUUAGUCCUUGCCUCAUUAAUCCCAUAACAGUCAGGCUUCUGCUGGUACCCUUUUACUUUCAGCUUAUAAUGAGACCAAUAACUACAAACAUAGGUUUUAUGAAUAAUGUGAGAUGUUUUAACACCUUGUUAGGUCUUUUUUACAGUAUUCUCUGUAUUCCUUCUCUAACUUUUUUUAAAAGCUAGAUGUUUAAAUUAAGACAAAAAUUCAGAUCCAGGAUGACAGUUGUGUAAUGCUCCAUCAUUACAGAAAGUGGAAAAUUCUAGAUGUCUCAUGUAUCAUUUUACACACUUUUCCCUAUAAUUUCAGCAGUAUAUAUUUAGUGUCUCUGGAAACCUUUGCGUCUGGACUAGAAUUCAGAAAGAAAAAGCCUCUGCGGGUUUAAACAAUUCUUUUCUGCACAACAUGAAUUUGUAAUGAAGGUCCCAGCUUACAGUCUGUUAUGUAGAGCUUUCUUUAAUGCCAUGUUAAAGGUCAGCUUGAUGUUACUGGGUCAAACUCCAUUUAAAGUGGCCAAAGUAGGUACUAGUUUAUAAAAAUAGUCUGAUGUUAAAACACUGCAAAGGGCAGAAUCUGGUCACGACUUUGGUUUCAUGUUCUAUGACACAAGGCAGAUGUGAACCAAAAUGGCUGCAAGUCAAUAUCUGUCCCUUCUAGCUUGGUGAUUGAAGUUUCUCUUUGACCAUAAGUACCAGGAACUUUUUGUUUCCAGUAACUUUUCCUCAGGGAACUAAAUGGUUUCUGUGGUCAAGUGUUUCCACAGCAGUCAGAAAUCGUGUGUAAAUCAGUCCAGUGAAAUAGUGCGAGUCCAGGAUAGUUUUUUGGUAAAUGAGUGGAAUAAGUAACCUGCAGAGCCCUAUAUUUUUGGUCUCUGGUACACUUUCAAUGAAAACUAGGUAAGCUUUAUUAAUUAUCAUGUAACAUCAGGUUACAGGAAAAUAUUAAAGUGCAAACUUCCUCUUUUGACUCCACCUGUCUUCCCCUUUCUCUGCUCAGCUGGCGUUAAUUAACUACCCUGUAAAUAAGAUCUUUUCCAGAAAACAAAACCCUGAAACUGAUAAAAUACCUGAAAACUCCCCCAAAAUAAAACAGUCAUGACCAUUAGCUAUAGGUACAAAGUUUUACUGUUCUGCUGAAAUCAGGAUAUGCAGGAUAGGAACCAGAAUGUUCUUGAUCAGUCUUAAAAUCUAUAAAAUUCAGGAUCCAAAUUUUAUGUCAACACACUUUACACAAAGAGCAGGUCUGGACCAUACCCUUUGUUUAUAUUAUUUACAAAAUUGAGUCUCAUCUGGUUGGAUAGGACCUGUUCAGAACCCUUUGUAAUCCACCAUGAACAGAGAACUUUGCAGCAUUUUUAAAGUUAUAGUGGCAAAAAAAAACAAAAAACCUUUUUUUCACAGGCAGAAACCUCAGGCAGAACCAGACUAAUGUUACACACUGUAGCUGUCUGUCCAUACCAUGUUGGGACUGGAGAGGGGCUAGAGGGAGACGCAGAAAAAGAUGCCAAUUAAAAAUAAAUAAAUAAAUAAAAUAAAAAGAUGCCAAUCUGUCUUCUUCCCUCUCCCGUGUGUUCACGUGUCACGUGUCUCUUUGUCCCUACUACCUCUUGGACAUAGACUUUUCAAUGGUUUUAUCAGUUAUUUAACAACAUUGAGGACCUGGUUCCUGAUAUUGAAACAGGCAGAGUUCCUCAAAAGGUUCCUGGGCAAAGUUUCUUCUUGGGAAAAGCACCUAAAACAGGAUCUGGAGGCUGGACAGUAGCCAGCCUCCAGAUCCCCUAUGAAGCAAUGACACAUCUUUGAAACCCACACAUGCAUACAAAUUAACACACACCCGCACACACACACACACACACACACACACACAUAGAGCCAGUGUAAAAGGCUGACCUGGUGCACUGUGCUGGUUGUGUGUCAUACAUCCCCAGCCUUUAAUUUCUUGCCCUCUAUGACAAAAGCUGCUUUUAGAUCAAACCUCCCUGGUGUUGCAAUGCAUGGGCAUAAUUGACAGGGUGUGUGCGUGUGUGUGUGUGAGGGGGUGUUUGGAAUUACUGAUCAAACUAUGAUGCACACACGGCGUUGUUCUGAACCCCAGCAGUGACCUCACAGUUCAGUGACUGACUCGCUCUUUCUUUCUCUGUGUGUUUCUUUGUCAUCCAGAAACUGUUUGUGAUCGUCACCUUCAGCAGGCAUAUAGUGGAGCAGAUGGUCUCCCUCAUCGGGUGAGUAAGCCUCAAACGGGUAUGAGUGUGUGUGUGAAAGUAUGUGUGUAUGUUCUCACCAAAAGUACCCCGGGGGUGUGCUGCUAUCACACAUGAAAGGGUUAAGGCAGAACUUGACGGUUGAGGAGCCUUUAGGUGGUGAUGAUGCAUUCGGGUAAUUUAUGUCCAUCCGGGUUAGGUGGACCUCCUUCUCCUCCUCCCCAUCCUCCUCUUUGUGAGUGUGAUAAGGGGCUCACAGUCAGAAGUGACUUGAAGUCAAACAUGCUGAUGUUUCAAGAUGACUUACUGCUGGAAAAAGACCUUGAAACAGCAGUUUUGUCACUUUUUGUUCCUCUGUUGGCUUCUCGCUCUGCUGUUAAAGGCUCACGUUGUGAUUAAUGUCUUGGAUUUUUCCACUGAGUGAGGAUGAUGACUAUGGGCAUGAACAUGUUCUGGCUGCUUCACAGGACAGAAUGAACUCUUGUCUAUCAGGGAAACCUCCUCUUGGUUGUCAUCCCUUUCAACCAGUCGUUCAUUACAUACCUGAUCUCAUGAGGAGCACAAACUCCAGCCUCUUAUCAUUGAGAUAAAAUGAAGCCUGCAGGUGUCAGGCCUCUGAGACUGGGUGUGCUGAUGUCUAUCAGACUGGAAAAUUUUGGGAGGAAAGGAGACAGCAAGAUUAAGUUACUGGUUAGGGAGAUUUCACAAAGGAAACUUUUCUGUGUUCGUUUUUGUUUACACCACAGGGAAAGAGUCAGAGGCUGUGCAUAGAGCUGUUUCGUAAAAUUAAACGUCUGAUUUCUGUGACGAGGUCAGACAAAAACUGGAUUCUUAAAUUUGGUGGAAGCAGAAAAAAUAUUAAAAAACAAUUAAUAGAUAGGGAAAAAAAAUCACUCUUUAAGAUGUACGAGGGGUAUGAAGGGCCUGGGUGCUUGGGUGAAGGUACUGACGGUGCGACGAUUAGUGUCCUUGUAGAGAUGCCAGGCACCCCAGCUGGAAAGUGCCCUCCUCACACCUGCUGGUGGGAGUGCCGUGUUCUGUCUGCACAUGCACGCACACACGCACACACACACACACACACACACACACACACACACACACACACACACACACACACACACACUCACGCACUGAAAUAAGGCGAUGAGAUUGCAUCAGCUCUUAUCCUUGCUGCGUUGUGAUUUUUGCACAACUACAAAUUGAAUUCGGACAAACUUCAUUUUAAAGAAGCUGUUGUUUGUGUUUAUUGAGCUUAUUUCUUAUAAAUACUACUUGAUUUUAGAAAUACAUGGGUAGUGAAAAAUCAAAGCCAACACUAAUAUCCAUGUUUAAAACAUGAACUCAGCCAUUAAAUAUCACAUCCCAGUGUGUUUUUUUUUUUCUUUAAUACCUCUUCUGUCCUAUUUUGUGACUGAUUUUAAAAUGAGCUUUGAUACAUUUAAAUAGCUGCAAUCCCCUCCUUCAAAUUUCUCUGGAAUCAGAGCUGCUGUAUGCAUUUGAGUUUGUUUGUGACCGUUAAAAUAAAUCCGUUCGUCCAGCAGUGGACUUCCUCUGCCCACUAAAAAACCAUCCCUGAAUUGGCUGUAAAGUGUAUUUGCUUCCUGGAGUCAAGAUGAUGUGAUGAAGAUAAAGAUAGGAUGUUACAGGAUACAGAAGAAUCGUCUUCUGACAUUAAUGCAUGACACACAUUAUUUACCGCUGAGCCAAUGUCAGCCAAACAGAACUGAAAAUUGCCUAUAUAUUGAUGCUUAGCCAAUACAUCAGAACAUCAUCUCUUGAUUUGUGUUUUAUUAGGAGAGAAGAUAAAUAAUUCAAUAAAAAACAGCAAAUAUUUCAGAUUGAGAUUUUGUAUACAUGCUUUGUGUGUGGCUGUGAGAGGCCUGCCUGGCUGUCAGUCACUGUUCAUUGAGCUGCAGACUCAAACUGAAACGUCGUGACAGGUUUCACUCUGACACACUACCCGCCUUUUCUCUAAAGGAAGUUUCCCCUCAUUACAACUUCUUAACCGUCAAGCUUCCUUCCUCCGUGAGGCCUCUCCACAUUCACCUCUGUCCCUCUGAGCCUCUCUCACUCUCACACUCAGUCACACUCACCUUAUGAAUGGGUGACAGCUUUUCAGUUCGGGGCCUUCAGGGCCUGCACACCGCAAUGUCAGUGUUAACUACGCAGGUGCUUGAAAAUAAAUUCGCACCUUCACACUCUUUAAACGCACACACCUGCAGCAGCACCCCCCACCUACGCACGUGCACGAUCGGCGCGCACACACACACACACACACACACAGAAAGUUUUAUUCACAUACUAAUAUAAUUGUGCCGUAAAUGCCCUUAACUACACAUUUGUUCUCACUUAAACCGCAGAGAUUUUACAAAAUUUUCAGUGAAGAAUUUAAAGUCCAACUAUGAUUGUAAUCAGAUUUUGACCUUUCUUAAAUCGGGUUUAUUGUGUGUUUGGAAAUUUUUGCUUGUGAAAUUUAAAUUUCUCAGCAUUGGCUUAACAGAUUUCUAAAAUCCUGAUUUAGUUCUGUGCUUAGGAGGAAUGUUUGGUGACGUUUUUGACAUUUUCACAUCGUUUAUUCCUGAGGUCAUGUGGUCUGAUCGGUAUGUCUGAUCGUCUUGAGUGAAAGGUUUGAGCAUCAGGAGCUUUUUUUUCCUCUUUUAUUUUCUUUGGUGGUUUCUUUUUCUUUUGUUUUUUCUUGCCAUAGAUCUUGACUAUAGUUAAAUCGGAUUAUUUCCGCGUAGAUUGUUUGAGAUUUUUGGCUCAGAGUUCAGUUUCUGUAAAAGCAAGGAGCAGUUUUUGUCUCUGUGGGGGACUGGAGUGACCGUUGGACUUUGGCCGUAAUGAUUUCAUUACUGCAUGACGUGACAUAAUACGACACUAGCACGUGUACUUCCUGCUCUUUGCCUGUCAGGUGAACUAGUUGGCACACAAAUACUUACACACACACACCCACAUCCUGAGAAAUGUGUGUCACUACUGAGGACAAUGACUUUAUUCUCUGAGAAUUUACACAACUUCAAACUUUUGUCUUUAGCACGUAGUUUUGUUUUCCCCAGUUUUUGCUAAUGGAGUUGUUUUCAAGUUAUUGAUUUUUUAUUUAUUUAAUCUACUUUAAAGAUUAUUUAAGUCAACUUUUUUUUUUUAAGUUUUCUGAUAAUUAUGAGACCUCUUUGUUUAAAAAAGAUUUACCGGGGGUCAUUUCAGCUGAUGAAAGCCUGGAUCAUAAGUUGGAGUGUGACCUUUAUUUUUUGAAAAAGGCCUCAAUCUUAAGUUUCAGUUGUAGUGAAAACAUGUACCCUUGGUGAUAAGUGACUGCUGUGGGUGGGUGUGCUUUUUCAUUUUAUCCCAUCUUUGCAUACUGAAGUAUCACAUAUACUUUCCAUCUCAGAUGAAAGCAUGAAAAGAUAAUAGAUUGUUGUUUUUUUAACAGAUAAAUAUAAUUUUACUUUUUAAGUAAAGCAAAGGAACAGGUACAGGUUGGUAUGGGCUUCAUAGGAAAUGCAGAAGUGAAGAUGAUUUUCACAUGAAGAGGGUUUUAACCUGAAUUACUUGAAGUCUGUUUCUCUCUGUAUUUAGUAGAGUUUUUUCAAUUACAGUGAAAAUGACGUCUUCUCUGUACAGUGUGUGUCAUGGAAAUGUAUGACAACCAGGAUCAUUUUUCAGCUUUAACUUUGUCAAAGUAAUUAUCCAAGAUCAAUGUGACAACAAAGAAAUCAAAUGUAAUUCAAAAAUGCUCUUGCCAAUAUGGAUGGAUUAAAGGACAGUGACAAAAAAUAUUGGUUGAAUUAAAUUUUUGGAGUCAGAAAAUAUCUGACUGUAUUCUUCCUACAGAAUCUGUCUAACUUGGACAGCUAGUCAUUUCAGAUCUUUUGCAGUCUAUCGUGAAUAGAAAAUUUAAUGUGUUUACUGUCUUUGACUUGUCAUGCUUUAGUUUAAGUACUAGCUAAGCUCUGUUGAGUAAAAGAUGAAGAUUUUCGGGAAUUUUGACUGACGCUUCAUGUGAUCACGAGAGAAUUUUCUGUUGGUCACUCAGCAGGGAGUGUUCUCAAACUCUUCUCGAGUUUCAUUCAGAAAAUAUUUUGUAUUGCAACACUGUGAUGCUUGAGAAAUAGUUGUGUGGCAAUCAGAGAUGGAUAUCAUGACACAGUCAUGUUGUGUAUUACUCACUGAGUUUGAUAAAUGGACCUUUUUUGAGAGUAGUUUUAUAAGUUUUCACUCAUUCAUCAGCAAUUUCAUUCGGACAGAAGUUCGUCUCUGAAUGACAAAUGGAAAACAGAGUGUUGAAAUUGAGAAGUUUGCAUUUGUGGCUUUAACGUCACAAGGCUCUAAACCUGUCAGCAGCCAUUUUCAUCACCUCUGUUAACAAAAAUGACCAACUUCAGAGUUCUUCUUUUACUAGCUGGAAAUAAGACUUAGAGAGUUUUCAAAGGCCCUUUUUUAGACCAUGUUGGACAUCAGUGACUAAAGAUUUCCAUUAUACAUUUAUGACCGUCUGACGUCCCUUUUAGAGGGUGAUGUAAAAAGUUUGAGGAAAAACAAGUUGUGUCUUUUAACACUCAGUAACUGACAUGAAGUGAUCUUCAUUUUUCAUUGCUGUCAGAUCAGGGUUAAAAGAAAUAUGUUGGCUUUUUUAAACUUGACUUCCUCAUGUGUUCAGACUGAUUCCCAUAUCUCUGGCAGAAGAGUUUAACUCUUGUUUUCCUGCCAUGCAAAGCAUUUAAGGUUUAAUCCAUAACCUGUUGGCAGUAGUAGGAUAAUAAAGAUAAUUUUGCUUUGAACUGCCAGGAAGUCACAAUAAACCCUUCCUCGGAUGCCUUUCAGCCUGAUAAGAAGAUGUGAUAAGCUGUGUGUCUGAUCAGACUUGUUAGCUUUCCUAUGUCCUGUGACUAAUGUACAGAUGUCUGCUCUUAAGGGCCAGCCGUGCGUGUACAGUCAUUGUUUAAGUUUGCAGAAAAAUCUGCAGACUCAGUCAGAGUGAGGCUUUGAUCAAGAUCUGAAGCAGUCGUAUGUCAAGAGGUUUCAUGCUGUAAUUUGCAGAAAAAGUGUCCGUUGUGCAGUUUUCACCUUAAGUCAUAAAAACCCCAGCACUGGCUUCAGAGUCUGGAUAGUUUCAUGAUUUGAUCAAAAGGGAAAUAAGACCUUCCACAGCUUUUUGGAAAUUAAUGCACUUUUGUCCUUUUAUGGUAAAAGUUUAUCUUUUCAGUUGUAUGUUAUUAAUACUGUGACUCUCUGCUCUUUUAAAGGGAAAUUCCCUGUAAAUUAAACCCUUUUAGACGAUUAUUCAUGACAUCCAUUGUGUUGUCUUAGUGUCGGGUGUGCUGUGAAAAAAAAACACUUGGCUUCUGAGCUCAACUGAAGUAGUGUUUCAGGUACCUGUGCUUUGCUGGACUUUACAUCUAUUGACAAAUCAAAUCAAAUCAAACUUUAUUUAUCAAGCACUUUUCAUACAAGAGGAAAUGCAGCACAAAGCGCUUUACCCCCAUCUCCAUCCCCCUGCCCCCCGCAGAGAUCCCACCCCAGCACAGACACACACACACACACACACACACACACACACACACACACACACACACACACACACACACACACACACACACACACACACACAGUCAUAGUCCACUUUACCAACAUACCUUUUGAAUCAAACACUCGUAGGAACACUUGUAGCAUCACAUGUAGGGAAUUAUAAUUAUUGAGUAAUUGGAAAAAUCACAUUUAUUAAUCAGGCCUUACAUGUGCAGAAUAAUGGAUGUAGUUUUUGGAAAACCUUUUACUUUUCUUCCUUUUUAAGUUUUUUUUUAUGCAACCACAUCAGCAAAAUCCAGUGAUUGAAACAAAAAAGGGGAUAAGUCACUAAGUGUGGCUCUUGGAAAAUGGUGGCCCUCAUGAGAAGAUCUAUGAAUGCUGACGUGGGCCUGACGCAUCACAAAAAUCUGUUGUAGGCAGCUCCCUCUUUUUCACUUUUACAUGCACACCAAACCUUUAAUUUCUACUUUUACCUCCUUCAUUUAAACACACACACAGACGUCUUACAUUUUUCAAGCAGCCUUUCGUUUAGCUGUGACGCAUUUGUGGAGAAUUAUUAAUCCUUUUGCCUCAUUUUCUCACAUAGAGGAAAUGAUAGCUUUAUUCAUCAAUCCAUGCAUACCACAGGCAACAGACACAGCAUGACAACAAUAACAGUGUGUAUCAGCAUGUAACAGGCAAGAGAGGAUACUUCACAGCUGAUGAUUUCCAUGACUAUCGGGGGAAACUUGUGUCACUGGUGAAAGUGAAUCAGCAUACGUUCCUGAAGGCGUGGGAUCAGAUCCAGGGCUCCAAUUUAUUUUCUUAACAACUGACCUGUCCGCCAGAGCAAAAGUCACUCAAACUUUUCACAUUAAAGUGUUUUUUAUUUAUCUGAAGUGGCUUUGAAUCUUAAAAAACUGCCAAGUAAUCAGUUGCCUUUGAAAAGACAGAGGUAUUCUAACUUUGUGAAUUUCUUUCAUUACCUCUACUUUUCAGCUUUUAUUUGAAUGGAGAGGUUUAUCAAUCAUUCUGCUUUUACCAGAGUUGUUUUUUUGAACAAAUAUUUUUGUACUUUUAUUUCAUCAAAUAAGGUAAGUAGUUGUGUUAACUUUAUAUGAUGCUCAUUUCAUACCCUUGAAUUUCAGGUCAGUCGUCUUAAAGAGCUUCAUCCAUAAAACAAGCUUCUGCUCUUGUGCUCCAUUUACCCUCAGAACUGUAGAUCUAUCUUGUUCUGUGCUCAGUCCUCCCUGUCCUCCUUUCUCUCUUAUCUCAGCUGGAGCUUCGUCGGUCUGUGAGGAGGUGAUCUACAGCAGGAAAAGCUUUAAAAUCAAACGUUGCAUGCAGUACUGGAACAGGGAGCUUUCCUGUGUUUGACAUGCUGUCUGGGCCUCCAGUCUCCUCGUUUGAUCUGUUGUGAGUCGCUUAAUUUAGACGAGAUUCCAAACUCUGAUUCGUGCCACUUUUUCAGCAGCCACAUGUGUUGACAUGUGAACAGGAAAAAAUAGAUUUCUUCCGCUAAUUAUGAAAACAGCUGCUGUGAUGAGGCCCGCCGGGUCGCUCCAGUGAAUCAUCGUCUGCAGGAGUCCGGUCUGUUUACACCUUGUCUGUGGUGACUGUGGUGGUCUUUUUUGUUGAGGUCUGGGACAGGAUUUAGUGUGAGUCGUCUUGUGGUUGUGAGAAUGUGAAAAAGAAAGAAAAAAUUAAAAGAAAAACAGAAGAAAAAAUUUGACAGUUUCAUUUGAUAUUUUCUUAUCAGUGGUGUAAAAUUUUGGCUGUUACAUUGAUCAAAUCCUGGAAAUGGUUUGUUGAAAAGAAAGAGGAUCUGAUGCUGGAUCAGAGCGUGCAGUUCAUUUUAGUUUCAGUAUGAAUAAAGACCGCAGUAUUUUGAACAGAUUUGGAAAAUACUUGAUCCUGAAAAUUGAAAAAGGAGAAAAGGAUUAUAGUGAUUUGAGUUGAAGGAAGAACUGAAGGAUAGAUUUCAAAGAUAAAUAUUUAUUAUAUUUAGAUUUAACUUAUUGUUGGGGUCUCUUGACAUGGGUUCCCCACCCCUAAACGAAUGGCAGCUGUCAUAUUUCUGAUAGACUGGUGGUUUAAGGGGGAUUAUUGCAGACACCAAGGCAAUUUUCUGCUCUUACAAUGUUAAAAUAUAUGGAGUAGUCCACAGUAGACCAUCAUAGCUCACUAUUAGUGUGAGCCUUGAGUCUGCUUUCUGUAAUCAAAGGGACUGUAUCAUGGGGUUAUGUGCUGCAUGUUUCUUACCUCCAGUCUGCUGCUGAGUGAUGAAACUGAUUUUUAGACAGCUCUCAACAAAUUUAGCUUUUUGCGUUUUUGUGUCUGAUAUCUACACUGUCUGUCUGUCAGCCUUUUGUCAGCAGCUCCUUCUAAAACACUCACUAAUUUACCCUAUUUUUCAUGUUUUGUGCCCAUGAGUUUGACAACCAAGUGACCCCUCAAUCUGCAUAUGCUGCAUGCCCAGCUUUGACCCCCAUAGAACUAGAUCAGUAAAUUGUUUUUUAUUUAUAUUUAAAUUUUUGCUGAAUAGAAACUGAUUAAAAUAUGUUGAAUUUUAACUUUACAUGAGAACAAUUUGUAUGUAACAGGAUUUGUAACAUAAAGUUGGCCUCUAUCAGAAAAACAAAUGUGACUCCCAAAGGCUGUAGUUUAGAGUGUAGAGCCACAGACUGUGUUAAAGAAGUGAAUUUAGCACCUGUUGAGUAGUAGAAAUCUUUAUUUACAGAUUAUGCUUUUUAGAUUAGGCUACAAAUUUAUUUGUCCUUUAUUUAUUUUAUAUUAAGUGCAUGAAAAGUGUCUGCUCACUCCUAUCAGACAUUUGCAAUAAACCGUGUAUAAAACUCAUACAAAACAAUUGUACAAUACAAAAUGUUGCAAUCUAUACACUUUAUGCAACAGUGUAUUUGUAGAAAUGUAACUUUUUUAUAACCUAAUGUUGUAUUUUUAACCAUCUGAUCACUUUGUAUUGGCCGUUUUACUAAGUACACUCUUUAUUAACAUUGUAAAAGUUCUUUUUUUUGAUCAUCAGAGGUCAAUCUUAUCUUUUCAAAAGACAAUAUUAAGUCCCAUUUGAUCCCCAUCAGGGUGAUCACAUCUAAUGUUGAGAUGAAAAUCAUUAAUGGAUAAGCUUAUCCUGGAUUGCAAGAAAUGGUGUUGUUAAAUCUAGAUGACACUGAACAAGAUGAAAUGGGCCCUGGCUUUGCAGCAUUCCUCUAAAGGACUGUCACAAUAAUCCAUCAUCACUACAGAGUUAGCUACUCUCUGUGUCUGCCAUUGAGCUCGACAAAUCCUUCAGACUCAUGUAUCAGAGAGACUAUCACUGUCAGGCUCUCAGGGAGAAAGCCAUUGAGGUGCAGAGAGGAAGACUCUGGACCUGAAAAGGUUUUCCAGUAGGAACUGGUGUGCCGGGGUCGUGAUGGGAACCCUGUACCUCUACAUGAGAAUACACGCAUUUCCAUGAGAGGCCAUCUCCAAGGUGGGAGUCCAUUAACAGCACAAUGGGCCUGCAGAUGGCUGUUUCUGCCACACAAGGCUAUCACCACAGGCGGCCCCACUCAGAGGGAGGCCAAGGGAGAGUCACAGGUCAGGGCAGGGCAGCCACAAAUGAAGGAGCUGCUCACUGGGUCAUACAAGAGCUCAUCACACCUCAAUCAACAUUUAGAUCAGUCAUAAUGAGAAGAAAAUAGAUGACAGUUUAUAAGUCCCUGUUUAAUACACCUAGAGCUGCAACAGUUGGUCAGUUAAUUCAUAUAUCUUUAAUAUAUGUGACAGAAAUACUACAGGAAUACUGAGAAAUACUGUAUUAGAGCAAACAGAGAUCGUUCAAUAAAACUGGACGAGUCUUCAUGUUGUCAAGGUCUGAAGUGGUUCUUGUAGAUGUUCACAUACUUACUUUAAGAGGAAGGUAUCCCAAUGACUUUUCUCAGCCCGGCAAAACUUUUUUAGUCAAACCUCUGGAUAAAUUUCUUGUGCUCAGAAAGAGUCCUGCAGUUACUGUUUAUCGUUUCCAUUGAAAUUUGCAUUUGAGAAGAGGAUUUUACAUUGUCAUGAUGAAAAGCAGGAAUAACCACAGCAAGCACAUGGGCUUUAAUGUUGAAAUACUCACCUGAUAGUUUUCAAGAGACUUUAAAAAUGUUAACCUUUCAUUUUCACGUUCCUGUUUAGCACUGGCCUCUACGUCAGCCCACAUUCUUCUGACCUUUAACAACCAACCAGCUCAAGGAAAGCUGGGUUACUGGAGAAGUGAAAUUGCUGAGAAACAUGCAAAUCAAAGUAUUCUUGGUUUCCACAGUAGUGCAGUUAAAAGUACUGGUGUUACUGAGGAAAAGAAGUCUGUUACUUUAGGUUUCCACUGAAUUUAACACUUCAUAACCACACCUCUUCUAGCUCAUACUGAAACUAGAUUUGUGGGAUUUCAGAAUGAACAUGUUUGCUGAAGGUAAAAGUGGUCUCAGUGAAAAGAGUAGAAAGUCAACAUGCAGUUAAACAAAUGACUGAUAUUGUCUUUGUAGAAGAAGGAGAAAAUGCUUAAUUCACUCCUCAAAGCCGUCAACAUGAGACGGCUGCCUGUUACUGUUAUUUAGUGUUAAUUAUAGAAUUCUUGUAAUAACUGGUGAACAAUUUUUAGGAAGUAGAAAAAAAAUCAUCAAAGUUAUAUAAUAUUCAUUUGUACAAUGAGACUUGAUAAAGAGCACAACUACAGAAGUGAGGAGACUGACACCGAGUCAGAACCUGACUCAAAUGUAUAGCAGUACUAUCAAACAAUUUUGUCCCAUACAACUGAGGGGAAAAAAACAAAUCACAUGACUCUCAUUUGCUGCCUGUUUAUUCUGGGGCACUUUCACCUGUUUCUCCUCAUCUGCAAUGUGUUAACCUCAGACUUUAGAUCCUCCGUCAGAGGUAGUAGCAGAGGAGUAAUUUGGGUAAGAUAGUAGAGACGUGCAGCAUCAGAGCCUGGAGGGCAGAACACUACUGUGUGUAUGUGCAUGUCUGAGUGCAUGUGUGUCUCUGUGGAGUUCCUGCUCUUGCUCCAACAACACCAUGAUGCAAUGUGAAAUCAUACUUUGGCACAUCAAUAUUAGUCUGUUUCACUGUGCUAUGUUAAAGUUUAAAGGCAUAAGACAGCAAACUUUAUUUUGGUGAAGAGACAAUGAAGACUGGAAUGUAUAUGGCUUCAUCCAUCUAUGUCACUUCUUAAAAAACAUAAACACAAAAGAUAGUUAGAUAGGAAUUUCUUGGAAAUAAUAGCUUUCGGUGACAGCAAAAUAAUAUCAAUAAUAUUUUAUGCUGACAUAAGUUGAUAGUUGUUUUAAUCCGGUGUAAUCCAGUGAAUCUCUAAUGACUGUUAGGUUAAAAAAAUGAUAGGCAGUUUUUUAGGGUGGGGCCAUCUAUCUAAUUUCAAUUUCAGUUACAACUUUUGAUCCCUUGAUCAUAAAACAAGAUUAUUGAGAUUAAAGGAUUACCCUGCCAUUUCCUAUCUUCUGCCUGUUUUGUCAUUUUUGGCACACCCUCUCUUCCUUAACUGCAUAGCUCAUAGGCUAUCAUACGUUGUGAACAGGAGCCCAGCUUGAUAUGCAGUAUAGUUUGAGUGUGCAGUUUAAUUAGAGUUUAAUUAAUGCAUCUGAUGCAGACAUGAAAUCAAGGAGUAAUUAUGUUUAGUGAUCAGGAUCUCAAUAACAGAGAAAAUCAUUGUAAUAAUUGUGACCAAUCAAGGUUGCCAUAAUUAGUAGGCCAGUUACAAUUCAGUGUUUCUGAGGUGUUAACUUUCUUCCAAAAAAGAAAGUAAAGAAAUAAAUGCUUUUUGCAUUGAUAACAAAUCCUCCACAGUUCAGAUCCAUAUGGGCAGUAGAGAGCUACCUAUUACCUAUUUUAACUCUUUAAUGAUUUAGAAGAAAAAAAAAACAGUGCCUCAACUUAUCUAUCUUCAUAAACACUUAUAGAAUAUUUAUUUGACACUCUAUAAAAUGAGUGUAAGCAUGUAAAAUUGUUUUCCAAUAUUGCAAGGUACCAAAACCAAAAUUAUACCCAAGCAGUUCAAGACAAAAAGGGGAAUUAAAGUGGUCCAACACCACAUCCUUGGGGCACUCCAUAAUUUAUUCCUUUUUAAACGGUUUAAAAACUGAGUGUAUUUUCUGCUGGUGCUCAAUUCAUUGAGGAAAAUCCUAAACGUGACUGUAAUUCUAUAAAUAGACCUCUGUGACAUCGCUGAUCCUAUAAAAAGCCCUGUGUGAGUUUAGUCUUCCUGCUAACCAAAUCUCUAAUAAGGGAGUGUUUUCGAUCCUGUUAGUCACCAAGUGCUCUGGUCACCUGAGAAGCACCUUGACAAAGAUGGCAUUGAUCAAUCCUUCCACUGCCUGCCCUUCUCUCCUCCAAACCCAAACACACUCCAACGCCUCACUCAGGGUGACGGCAUUUCAGGGAAACAGGGUAAGACAGUGAGUGUGAGGGAUGGGGCUGCAGGUCGUGGCCGACUCCCUUUUUAUACAGAGUCGUUAAGUUUAAUGCGAGACUCGGCGGGGCGUCCAUUUUCUCAUCCACCCCCACUUUCAUUCUGAUUACCUUGGCUCUCAAGCUGUGACAGAAAUACUGAGGCUAUGAGAGAGGUUUGACUUGGAGCCAGAAGGUCUCACUGCAGCUGUUUAAGAAUAAUAUUCAUUCGUUUAAGAAGACAUAUUGUUAAAAUCGUAUACUAUAGGCCUUUUCUGAGCUUAUUGGCACACUGAGGGAUUCAGACGGGGUACACAAGGAUGUGAAUGUAACUGUAGCUUUGAUGAGUAAGUGAGAGAGAAAGAAAGACACAAAGACAGGGAGAGGUCAGAAGUGUGAUCCAGGUUUGGUGUCAUAUUAUGUGCCUCUUGGGUGCAUUGUAUGUUCCAGGACCUCCGGCUUUAUUCAUCCCUGAUUCAUUUGUUUUGGUCCUGAGUCCCACAUGCACUCCUGCCCGCUCAUCAAAUCCUACAACAAGCACAAGUCCAGGCUAUGAAGUUUCUUAUUCACCAGGAUGGCAACCGGCUUGUAUGUUGUUUUAGGAAACAGUACCCUAUUGAGUCAUUUUUAGAACAGCUCAUUCAUCAGGGGGAACACAACCCGACCCCAAGCUCUGAAUCAGCAUCAUCCACUGAAGGGUAUUGUUUUGUAAAUCCCAUGAACAUUGUAAUGUGUUCUGUAACUUCACCAGUUGUCAUGAGUGUGUGUGUCUGUCUGUGUUCUCUGAGAGGAGUCAUCCCAGACAGGCCCUGACUCAGAGGCCAGACAGGCAGCCGUCCAGACCCUCACCCUUCCCACCCUGCCUCCACCACACCUCUGUCAAAACCCACAUAUAGCCUCCUGUAAUCAACCUAAAUCACAACAUGUUACGGAGAGGGAGCAGGACUCGUACAGAGGGUCCUUUGAGAUAAUUCUUCCGAUAAAUAUGCUUUGUUUUGUCCAGUUGUGGAUAAUCCUUGUAAGGCCUGGAAAUGAGGGUAACCAUAAAUCCUAAUUACGAGAAGUCUUUAUUUGUUUUAUCCCAGACACAUAAAUCAUGCGCUUAUUACUUUAUUUUGUCAACCUCAAAGAUUCACCACUGUGAACACAUUUUAUUACUGUGCAAAUCUCCGGACUAGAUUGCUCAGGGAUCUUAAAUUAUAUUCACACAAAAAACAACUGUUUAAUUGGGAAAUAAUUUCUUUUUUUUCCUCCCAGAUUUUUUUGUCUUUAUGGUUUUUCCAACAUUAACAGAUAUUUCUUCACAAACAUCAGAGACCUUCAACCAUCCCCGUAUGUUUGCUUUUAACCCAGACUGAAGAUAUACACACACCAGACAUCCAACAUUUUCCCCACAUUUCAGCUGUAUGGAGGUAUUCUCCAGCAUAAAAAAAUAGAUAGCACACAUAUUACAGAGUAUUUAUAUCUAACAAAGAGUACAAGUAUCAUUUAUGGUAGAAACAGGUGUUUUGUUUUGUUUUGUUAUGUUUCUGUUUCUUAAACAAAUAGACUAAUAAUAAAAGUAUCAGGUCAAUUCUAGCACAGGCAAGGCUUGAUGUUGUUCAUAGUAAAAAUGAAAAAAAAAAGGUGUUAAUGUCCAUAUCAGUACCAACAAAAAUGAGUUUGAGAUUAUUGGCAUAUUUAAGAUCAAAACAAAUCUAAAAUCGUUCAUCCCUGUAUUUUAAUCUUAGUUAUUUUAACUUAAAAUUCUUUAAAGUUCCUCAGUGAACAAUUAUUUUAUGGAAAUAACUAAUUGCUCAAAUUAACAUUGAUGGAGUAGUGUUUUACAGUUGCUAUUCUCUAAAUUAGAUCUGUCAUUGCCUUAGUCGAAAAGUGUGUGUUAGAAAAAUAAGGGUAAAAUAUUCUUAAAGCCAAGAUGAAAACAAAAAAAACUUUCUUUUCAUGGAGCACUUUAAAAUGUGCAGGAUAAUUUCAUUAAAUAUAUAACCAUCAAAACUCUUAAUUAGUAUCCAUUUUAUCAAACAGAAUUUUAUUGUUCUCAUCUGAUUUGAACAAAAUUAAGAUUAUUAAGACAUAAAAAAAAUCGUGAAAUUUCACAAAUCAAAACACCUGGACAUGUAUGGUAUUAUUUAUAAUAAUCAGAAUUGAUUUUGUAAAAAUCAUUCGAUUUCUUAUAAGAAAAUGUUCAUAUGUUUUUAACCUGUCAAUGGCAUUUUAAACUGUUGAUAGAUUACACAUUUGCUUGUAAAAAUGCAGAAAUGUGGUUGCCAUAGUCAUUUUCACAAGUAGCUCUGUAAUUAUGUUCACAAUAGAAAACAAUAAGUGUCUGUGAAUGGUCAUGAGUCUUAAACAAAUAUUAUCCAAUAUGGUGUACCUCAAGGGUCCAUUUAAGGACCAUUCUUGUUUCUGAUACACUGAAGUGCUUUUGCUUCAGUAUCUAAAACUUUAAUCCUAUUGCUUUUUGCAGAUGACACUAACCUUUCUUCCUCUGAUAGAGACACAAUAAUAUUUAAUGAAACCAUGACAUUUACAAUUACUGUAUUUGGACUUAAACAAACAAACAGUCUCCAGUUGAAAAAGUCUACAUUUACAUUUGUAGGAAGUAAGAAAGUGAGGAGUAAAACUGCAUGUUGACGUUAAAAUUGUCAACAUUUCAUCAACUUUUUGAGUUGUCAGAUUGAUCUAACCUUACCUGGAGAUAACAGGUUGGAUUUGUCAGCAGGAAGUUUACAUCUCUAGGGCUUUUGUGCAUAACACUUGUUUCAUAUCAUAUGACAUUAUGUUUAAGUUUGCAUGUAUUUAUCAAACUGUACUAUUUUUAGUACCUUAGCAAGUACCUUUCAAACUUAUUAAUAGAUACUGCAGCUUCUGGAGCUGUUAAUUAGAUAUACUACUCUUUGAGGUCUACUUAGUGCACCUCUUUUUAUCAAAUUUCUACUCAACCUAUUUGACACUGACCUCUUUGUUUCAAAAAUCACUUGGUCUGUGAUUCUCAAUUUUAAAAUUAUUAGAUUGGCUUAAAAUCUGUCAUCAUUCGUUUUCAGAGACAUAUAGGCGAUUGAAGUGUCACUGUGUCAUUUCAUCGAUCUCUCUAUGUCAAUGCACAAAAACAUUCAGAAACGCUGUUGUAAAAAUGUACUCUAGAAAAGCCAUCCUAUUCAUAAGAAACUGUCAGUCAUUCAUUUUUCCAGUAAGGUCUUGUGUUUAUCUUAGUUUUGAAGUUUUCUUUCCAACUCUUGAUCAAUUUAUUUUGUUGUAUUAUGUCUUAACUCUGAUAUUUAAAUUGUUUGGGUGUAUUUUUAUUAUCCUUAAAAAUAUUUUCUAGGCGUAGUUUUCUUUGUAAGCACAUACAUUUGUAUUGUCUUAUUAUUACCCUAUAAUUGGACUUUGUGUACAAAUUCAGAUUUUUUUCAGAAGUGCAGAUAAUAAAAAAUAUUAAACACCUGGAGAAUUUGAAAUUUGAAAACAGUUAUAAGAGCUUGACUUGUAUUUGUACAACUUCUGUGCAGUACUGUUUUCCAUCUGACUCCCCACCCCCAUACAGCAGCGAAAGUAGAACAUAUAGCCUCGCAAGCGGAAGUUGUGCUUCACAUUGAGGUUGUCUGAGCAGUUUGUCACAGUAUAGAUAGACCACCUACUUUCCAUACAGACCCACAUACACUGCAUACACACUGAACAGUCCCUCACAUGCUCCUUUGUUCUCACUGGCUAACCUGUUGAGCUGGGUGCAUUAAGUCAAUGGUCUCAAUAUUUCAGUGUUUCCACUUCUAGUCAUUUUUAACAUUGUGGUCUUGUUCCUUUGCUGUGUUUCUGCCCUUUACAUUUAUUCCACAUGUCGUAAUAUGUUUAUUUGGCUCUUGUGUUUUGUGGGAUUUUUUGACUUGUUUCUCAUGUCGUAAGUUCAUGUAGGACAUGCUUGGGGCCAUCCGCCUGAGCAUGAUAUCACUAAAUAGACAAAGAUACUUGCUAUGUUCACAAGCAGCUAUUCCUCUGAUGUUGUUAAACUCAUAAAAACAGCAUUAACAACAAGCCCAUAUAAUCAAUAAGAAUCUGACCUGUUAAUAGAGUCUAAGCUCUUCCUGUGUAAUCAGGGGCUGAAAAAAUGACUGAAAGUGAAAUGCCUGGCUGCUCAGUUUUUUUAAAUACUUGAUUGUUAUUAGUCUUUCCUUAGCAACAGGUCAUAACAACGACCUGCUAUUUCUAAAUAGCAGACUGUUGUUAUGGAUACAACCCUGAUCAUACGGAUCAUAAACUCUGGUGAACCAAAAGUAAUUACAUCAAUGCACAAAAAGAACUCUGGUAAAUCUGACAUUUAUUUGUUUGAAGUGAAAAAAAAAAAAAAAAACAUUGAAAAAAUGGUAGAGGAAAGGCAGAAGUUUAAGACUCAGAAACUGGAUAUGGAUAUGACAAAGAAAGCAGGAAAGCUAAAGGAGACACAUGAAAUUAACAGUUAAGAGUUAGAAGAACUAAAAGAAGUCCCCUGACGGAAACAAUGCACCAAAUGCUGAUUAAUAUGGUCCUGUUCCACUUCUUUCGGUUCACUAUCAGUAAAAAUGUUCAGCUUAAUCUAAUAACAGCUAAGUUAUCUCAUUUUUAAGAGGACUUUAGAGAACUUUUACUGUGUUUGCAGCUCCAGCUGUGAGAGUAAUGGAUUAUUUUCAACCAAAGAAAAACACAUUGUAAUAUUGAGGUCCCACUUGGCCUGUCAGGAUUCCAAUCUCACUGAAAAUUAUCCUUUACAUGUAACAGUCAGUCACUGUUUUAUAGAUGUAUGUUUUACAGAGUUACAUGUUAUACUAGGAAAAGUUUAAUGUCUGUGUAAAAUUAAACAUCUUAAAUAUUUUUAUUUGAGCAAAUGAGAGAAUUUCAUUGGACCUCUUUAGUUGAUAUCAUGUAAAAAACGUAAACUUGAUUUCUGAUCACGACUCGUUAAAGCCAAAGUCAAAGUCAGCAUUAUUGUCAAAUAUGCUAUACGACAGCAUACAGCAUAUAUGAAGUUAAACAAGCCUUGUCCAUAGUCCUCUUUUUUUAAAGCUGCUCUAAGGAACUUCUAGUUCGAAUCCAUUUUAACACCCCUGUGGACAAAGUGAUACCUUUUAUCUUUUAUCUUGUACACAAGUAAGUAGUUUUUUCAGGCCAAACCUCAUUCUGUUGUCUUUAGCUGUGAAAUUUAUCGCUCAUUGAAAAGAAGUAAAUAGAAGAGCUGCUGUCAAUCAUGUGAUCUGACACUUACACCCUCAAAGUGGUUUCGGACACAAAAAUAACAACAGAGAAUUAUCAGGCUUGUUGCUGAUGGUCUCGUUUGCCUAUUAAGGUCUUAAAGAAGCACUGGUCUCAGUUUCGGUCUCUUUUUCAACCAGAAAAAAAAACUCUGUAUUGAGAAAAGAUAUCACAAGAUUAUCAAGCACCACAUUGAUAACCUUAAUAUGUUUCUUUCUUUUACCCAACAUUAUAUGAAAAAAGAAAAUCAAGAUACUGCAGUAGACCAAUAAUGAAACAAGAUGCGGUAUAUACUCUUACAAACAGUUCAAAUAAUCAAAUCUCUGCAUCCAUAUCUCUGCACCAGUUCACUCAUAUGUUAUACCUGUAGCCCUUACAUUCAAAACUGUACUAUAAUAAACAUAAGAGAUCAAAAACACAAGACAUUUUAAACAGCAGCAUUUCUAAAGCUGAAGUGGUAAAAAGGGGGGUCUGUGAGGUGCAUGUCUUUUUAAGCUAAAAUCAGGUCUAGUUUGUGUUAUAAGUUGAUCAUUUGAUAUUGAUCUGCCAAAAUUAAUGAUUUCUUGGCUGUUUGUGAAUAAAACAGAAUGGCAUUGCAGUAUAACAACAUUUGAGCUUUGCAUUCUCACGGUGACAUCAGAGGAUAAGAGCGCUGUUUGAGUUUGGUGAAGGUCCCUCACCUCUUCUUCUCCAUCUAUUUCCAGCCACUCUGCAAACAGCUCAAUGACUCGUCUGGAUGUGUCUCCACUCACAUCUGACUCAUUGAACAACUCUUUCUCACCACUGGACAAGUCCAGGCCUGGUUACCCACUAACCCAGCAACUCCACACACACACCUCUACACUCAGACCGAUCAAGAGGGUCCGUGUGGGCAUGUCGACCUGAACCUUGAGUAGGGUGGGGGGGUGGGGGGGGGUGGUUGCAUGGAGUUGGAGGGCUGUUUUAUGUGGCUGUCUGGGAAGUGAGAGGAAUAAUAGACUGCUAUAAUUGGUGCCCCCUGAUUUCCUGGCAGCACUGCAGGCUCCCAAGAGGAUAGCAUGUGUCCGAACUUGUGUAUAUAUAUGUGUGUGUGUGUGUGUGAGCGUGUGUGUGCUAGCUGACACAUGGAUGGCUGUAGAGCAGGGAUGUGAUAAACACGCUGGGCAAAGGGGAUCUCCGUCCAGGAGUGGGCUCCAUGCUUUAGUGGUGAAGUCAUAGGGAAAAAGCCUAGAUGAACUGGAGGAGGAACACACACACACACACACACACACACACACAUACACACACACACAGAUAUUACCUUACAACAUUUGCACGUGAGUCAAAAUUUUCCUUACAAAAAUGGGGACACACUCCUCCUCCCAUAAUUCCAUUAUCUCAUAAUUUUAACACUUAAUAAAGUCCGAUCCUAUCAGCAUUAAUUCAUCAAGCUGAUAAACAGAGAUCAUGGAGUGUUUUGUAGAGACCUGGUGCAGAGGUCAGAGUCUCAGUACCUCGGGUCAGAGCGCUGCCUAACCACAGUGUGCGCCUUGCGUUGCUGUUGUGUUAGGUGUGAACUGUGGCCCUGCGGAGCAUUGGGUAACACGGGUGAUUGCCUAAGCAGUUGUUGUGAUGAUGUCGUAACCAGUCAGACCUGGCCUGGGUUUGGCCGUCAUGUGAGCCCUUGUUCUCUAUCACUCAGCUGCCUGUGGCGUCAGGGCACCACUGUGUGUGUGUUAGUGUGUGUGUGAUCUGAAUUGGGAACUUUAUUAACAUAUAUAACAAAAAAAAAAAAAGUUGUGACUUUGGAGUGUUGUUUGAGGAGGCAGUGGUCACAGGAAGGAGCACUCGGGUCAAAGUUCACCUCAGACUCAUGACCUGUAGGGUUUGGCUUUCACAGAACUAAUGUAGAACACCUAAACUCCCUGUGCACUGGAACAGCAGCAGGAAAUGAUAGAUCAUUAAAAAAUGAGAGGCUGAGAUGGCGCUCAUAGAUUAACCCUUUACAGCAAUAAUGAGGCUACAGGAAGCCGGGAGACGAGGGGGUUUCCCUCCAUAUCUUCAUGUUUGGUCAUCUCCUUCUUGUGUCUUUAGUCAUUAUUGAUAAAACUACAGUCUUUUCUGUGUUGUACAAUUGACAAUCAGAAUAACACAAAACUUUUCUUCAAAAAAGCAGAUGUGCAGCUCUCCUUUGCAGUUACACAGUUAAUAUUUUUAUUAGUACCCCAAAGUUGGAGCUGAGGAUGUUGUUUGUAUAUAAAACAUGCCGCUUACAACCUGCACUGUAUCACACUAUGAUAACAACAAUGAUAACACAUGCAUUUGUACAACACCUUCAAAGAUUAUGAAAGGUUUUUUUUUACAGACAGCAAAGAUAUACUGUGUGAGCAUCCUCCCAUGUUUUUGGGAAAGGUUGUGUUCAUCACAUAAAUAUGUGGGGAUUUCUUUUGUUGUAGCGCACAGUGAGAUUUUAUUUUCAAGUGUUGUUUUUUCAGCAGACAGCACCUGGUGUAAGAUAUUUACAGUUAUUCUUUAUUGUGUCUUAUUAUUGAAUUUUUAUAAAGAGAUAAAAAAAAACUUUAGAAUUUUUCUGUGUGUGUGUGUGUGUGUGUGUGUGUGUGUGUGUGUGUAAGAGAGAGGGGGAAUAGCUGAUGUCUUGAUGAAAUUUGUGCCUUGUUGGUUUGAUGUAAAAUUGACUCUGAUUGUUGCGUCCACUAACAGCAGCUCUGUUGAGCUUUUCUAAAACACACUGGUGCAGACUGUCAAACACUUGGGUCUGGUUCACAUGGUGGUGGUGUGUGUUUUUACUGUAUGACCGCACUGAGAAUGAGUUGUGAAAAAGGGACAAAUGGCAUCAGAGGAUGGUAGUGCUGCUAAGGAUUUCACUGUGUCUUCAGAUGAGAACUUUACAUGUUCAGGGAAUACUGAAAAAAAGUUUGUGAUGCAUUUGAGGAUUUAGGUCUGAUCUUCUUUUUAAGACACAAAUAUUUUAAACACUUUGAAAUGGUUUAGGUGUGUGUGGUUGCUAAGUGUCAGUAUUCUUGCUAUUUUUAAUAUUUUUAAUCUAAUCUCAAUUUCUUUAUCAAAUAAAAAAUGGAGACAGUAUGAUCAUUCAGCCCCGCCACACUCAUGUUACACACAGUAUAUUUAGGCAUGCUAUCACUUUUUUCUGCUUUCAGCAAUAGCUCCGCUCCAUUGUCUCAUUUUAUGAUUGACCCUCAGCUUCUGUGUUUCUCUAAACAUCCUAAAACAAACUGAUAGAAAUACCUUUUUCAUCUUCUUCACAUGGUGACGUGUUUUUUUUUUUUUCUGAAUGACUACACUGUGAAUGCUUUUUGAAAAAGCGGGGAUGAAUUAAACAGCAUCAGAGUCUCAUUUGGACACAACAGGUGUUGAUGUAGCACCAAUAAAUCUGUUAGGUGAUAUCUUUUGACUUUUGCGUGUUUUAAUCAUUUAAAAUUUUAAGAUGUCGAAGUUAUUAUAAGACAAAUACAGACUAAUUGAGACUAUGGUGGUAUGCUCUGAGUAUCUAUCAGCUUGCAAGUCUUACGUGUUCAGCGUUAAUACAGAUAUGAUUUAUCACAAACACCUCCUUUGUAUGCAAGCAUAAAACAUGCACCUAAAGCAGAUAAUAAGAGUGUAUAUGUAUAUAAACUAUAACCUGUUUUUUAUAGCCCACGUCAGUGCAGCACCUACAGCUUUCUGCACUUCUGGAAGUAAUUUAAUUAGAGAACAAGUGUUAUAAAGUUUGAUAGGAUCUACACAGGCAGGCUUUUAAAGUUGCAAAACCUCCUACAGUUCAAGACUUUUCAUUGUUUUUAUCCUUUUAACUCUCUUUUUUUCUGUCAGAGGAAAAAACUAAGAAGAGGCAUGUUUUAUAGAUCUGAUCAGAUUAACUGUAUUUCUUCAACAUAUCUUUAAACUCUUGUGUCCUGUUUGAACACACACAUACUUUUGAAAGGGAGGGUGUUCAUAUGAAAUACAUGAGAAAGUGUCUCAUUUGAAUUUCAUUGUAAAGUUUGAAUAUGUCCAGAGUGAGAUACUGUCCCUUUUAAUGUUGCAUUUAUUGAGGAGAAAAAAAGUGCUUGAAGGCAAAAACGUAAAAUUUCUUGUAAUUUAGAGCACACUAGAGCUUAAGCUUUUUCAGCAGAUCAAACCAAACUGAAAACAUGAAUCUGUGAUCUUUAUUAUCAUCAUCAGUACUUUUGUAUUUUACUGAUUGAAUUAACGAUCAAUUUAAAAGAAUGAACCAGCUGCUUCUCUGUAGGACUAAUCCAGUGUUUCUAUACUUAAUCAUACUCCUCCUAAAUUGAGAUUUGAUCACUUUUUGCUUUACAUAAACUUUUUAGGUUGACCCAGAAAUUAAUUAGUGGCUUUUAAGAGAGUAAAAACCUAAUUGAACUGUUAAACAGGCUGUAAAUAGUUUGGUCCAAACUGAUUUAUUUCCCCGUUUUCAAGGCCACAGAGAUUCACCCUGACUUUGCUAAAAAGAAAAAACUGAAGAGUUUUCUUUAACUUAAAGCUCAGGAUUUUAACAAAGCCGUUUUUAAGUUUUUUAGAAGCAAAUUACAGCAAAUAAGUCAGACUAUAUGUUUCACUAAUAACACUUUACAGCUGCUAGAAAAAUCAGCUUCUGUUUUUCAUCCCUCACCUUUUCUCAAGUAAUGAAAAAUUCAAGGAUGAUUGUAAAGGAUUUCUUAUGUCUUACCGGAGAUCAAAAGCAACUUUCUGAACUGAUCCUGUUAAAUAAAAUAAAUGUCCUCACAUUUUUUGAUGCAUGCUCAAUUUAGAAAGGUUUCAUUUUGAAGUCCAUUUUUCUCAUAUUUACAGAAAAGAUGAUCUGAACUCCUCUGAGAGACACAAAGAUGUACACAGGUACUCACGGGUAAAUUAUGAACACACCUAGAGCAGAAAUCCAACGAUUUCACAACAUCUUCUUCAGUGAGUAAAAAGAUAUCCCCAAAAAGCACCAAAGCUGGAGAUUUUUAAUGGAAAGACAGAGAGACGGAGCUGACUGUGAGGCAUUAAAACGUGUUUUAGACUGCUAGCUUUGAGCGUCUUUGUUGGUGGAUUUGCCCGGGCUCAUGACUCAGUAUUGCUCAUCGUGUAGGAGAUGAUUCGCCCGCCAUUUCUCAAAACUCUUUCUCUCACUCUUUGUUCUUGAACUCUGUUUCUCCUGUGUCUCUAAUCUCUCUUCUUUCUACUGAAACUCGCCGUUUCAAACAUGUUUUGAUGUUUUCAUAUCGGUUUUCAUGUUUGUAGAUGUUAGGGAUUUUUUCUUUUAUUUGGAAGUGGGGGAUGGGAAAAGGAGAGGCUUUGUUUCCCUCCAAACAACAAGAAAGAAAAAGAAAUGCUAGCUUGAUUUUUGAUACUCCUGACCAUUUCCUUUAGUGUAAUUUAAUGCAUGAUUCCUCUGCUGACAUCCUGUCUCCAUUCACAACUAAGAUAUCCAUUACCUGGUUAAUCAUUUCUAAAAGGCUUCCUUGUUGUAAACUCAAUCAUUUAACACAACCUGUUUUUUCUCACCAUUGUAAAGGUGUGUGUGUUUGUGCCUUUGUGAGUGAGUGUGUGUGUACGUGUGUGUGUGUGUGGAGGUGGGGAAGAGACGGAAAUGACUUUGCCUCCCUCAGAGAAAGUUAUCAGCCAUAAACUCAACCGUAUGUGACAUGACGCCCACGCAAACCUACCCUAAAAUCUUUGAUGUGUGUGUGAGACGCCUGCAGAACAUGAACAAAGGUGGAUGAGUUUAAAACACUGGUAGAGGGGAUGUAAUAGAGUGUAUACUAUAUAGGAGAAGAAGUGAGGGUCUUUAGUAUGUAUUUGUUUAGUGAUUAAUCACUAACUCCAGCCAAGGGAUGGGCCGCUGAAUCGCUAUUCUAGGGCAUUCUCUGCAGUCUCUCGCGUCUUUUUUUUUUCCUCUUUUCUUUGCGUGUGUGUGUAAGGGGGGAGUGGGGGUGGGGGGGGGGGUGGCGGCUAAAUCUCGUAAAGGGUUUUCCUAAUAUGGGCUGUCUUACAGGAGCGCCCUCCCCCUGUGGGCCUUCCCCCUCCAGGUCUCAGCCAGUGAUGACACAGCUCGGGUACGACUCACUUCCUCAUUAAUUGGCUGAAACCAGUUCUUACAGGAACCGCUUGUGAUAAAUGUGAGAGUUCUGAGAAGUCAUUCAUUUCUCCUCGCUGCAGCGGCAGAGGAGGCACUGCAGGGGAGUUGAACGGGUUCACCGAUGUGUGUGUGUGAGUGUAGAGAGAGCGAGAGAGAGAGGAGAGAGGGGGAGAGGAGAGGAGAGGAGAGCGGGAGAAUGUGGGUGACUACCUCUGCUGCGGCGGCUGCUGUAUGAGGAUCAGUCAACUUUAUUUCUCCUUUUUUUUCUUUUUUAUUUAUCUCCCUUUUGAUUUUUUGUUUUGAAGCUGCUUGAUUUUCUACAGCACAGCCUGUUCUUGUUUUUUUUUUUUUCCCUCUACGUGUUUGAGUGUUUGCGUGUGUGUGUGUAUGUGUGUGUUUGAGGGGAUGAGCAGUGAAGGGAUUGCACUCGUUGCUCUCUCCGUCUCUCCCUCUCUCCGUGGAGGGGAGAGGGGAAGCAGGGGAGACCGGCGACACUGUACAGGACACAGGACAGCAUGCCUCCCUUUGUUGCUGCCCUUGGGCUGGUGAGUAACAAUGAUGUGACGUGAUUUGUGCCCCCCCCCACCCCCACCCCCAUCCUCCUCCUGUCCUCUCCCUCUCUUUCUUUCUCUCCUCUUCCUUCCCUCCCUUAUUCCCUCCUUUUCCUCCCUCCUCUCCCUCUCUCUCUCUCUUUCUGUUGGUGGAGGCAGAUCUGUUCCUCUGCUGGGUGCGGCACUGCAGAAGCCCUUCAGGGAGUACUUGGAGGCCCAGAAGGCCAAGCUGCACCAUCACGCCGGCGAGGGGAUCCCGACAGUAAGUACGAGGGCCUCACAACCUCUAUUCAUUCACGUGUGCGCGCCAAGGAAAGAAUGCGGCCCCUUACUUUUGCCUCUUUCCCUCCUUCUCUUUUUUUUUCUUUUCGUCCCUUUCUUCUCAUUAUGAAGCUGUCUUUUAUUUCUCUCUUUAAAGAACACCUUAUCUGUCCUCUAACCCUCUUUACCUGUGUUCCCAUCAGAACUUCACUGGGUUUUUCACCUUAUUUCCAUGUUUGAGGCUCUUCUUUGACUCUAACCUGUGGUGUUACAGUAGAUUACAGGGGCUUGUUUAGGGCCAGAAUGACAGAGUAGCUCCAGGCUGUACUGGGCGGGCUGGAGGGGGAGGAGAAAGAGGGGAGGAGGGAGAAGAGGAGGAGGAGGAGAAGAGGGGCCAGUGUGGGGUCUGGCUCGGCUGUAUUGAACUGUACUACUGUAGCGCGGGGCGUGCUGACUCAUGCUCCAUCUUACCAAUUGGGAGUGUGUGUGUGAGUGUGGUCACUCCCCUAUGUGUCACACACACACACACUUGCACUCAGUGCCCCGCCUGAACCCUCACUGACUGUAGACCGGGGCGGGGGCCUCUUCUCUCCCCCCCUCCACCUCCACCUCCGCCAGUGACAAUCCAUCAAAACCCCCCAGACUAGAACAAAAAGAGCCAGUUGUAGCUCUCUUUCAAAGCUCCUUACUCCCUCUUCCUCUGACUGAUUCAUUGAAAUGAUUUUGCAUUUUUAUGCGCUUAAUAGGAUGGAGAAGAGAAAAAAAGGAGUUGCACAAGGACAGAUUAAGGCAUUUCUAGAACAAUGUUCCUUUUUUCUUGUAACUUGAGCCUCCUGCAGUUACAGGAGAGAAGCGAGGCAAUUUAACUUGGUGGAGGCAGGCUGCAGGCUGGGGUCAGCGGGGGCGUUCAGAGGGGAGGACGGUGGGGGCUGCCGCGUGUUUUAUUACCCCUGAUCUCUAUCUGUCCUGCACAUGGAGCUGGAUCCCCACCUAGCCUACAGCAUCAGGAGCAGAGAGGGGAGAGAGCGAGCAGGGUGUGGGGGUGAAAAGAGGAGGGGGUGGCCCUCAGCGUACUGACCCAGCUCCUCUCUGUGUUCUCUCUGUGGUUCUCUCUGGCAGGAGGAGAGCUGGCUGUCGUGGCUCUUCGAGAAGGUUGUGGUCAUCAUGGUAUGCUUCUUUGUCUGCUCCAUUGUCAACUCCAUGGCGCAGAGCUACGCCAAGCGCAAGCAGCAGGAGAAAUACUCGGAGGGGAAGACGGAGUGAAGGCCGGCACGCGAUCGCGGCAAACUUCAGAACCUCCCAUCACUUUUCUCCUCCUCAACGUUUAUAUUGUGAAGCUCCAUAUCUGCCUCCAUCUGGUUUCUCUUCUUGGUACUUUAGCAACAUGUCUCUGUUGAACUGGGACUCGCUUUUUUGAAGGCUUUUGCAUUUGGUAGUGAUUUUCUGUGGUUGUUCUCCGUAAGGUAGGUGCUUGUCAGGGUGCGUGUGAGUAAGCUGUUGUCUGUGUCGGUGCUUUUAGCAGCUUGUGAGCACGUGAGGAGAAGCUGCUGGCUGUAAUUCUCCACAGUGAGGCCUUAAGCUGCACUGUUUGACCCAUACAGGAACCUCAAAGUCUUAUAUAAUGGUAGAGACUUUACAUUUGAAUAAGACGGCAUUAUUUCUUUGUUUAUGUGAUGUUAUUUAUUCCAAAACAUGUUGCUGCCUCAGUAAGUUUGUUUAAUUUAAUGAAUUUAUGGCACUUUAGUAUUUCAGCAUCAGCUGUGACUAAAUCAGAUCUUUUCAUUUCUACUUCUAACUAUAGAGCUCGUCUUAAGUCAGUGGUAGGGGUGGUGUUAAUGUUUGUCCUGUGCUGCUCGUGGACCACUUCUGUUUUGAGUGUAAGAAAAAUCUCAUCCUACCACUUUAUGGAUGUGAAAUGAUAAAUCGGCCAUGAAUCACCCUGCUGGUCCCUUUGUCCUCCGUUAUUGUUCAGCUUCCAGGAAGAGAGCACAUGAGUCAGCCUGGGGGCUACUUUACCAGAUGCAGCCAUAUAUUGAAUCAGAUCUACGACUUUGUGUGUGUGUGUGUGAGUGUGAGUCUGUGUGUGCGUGUGUGUUUGUGAGUGAGACGGAGAUAGUAGUCUGCGUGGCUGCCACAUUUGUUUCCCUCCCUUUUAUCUUUUAUGGAUAAUAGCAGAUUGUGCUGCGGUGAUAGACUACAGUAGGAGUCUGCCUGAAGAGGUAGGAGAGCACAGAGGCUCUUCUUCUUAACUUAGACAGUCUGUGAGAUGUUUGUCUUUGUCUUCAGUUUCAAUCGAGGGUUUUUUUUAUCCUUUUUCACCCAGCGAGGGUAGCGAGCUAAUGUUUGAAAUCACAUGAUCCUCUCUUAAAGCAAAACUCCUCAUUUUCUAUAACCACGCUUCCUUUCUCUGGUUAGCGUCAGCUUCCUCUCGAUAUAUCUUCUCCUUCUUCUUGUAAAUUACCAGAGAAAUGUGCUAUUUUCUCCCUCGCUGUGCUACGCUGGACUGAGCACAGUGGGCGCUAGAGCAGGCACAAGCAGGAGGGAGGGAGAGGGAGAGAGAAAAAAAAGCCUCAAGCGCAGCACAGUGAAAAGCGUCUGUGCCGUUACCUCAGCUGAACCUUCGAAUGAACUCGUUGCACUGCCCCAGUCACGGAGCCAGGAGAAGAAUCACUCAAGUAGAUUCAAAACAGAGGGGUACUGUUGAGCGGGCUGAGCCCUGCGCUCUGCACCAGCUCUAGUCAGAACAUUUUACACCUCCUCUUUUCUCUCCUGUCAUGGUAAGUCGGAUUAGGAUCCUUUUUUUUUUCAAAUUCAUUGUUGUCUGUACAUGCGUUCGUCACUCUCUCGGCCUGUCAAAUAGCUUAUCAGACUGGUGUUGGCUGUUAAGAUUGCAAGGCGACAACAGUCUGUAGGCUGUCUGACAUUUCGGGCUCUCUCAUCUGACCAGCAUCCUGUUUUGUCCUCUUUUCUGUUACUGUCAUUGUUUCAGUUAGCAUCAGUUCCCAUUUUUAGAGGUGUGUGUGUGCGUGUGCUGCUGCUGCGAUGUCACUUCCCUUUAUCCCAACCGCUCCUGCAGCGUCAGAGACAUGGCUCUAUUGUUUAUUUCCUCUAUGCUGACGUCCGUGAGGGUUUUUAUGUGGUUUUAUGUGGGGGGAACUGUGUCUUCUCAUGUUUGCAAAUGCAGAUGUAGUGAUGUCAAUGCUGUACCUCUGUAUAUAUGUGUGUGCGUGUAUGAGAGUGUGAGUUGGCUCUGUCCCCUCGAAUUUCCAGAGAAUCCAGACAGCACACACCUUAUUGCAACACAUCUCAUUGUGACACCCAGUCCUAGGUAUGGUACACUCAGUGCUUCUCCUCUUCCCUUUUACACUUCCCUCUUCUGUGAUUCCGCGUACUUUCUUUUGUUUCUCAACAUCCACUUUUUUUUUUUCAGAGGCUGCAUUUUAUUGGGGAUUUUUUUCUCUAAGGGGCCACAAAUUGGUGAUUAUAUAAAGCUGAAAAUCAUUGCUUGACCGUUGGAUACUUUUUUUUUUCACCACACAGCCUUAAAUAUAUUUUAGCUUCUUCUUAUUUUUCAAGAGCUUUUUCCUCGUCAUAAAAGCUAAAAUCAUUGGAUAACACAGGAAUGGCUCGCUGGCUGACAGAGUGUUUUUCUUGGCAGUUUCAGGAUGUCCUGUUCCAUAAGGGAGCCCCCUUUUGGCAUGCUUGUCUGAGUGUGUGUGUGCAUGUUUGUCUAGAUAUAUUCUGUUUAUAUUUUGAUGUAUAAGCCUGUAUUUAUUGUUGCCUGUACACGGAUAAAGAUGUAUGCCCUGUUUUUGAGUCAUCUAAUUUAAAUAAAGUCUGUUUAAAAGAGGA